GUUUGAUGCUUUCGUCGCUCUGUUACGUCUGUCCGUUCGUUAGUCCUGCUCCGAAAUUUCGUCAUCUUUGCCGUCGUUGAUCCAGUAUCAAAGUGCAACGCGUUCCCCGCUGACACGACGCCGGGUACGUUAUAUCGAUAAUAAUCAUUAUUAUUAUUUUUAUUAUUAUCUGGGCUCGGGUUCUUUAUUAAUUAUCAUAUCACGUACAUACUUAGCUAUAUAUUUGUGGUGUACUAAUUUUAUUACAAUAUCGUAAAGGGGAAUUUAUAACUGAUAUGCUUAAGAACAAUAAUUUGUGCAAUUGAGUUCCCCAUACAAUUACACAAAUUAUUAUUUACAAAAUCUAGCCCUUCUCGGGUAUGGUCUUGGUUAGAGUACAUUUUACAAUAGUAAGGCGAGCUAAAUAUAAAUUAUUGUUUUAUAGGAUGCAAUAGGGAUACAUGAAAAUGUUUACUUAAAAUAUUUUAUUGUAUAUUUGACGUUAUUUUUUUUUGAUAAUAUUUCUAAAUAUUUCUAUGUGCAUGUAAUAUUAUUUAUUUAACGUUUUUCGUUUAAAUCGAAUAAUGAUAAUAUAAUAUAAAUAAAAGUGAUAAUUAUUUAUAUGUGAUAAUUUCGAAUAGUUGCAUUAGAUCAACGUCUAUUAUUUUAUACAACUACGAUUAAUAUAAUAAAUUCCUCAUUUAAUAACAUGAAAUUAUUAUAAAUUAAACAAACGUUAAACAAAUAAAUUAUCAUUUGAGUUUGUAAUUUUAUUUGUAUCUUUAUUAUUCAAAAGUUAUGUAUAAAAUCAGGGAAUUUUUGUUUUUUAAUACUUUUAAUUGAAAUAAAAGUGGUAUUUUUUUACUGUCUGAUGCAAGAAGAGUAUUUUCAUGACCGAAUAUCUCAAUUAUUUACAGUUUUGUUGACUCAAACAGUAAUAUUAUAAUCAUGCGGGCUGUAUUGUAAGAGUGGUACAGACUUAAAACGUUCAACUCGUUUAUCUCAAAACACGUUUCCAUAGGAAAUACCCUUCUUGUACCUAGCCAGUCAAUUAUAAAAAAUCAAAAGAUGAAACUGCUGAUGAGUGCGCCACUGUUGUACGUGAAAAGUUGGGAAAAUAAAAUAUAUAUACAAUUAUUUAAUUUAUAUUUAUAAUUAAUAAUAUUGCAAAUGAAAAACGAUUCUGAGUGAAGUUCCUAUAUACAUGAUUUGAAAGACCGUAAUAUUUAUAAUUUUUAUCACAAUUUUAUCAAUUUGAUCUUGAAAACUAUUAUAAACAAAAAAAAUGUACUGCAAUAAACACGUUUUUUUUAUUUUUACCAAGGAGUACGAUUUAUAAUAAACUUUCUGUUAAAUUUCCAAAAAAUUUUGUUCGGUCGAACAAUUAUAUUCACAUAGUACCUAUCAAAUAAAAGUUACGUGUAAAAUUUGUAAACAUAAUAAAACAGCUACCCAUAAUUAACUAAAAUCGCAUAAAUAUUUUGAAAAUUUUACCACGUCUAAAAAGGCAAAUACAAUUUACCUGUAAAAAUUUCAAACUUUUAUGAAUAUUUAGAACUAAAUUAUAACAAAAAUAUAAGAUUGAAAAUAAUGAAACCAUUAUUACUGUAAAUUUUCUCUUUCUUUCUAUUUUUUCCUUGGCUUUGCUGAAUUAUUAAGAAAAAUACACGAAGAAUUAAAAACGGUUUUCUUACACACCAACUAGAUCUUAAAUGUAACAAAAAAGGUAUCUAAUUAUUUUUCGAUUGGAGCAUUAAUUCUGAUAGAAAAAUGAAACUGUAAAAAUUAAACAUAAUGGAAUGGUAAUGCCGUUAAUUUGUUCGGUUUCAUUUUACUUAUUUUUUUUAUUUUUUCCCAAUUAUCAUGAUUAUGGUAUGGAAAAUCAAAAAAAAAAAAACAACGAUUUGUAUCUCAGCAAAUAAAUCAAUAAUGAUACGGAAAAAUUCUCCUCGUUUUUCGAUUGCAGCUAUUUAUCUGUUCGAAAUAUUGUUAUGAAAGGAAAAUAAAACGCACAUUAUAAUAAAAACUAAUAGAUCUUUCGCUCCGCUCCGCUCCGCUCCGCUCCAAAUCUAAUACACAAUUAUCGAACAUAACAAAGGUUAUGACAUUUGUCAUAUCUCCAUGAGAUGUAUUAUAAUAUGAUGACGAUUUACAGUCCCUCGAAAAAUGUAUUGCACUGGAACUUCUUAUAAUAAUGUGAAGUACAGUCAUACAGGAAAAUCCGUUGAAUAUAAAUUUUAUGUCUGAACAAAAAUUGUUGGAUAUGACGAUUAUUAUUAUUUUUUACGUUUUUAAAGCGUUUUGUGGGAAUGAAUGUGUUCCUAAAAUUCUUUCACUCAUAAUAUUCAGUGCGCAAAGUACGUAAUAAAUCAACUGAAAUUACUAUUAGAGUAUCAUAAUAUUAUAUACCUACUUUGGAUUCCUCAAAAAAUUAUAAAUUAUAUUCAGCGUUAUAAGUCGAGAAACCUGACUAAAUGAAUUAUUACAUUGAUAAGAAUUCAUUUUUAGAAGAAUUUUUUCCAUAGUAAUAUUCGUGUUCUCAAAUGACAUUUAGAAAUGUAAAAUAGGUAUGUAAAGUUGAGCAGUAAUGCGGUACUUUUUUUUAUAGUUUUAUAGCUAAAAAAAAUUAAAUGAAAUAAUAAAUUACCUACCUAGUUAUUUCUUUUAAUUAAAAAUUUGAUUUUAAAUUUUGCUGUACAAUGUUAUAUGUUAUUUUUUAAAAAGUUAUUUAAGAAAUAUACGUUUAAAAACUGUGCACCAAUGUUUCUUGUAUUCAUUUUUUGACGAAGAAUUAUAAUUUUUAGUGUAUUUAUUGUUAAUUUAUUAUGAUAAACCAAAACUAAGAUAAUAAGGUAUAUUAAUUUUCCAUUUAACAAAAUGUAUUUAUUGAGUGCAGUUAAAAGGUUAAUAAUUAAAAAAAAAGACAAAAUUCUUAACUUUUAACUUUACUUAAUUUAUCAUUUCCUUGAAAAUCUGUAACUAAGCUAAGUUAAUAAAAUUAAUUUACAUUUUUAAACUAAACUAAAUAAUUAUUAUUAAUUUAUUUUUUUUAGGAAAACAAUAAAAGUUUUUACUCGGAUAGCUAAUAAAGAGUCGAGUGUACAUUUGUGUUUAAUCUUUUUCGCAUGCAUAUCGUCUGGACCUUAUAACACUUGACACUAAUGCAUCACUUAACUUAUAUAUAAAUUAAUUGAAUUACAAUUUAUAGUAAACAAAUAAAAAAAAAGGACUGAUAUAAUUAGCACGUGGUGCAGCCACUGUUGUAGGUGGAGAGAUGUUGGGAAGGUAGGUUUUUAAUGCAUAUUUGUAAGCAACGAUAAACCAUUGCUAACAAAAAAACGAUUCUGAGCGGAGUUCAGUGGAUAGUGUUGAUUUGUCAACUAUAUAUUAUGUUAUAUUAUGAAAAAAUAAUUAUAUAAUAUGAAUUAAACAUUUUCUUUAAUUAUAUUCGUUCAAUAUUGUAUCUAUUUUCCCGUUCUCCUGUUUUUCUUUCAUUUUUUUCUCCAAUUUUUCCAAUAUAUCGAAAGAACCCCCAAAAAACAAAAAAAUUACAUCUUUAAAGUACUUUCCCAGUCAAAUUUCCUUUCAGAAAAAAUGUUAUCAUUGUAAACCGGAAUAAAAUUGAUGUUAGAAAAUUUAUUCACAGAUACAAAAAAAAAAAAAAAACAAAACAUCAUUGUGAAAUCAUAAGCUUCUUUGCUCUACUCAGAGUCAAAAAUCUAUGAUGGUAUAACAGAAUUUGUAUUCAUCACACUAACUGUAGGCACGUCAAAAUAGUUAUUUUUACUCCGGUAAUUCAAUUGAUUUUAUUCCAAAUAUAAUACAUAUACCUACUUAAGUUAGUUUCGAGAAAAAUAAUGAUAUGAUAUUUUGUUUACAUCAUAAUUUAGUGAUGUAUUUGAGAGGGGAGGCAAUGGGUAGAUUGCCCCCUCUUGGAAUUUUUCGUUUCCCAGUUUCUCUAAUUUCUGGUAAUUUUUGAAUCAUGGCUAUAGACAAUAAAAUAUAUAGUAUUUAUAACCGUAUUAAUUAUUAUUUCUUUGGUAUUUUUAUUAGUCUUAACAAAAAGUAGUGAUAAUGAUAUAAAACUAAUCCAAAUUGUUGUCUAUAAUACAUAUAAGGAUAUUGAUGUGGUUGUCCAAACAGCAGUCAUUGUAGAUUGGUUUUUAGGAGGAAAAAAUAUUAAUAUCGCUAUAAAAUUAUUGUAAAUAUUUUUGUGUAUAAUUGUUUGAUAUGAAUAUAUAAUGUAUGCAUUAUGUAUAUUAUGUUUAUUAUUAUGUUACGGCCGUUACGUAAAUAAACCGUUAAUAAACAAACGAUUUUGAGCAGAGUUCGGUUGAUAGUAUUGUUUUUGUUAACAAUAUAUACGUCAUAUUAGGGUAAAAUAAUUACAUGUGCCUUCCAUAUUUUCUUUAAUAAUAUUUAUUUAAUAUUGUACCUAUUUUCCCGUUUUCCUAAAGUUUUUUCUGGUUUUCCCAGUAAAUCUUUCUUUUUGAUUAUUGUAAAUCGGAGUAAAAUUGUUGGUAGAAAUGUUGUUCACAAAAAAAAAAAAAAAAUCAUUGUAAAUUCAAUACACUCCUCGCUCAACUCAGAAUCUAAAAGUUACUUUUUUACACACUACUUUUUUUUUAUUUUAACCACUAAAUACAACUUUUAACAAGCCCCCGUUUAGAUUUUCAAGCAUUUCUGUUCAGUCAAACAAUUAUAUCAAUAGAUUACCUACCAAAAAAAAACUACGCAAAUAAUCACAAACAUUAUACGUCUAUAAAAAGCUCAAAAACACCAAAGUGUCUUGAGAAUUUUACCACGUUUGGAAAAGGAAAAUAUACAAUUUUCUAUGAAAAUUUCAAGUAACUACGAAUAUUUUUAUUUUACUGGAUUACAAUAAAUAAAAAAAUCAAAAUAAUAAAACCAUUACAUCUGUAAUCUUUUGCGUUGUUUCUAUUUUUUUUUUUUUUUUUUAGAUUUGCUCAAUUUUUAAACAAUAUUUAUAAAAAUAACUUUCUUAUUCAUUAACUAGAUUAAAAAUUUAACAAAAAAGUCUUCUUAUUGCUUUUCUAUUGAAGCAAUAUUACUAGUAGAAAACAUAAUGCUUAAAAAUUAACAAUAAUAAAAUCAUAACGCCGUAGUUUUCAUUUUACACCUUUUCCAAAUUAUCAUGAAAACUACUGGGAAUUGAUCACUAAACUUUCUCAGCAAUAAGAUAAAAAUUUAAAAAAAAUGAAAUCGACAACGCCGCGUCGUGGUUCGCCGUAAAUAUUUGCCGUUUUUCCCAAUUAUUAUAAAAACUUGAAAAAAAAAAAAAAUGACUUUAUCAAUACAGCAACUUAACAAAUUUUCCUUCUGAAAAGGUUCUACUUUUUAUACUUCAUAGUAAAAUUUUUAUUAGAAAAGUUGUUCACAGAGAGAAAAAAAAAUUAUAAGAAAAGAAAUAGCUGAUACUGUGGACAGGUGCAGCAUUAUUGUGGGUGGGAAGUUAGGAAGGUAAGAUACAUAAUGUUAUUUAACUUUUACUGCACAUCAUGAUAAAUUGUUCCUUACGAAAAACGAUUUUAAGUGGAGUUAGGUAAGACAUAUUUUGAAAUGUCGUAGUUUUCACAAUUUUCGUCAAAAUUCGAUCUUAAAAUGCUUAUGAAUACAAAACUAAUUCAUUAUACUCAAAUUUGGUUUUAGACCACUAUAAGUACAACUUCGGUUAAAUUUUCAAACAUUUUUAUUAAAUCAUACAAUUUAAAAAUCUAACAGAUAUCUACUAAUUAAAAAUACAUAUAAAAACAAGUAAAUAUCAUGUACCUACGAAAAGCCUAGAAUAGAACGGUUUACAAAUGUUACCACUUCUAUAAAGGCUAAUAUAAGUAUUUUAAAAGACUAAAGAUCUCUACAAUAAAGAUUUCUGGUAGAAAGUAGUUUACAGAUAGAAAAAAAAAAAUGCAAAAAAUAAAAUCCAUUGUAUUAAAUUGAAAAAGAAUCCUUCAAAUCCUACACCCAACCUUUUGCUACGCUCCAAUUCUUAAAAAGAAAAGAAACCCAUGAUAGUAAAACCAAUAGAUCCAACGCUACUCUUUGAAUCUAAGAACAAAAUAUAUUUAUAUGCCUUUCAGAAAAAUUAAUAAUAUUCUAACAUUCUGUUAAUUGUUUGUAAACUUUGUUAAAUAUUAAAAGGCAUUAGUAAUAUUAAGUACCUAAGUAAUAUAUAAUACCUGCAUAGAUAUUUGUUUUUUUAUCUUUUAUAUAUAUAUAUUAUAUAUGUUACGUUAAAAGUACGAAUACUGGUAAAUCCUAGGUUUUACUAAUUGUGGUUCGAAAUUCGGAUAUUUACUGAUUGAUUUCGGUAAAACCUAGGAUACAUAAAAUAGUUUGGUCAAACCCAAAAUAAUUUUUGUAGAUCAAAAUUUUACAAACGAGAUUUGGAAAAUCUUAAGAUAAACGACCGGCGUUGGUAAAAGUCCGAAAUCGGUAACCAAUUAUGUGAUAUUUUUUUUUCUUAGCUUCUUAUUCGUAUUUGACUCGUAUUUUAUUAUUAUUUAAGUACAUGACUACAUUAGAUAGAUAAGUACACACAUUUAUUAUGUUAUUAUAAAUUAUUGUAUAUUGUGACAACAAAUUUAUAAUAAAAUAAUAAAUUAAACAAAAUUAUUAAAAUGGUUGAUACUCGUAAAUACUCGUAAAUGGAAUCACGUUUUACAUUUUGACUGUUGAUGAAUUUUUAAUCCAAAAUCGGUCAUAUAACAUACUUAUCAUAAUUCUCCAGGCAACGUAUUAAUUAAUUAGUUUCAUUUUUUAUUUUUAUGUAUACAUUUUUUUAUUUAUAUAUUUUUUUAUCAAACAAAGUUAUAUUAUUAUUGUAUAAUAUUUAUUUGUACAGGUUUGGCUACUAUGAUAUCUCGAGUUGCACAAUACAUUUUUGGAUUGGCACUUAUCAUCGAUUUGUGAUACAUUUUUCAAAUAGUCACACCUUAUCAAGCUUAGUCCACUAGUCAAAGAAAGUGUUACAAGUUGUGGAUGGAGGUUUUUAUCACCUGGGUACAAAAGCAGAAACACUCUCCCAACUUUUCAUUCGGAAUCAGUUCACUUUAUGAGAAGAACAUUUUUUAGUAUCGGCAAUAAUUUCAGAGAAUGAAAUUGGUAUUCAUCAAGCAGUACCGCAACUUUGUUUGACUGGUGGACAAGGCUUGAUAAUGUGCGAAUGUUUAAAAAAAAAAUGUAUCACAAAUUUACAUAAGUGCCGAUCCAAAAAUGUAUUGUGCAACUCGAGAUGUUAGAGUAGCCAUGCCUGCAAAAAUAAAUAAUGUAUAAAAAUAUUAUAAAUUUUUUGUCACAAUAUAUAAUAAUUUAUAAUAACAUGAAUGUGUGUGCCUAUCUACCUUAUGCACUUCAAUAAUAAUAAUAUACGAAUAUAAAGCAAGGGGAAAAAUAUCACAUAAUUGGUAAACAAUUUCGGACAUUCCCAUUGCUGGUUAUUUAUCUUAAGAUUUUCCAAAUCUCGUUUGUAAAAGUCCGAACUAAAAAAACCACUCGGGGUUUGACAAAACUAUUUUGUGUAUCCUAGAUAUGACCGGUAUUCGUACUUUUACCGUAAUAUUUAUAUUGAAUUAAUAUUAUAAAUAUUUAAUCAAUUAUAAAUAAAACGAUAUCGUCAAUAUCACCGACAAAUGUAUUGAUUUUGAAUUUUGAGUGCUGUAUUGUCUUCUUACAUUACCAUUAUUCAUCACCAUCAUACAUUUCGUAUGUCAUUAAAAUAUUAUGAGUUAUAAUAAUUUGAUAUUCUGUGGCUUAUGGACUUUAAUGGCAAUUGUAUUUUAAAUUUUAGGAAUUUAGAGUUCAUCUAUUCUAAAUCUACCAUUGUUAUUAAAUAAUCAUUAACACAAAAUGUGCAGUAAACAAUAUUGAAUAAUCGCAACGGAAGGGAAAGACUUUACAAAAGGAAAACAUAUAUAUAAACCAAUAAUACAAAAAAUAUAGUAUCACAUAAAUAAGAAAAACCUAAUACCAACAGAUUAUCGAAAUAAGCCACUAUUAAUAACUAUAUAACGUUUGAAUAAAAUAUAGCAUCUCAUAAAAUGAUCCAAACUUUGAUGUUUAGUAACGAAUGAGUAGUCGAAAAAUAAUAAUUCCACGAUUAAACGUAAUAAAAAACAUAUUUAUCAAAAUAUCGUAUAAUUUAUUUAUUUUUGUUGUUAAAAGUACGAUGCCGUUUAAAAGCCAAAUCGUGGUUGUGGUUUCACCACAAUUAUAAAGGUGAGUAAAAUUGUCAAAGCAAUAUUCUAGAGUUGCUUGUUUCUAAAAUAAUCAAAAAGAAAAAAAACUGAUACUGGGGACAGGCGCAAUCACUGUUGUAAGGGGGAAGUUAGAAAGGUAGGAUACAUAAGAUUAUUUAAUUUAUAUCUGUAAGCAACGAAAACAAUUGCAGAUGAAAGACCAUUCCGAGUGCAUUUCGGUAAUACAUAAUUUUAAGUGCCGUAAUUUUUUUUUGCGAUUUUCGUUUAAAUUUAAUUAAAAAACUCUUAUUAAAAAAAAAAAAAUCAACAAAAAUAUGAUCUCUUAUAGUUUUUCAAUUGGAGUUAUAUUUGUAUUAGAAAACAUGGAAGGUACUUAUUUAAAAUAACGAAAUCAUGAAAAAAUCGUAUUUUUUUCCCCGGUGUAUCAUUUUUAUUUUAAAUACCGUUUUGAAAACCAUAAAAUGGCCUAUGCAUUUACUAAGUAGAUAAAAUUGACUUACAGAAAAGGUGCUAUACUUAGACAUCAGAGCAAGUUUUCUAGGAUAAAAGUGGUCUAUAGUAUAUAUAUAAAAAAUAAAGUACCAUUGAAAAGAAAUUAAAAAAAGAAAAAAAAGUCGUCCGAUGACGUUGAAAAUUUAACCAAGUCUAAUUAAGUCUAAUUUAAGUAUUAUCACUAAGUUUCGAGUCUCUACGUAUAUUUAUAACCGAAUAACAGCAAAAAAACUCCCAAAAAUUAAAAUUCCUUAAAAACUCAAAAUUGGCUCAAAAGUUUUUACGAUGAUACCGUAAGAAAGUACAAUCUAGACAAAUUAAGCUUUCAGAAAAGUUUUUACAUGUAAAAAUCGGAGCAAGUUUACUAGAAAAAUACAUGUCCACAGACUUGAACCAAGAAAAAGAAGAAAUAAACAACAUUGUAAAACCAAUAGUUCCCUCGCUACGCUGGAAAUCUAAAAUUCUGAUAAACGCUUAUAGGUACCUAUUAUUCAUAUAAUGAGAUAUUAUAUUAAUCACUCUGUUGUACCUACCUAUUAAAUUCAUAAAUAAUACCUUACUUGCAUUUGUUUUAUUAUAACGUAUGUUAAGAAAUUCGUAAAUAAUUAGAUUAAAUAUUAUAGUUGGUACACUUGACCAGAGAUUAAUGACUCGGUGAAACUUAUUUUUAUCCGUUUUAUAGAAUUUCUUUGAAUAACCGUACUAAAUUUAGAAGAUGAUAAAAGAAAAUGAUUUUAAAAUUGAAUUUAAUGGUUUUUUAAAAAAAGUUUUUCGUCUUUUUAAAUGUAUAAUUAUUAUUUUUCCAGAAAAAGAACAAAUAUUAAUAACUCGAUUAAGAAUAUCGAGUUGUAAAAUGAAGAAAAUGUGUACAUAUAUAUAAUUAAAUACGUCUCUCUUUAUAUUCUUAAUUCAAAAUUUAUUAAUUACUAUUAGAAUUUUUCUUGUUAGGUUAAUUUCCACUUGUCGUGAUAAAGGUUGCGUUAGAAUUUUAUAGAUAAUAACCACUUGUCAGAAAUGUGGGGGAAUUGUAGACACAAAGGUCUACAAUAACACACUAAAGUCGACAAAAAAUUGACCCCGUCUAAAAAUUAUACUGGUCAAAGAAAGUUUCUAGGAGCCUAGGAAGUAUCCUAAAUGAAAACCUAAAAUUUGUAUUCACUAAAAAACCACGUCAUGUAGAAAUAAUGAAAGAAGGGAAAGAAAAUGGAAAACACUACGUCAGGUACUUACAGGUCACAUAAAAAUAAAUUCAUCCUAAUUAGGGUAUUUAGGGUAAUUUAGGACAAUCAGUUACCUACCUAAUUCGUUUUAUAUCUGUACUGGAUAUUAUUCCAGAUAAAUCUUAAUUCAAUAAUCCUUUUUCAAUUAAUAUGUAUUAAUAUUCUUUAGAAUAGAUUUUAUUAAUCGUAAUUAUUGUCUUAUUUGCAUUUCAUUAAGGUAUGCUUGCCAUAAUUUGACAUCAUAUAAUUAAUUAUCAUUAGCCUUUUAUAAUUAUUAGGAAAGCUCAGAUUAUUAAAGCGUAUUCGUCGACCUUCAAAUUUGAUGCGUUCUCAAAAAAGUUACUUUUUAUAACCGAAUUUUUAAAAAUACAUUUUGCUAAAUUAUUUUUUACGGACUGAUUUGAAUAUUCGACGAGCUUUUAAUGUUACGAAAUUUGUAGAUAUCAGAAGUAAAAAUAAUCAAUCUAUAUUAAAAACCAAUUUCUUUAUUCUUGUUUCAGAAUCUUUAAAAUAUAUAUGCUUUAACGAAUACGCAUGGACGUUAAUAGGAGGAGGGGGCAAAAGUGGGCUUAGACCUCCCUGAGCCAUCUUAAACCAUCUCUAAAAUAUUUUAAUAUCUAUGUAAUAUUUAUUAUAAUAAAUUAUAUAAUUUAUAAUCAAUAUGUAUAAUAUUUAUAACCGAUCGAAAUAGUAUUGCAUAGAAUUUAUAAUUAAUGAUAUUAGUUUUAAAUAUAAUACUAUUAAUAAUAUGUAGGUAGGUUUUUAGUAGAUUUUCAUUUUAACAGUCCAAUUAAUGAUGAGUGAUGCCUACUAGUCUUGAUGAUAGUUUAAAAAAAAACCCAGUGAAUUAUUGAUUGAAAAGAUAUUUUUAUCCAUCGAUUGAUUUGAAAACUAUCAAAUAAAUUAGUCGAUAGUUUUCAUUCAGUAGUAGUACUAACUAGUUUUGACUAUCGAUUUAUUUAUAUAAAACUACCACGAAACUUUGGAAAGUUGUUGAGUACACUCCCGUGAAGGUUUCAUACAUAGUAUGUCUAUGAAAUUCUUUGAUAGCUCCGUUAUUAUCCACAUAAACUGGGUUUUAGAUUGGUACGAAGAUAACAUAAUAUAUCUAUUUAUGGUUCACCUCGGUGAUGCAAACAAAAAUAUUAUUAGUUAACUGGGCAAAUUAUUAUUAUGACUAUGGUAUGAAUAAUAUAUUCUAAGAAUGUGUAUACAAUUAAAUGCGUAGUUUUUUUUUAUUAUGAUUGUAGAGAAAAUGUUUAAUUUUAAUUUCGAGGAAGAAAUCAAUAUUGUGUACACUUCAGUUUAAGGGUGAUAAAAUUAUACGUAAAACAUAUGAUAUUAUAAGACAUACAUACGACAUUUAUAGACAUACAUAAAAUAUACAUAUCAUCUUUGAUUUUUCGAAUACUGCAUCGUCGAUAGUUAUGCCCUCCAAACGGAAAUCAAAUGGUUGAUAUUCAUCUGAAACACGGAAGAGAAAGGCGUUAAAGGCAAUGGAAAGCAAGAUUAGAAAAGGAAUAUAGUAGAUAAUAAUAAAAAAUUAUAAAAUUGGCAUUUAGCAGAUGUACAUUAUACAUAUAUAAGCUGUCCUGCCUGGAGUUGCCAGUGCUAAUUUUUUAAUAUAUUUGUGUGCAUAAUAGUGUUAUUUUGAUGUUGGGGUAAUCUCCGAAACUACUCAUCCAAUCGUUAUGUGUGUUUUUUUUUAAUGAUACGCAGUAUAUCGUGGAGAGAGUUUUAAGUUGUUGAAAACAUCGGUCUGACCAAUAGAAGUAGUAGACGACCUAACCUACAACAGUUUAGACUGGAUAAAAAAACAAUAUAGCAACAUACAGCUAACUUAUAUAAGUUUGAAAAUACAAAUAAAGAAAAUUCAUUUUUAAACAUUUAAGGUCAAUCAUUAACUGUAGUAAUAGUGGCGGAGAUCGAAACUAGAAAUCUAGGGGGGAAAUCGUUUUUAUUACAUUUUAUUUGGCACGGGCAACGCCAGGCGGCACAGCUAGUAGUUUAUAAAAUAAUCGAGUAAUUUUUUGGACUGAAUAGAUAUUAUCAAUAUAACGAACUGAUGGUUUUAUCUGAUGGUUUUAGUCCGAUGGUUUUAAAUUUUUUAAUAGUGGAAUAGUAGUUUCGAUAGUGUAGACGGUAUUUUCCAUAGUAGAUAGAUUUUAGAAACCGAGUAGGUUUAUAGUUUGAAAAUAUCGAGUAAUUCGAUAGUUUUCACUCGGCAGUGCCCUCGACAGUUCCAAUGUUUCAUAAGCUAUGAUCAUUUCAUGGCCUAUGAUAACGGCCUGUCGACUAAACACAUUGCCGUGCAUCCAUGCGGCUGCCAGGCACGAUUACGCCGCGUCGUCAAAAUAUAUAAAUAUCUUUACUUAUGUGAUAUUAUUAUGUAUAUAAACCAACGUUUUGAUAUUAGUAUUUUUUGACCUAUAAAUAGAUUUUCCUUUAUUAUUAUUUAGACCAGUGUCCUUUUUGGAUUCAAGUCCAAUACAUUUAAGGACCCCAUACGUCUAUGUGAACACAUAUUAUUGUUUUUUAUUUUUCUUCGAUAACAUGUUCUCGAGACAAAAAUGAAAAUGCUGUAUGUUUCAAAUCCUACUUAUUAUACAGUGUGUUUGCGUUUCCAAGUAACACCAAAUAUUUCGAACCUCAUUUUCAUUCAAUAAUCCACUCUGUGGAUAAAAUGCCUUUUAAAAUAUGUGUAACCGAACUUCGCUCAGAAUCGUUUUUCGUUAGCAUUGAUUAAUCGUUGUGUGCAAAUAUACACAUUCAAUUUCCUCAGUGGCUCACCAGUUGUGCGAAGUGUGUCCGUUUAUUUCUUAUUGCUAUUUUAAUAUUUAAUUUUUUUUUUAUGGUUCAUCUAAAAUAGUUAUGGUUUCCAUAAAUUAAUUAUGUUUUUUUAAAUUUUAUUUUGAUUUUUAAAUAUAUUGGCACCUAUUGACCAUGUAUGCUUCCUUCUUCUGACACAUAUCGUGGUCUACUACCUUUCUUCUCUUUCAGGUAUAAAAAUUAUCCUAUAAUUACUUUCUGGAAUAAAAAGGAAUCAAAUAGAAAACAUUUCAUAAAAAAGAUAAAAUGUUUCUCGAGAUUUUUAUUGAUAAACAAACAGGUGGAGACAGGAGUUUAAAGUUCAAAUCUUCUAAAAACACAUUCUUGAUACAGUUCUAUAACAGUUCUAAUUAUAUGUUAUUUUAAAAAAGCGAAAUUAUCCAAUUUAUUCCAUGAAAUAAAAUGACUCUAUGUAAGUUUCCCAAUUCAUAGAUUGGGCGAAAAAUGUUUCAUUUCAUGAACUGGAAUUCAAAAAUACUGACCAUUUCAUGAACUGGCCAUUGAUAAUCUUAGAAAUAUGACUCAAUAUUAAAUGGACGAAACAGAUUUUAUCAAUAAAGAGUAACAUGUUUUAUAUCACAAAAUGACGUAUAUUAAUAAAUAUAUGAUUGAUUUUAAAUUCUUAUUUUGAAACUGCUGCUAUUAGUUAUUAUAACCUCAUAAUAAAGGAUGAAAGAAUAAUCGAUGCGGAAGGGCCAAAAAUGGACUUCUAUAUAAUUCUGCAUGUCACUCCGGCAAAACAUGUUAUAAUAAUGAUUAAUGGAUAUUAAUACAUGUAUUAUUAUAGAUCAAAUCUUUAUGUUUACCUAUUAUAUAUCUAACAGAUACAAUACAGUGUAUUAGCCUCUAUUUUCGGGGAAAAUUCAAGAAAAACGAAAAAGUUUUUUUAUUGUGCAUUUGACGCAUACAUUUCCAGUAUUUACAAAUUUAUUUAUAACUUUAUAAACAACACGUAGUUUGUUUGACAAGCUAAUUCCUCUUACAAGUACUGGAUUUAACUGGUUUGAAAUUGGAAAUAAUGAUAUUUUCUACUGCAGUUGUUCUUAAAUUAUAAUUAAGAUGACUCCAGAUCUUAAAAUAUGGCAUUUAAAAUUGUUAGUAUUUUUAUAAUAUUUAUGGAAGGAAGGAAUAUUGAUCAUUUGUAUCUUAUUGAAUUCUGUAAGGUUAGAAGAGACGUAGAAAAUGAUACAUAGAAUGAUACUAGAAUAUGGAAUACGUGUAGUGGCGAUGAGAUUUCUUAAGAUAAGGAACGAGUAGAUAAGAUAUAUCAUAGAAGCAAUUUUGAUUCGAUAAUGGACAAAAUGAAAGAAAAUACUGAUAUGGUUUGGACAUGCCAUGAGGAGGGAGAAAUCAUAAGCAAGAAGAGUAGUUAUAAAAUUAAACGUAGGAAGAAAGAGGGGAAGAUUUAAGUUUUGGAUUUAUUGAGUAAAUCAUUAUUCGUAUAUUACCAAAGUUUAAAGAAGUAGUCGUUCUAAAUUCCUUUGCUGUAGAUUGUAACGUUAGGUGUUUAGUUGUAUAAUUUCAGUAUUAUCGGUUUCCUUGGAUAGACUUUUAGCUAGCCAUUUUAUAGAGAAUUUUUCUAUUGGUAACCCGACUAAAAAAAAACUUGAUAUAAAAUGGUUUUGAACCCCUAAUCUAAGUAGAAUAUGCUUAUCGAUUGACAACCGAUACCUGAUUAAACUUAUAACAUAUGUAGCAUUUUUUUUUUUUUUGUGAAGUUUAAUAUUUUUAAACUACUUACUAAUUUUUUAACUACCAAAAGUCGAUAAUAAAUGACGAAUGACACAUGAUAUAUUCAAAUAUUUUAUGUAGCAUCCGAGUAGUCUCUUACUUGUAAGUAAUUAAAAAGCAUGAUUGACGGUACACUAAAAAUUAAAUAAUUCUCGCAAAUGAUUAUGUCACGUUAUCCAUAGUUUAACAAAAUAGUGUACUUAUUAAAAAAAAUGAAUGAAUAUUAAAUGUAAAUUAAUGAUCUAUUUAUAAUAUUUUCAGUUGGUUUUAUCAAACUACAGUCAAAUUAACUAAAACGCAGCCAUGAAUAAGUUUUAGUACUAAAGCACAUUUGUGGUCCCGAAUAUUAACAAGUUAUUAUUCCGUGAUAUCGUGUGCAUUGUACCAAUUCAAUGGGAAACGCGAGCGCUACAAGAAGAGGUUCAAUUUUCUCAAAGCAAGAUUCUACGGGUGAUGAAGGUUCCACCCGACACAGUAAACGGCUGUCUAGCCGACAAAAUACUCUACUUGAAGAAGAAGAGUAUCAACCGGAAUUGCCGAUUGCUCCUCCGCCAGAACCACUGACUACACGGCAGAAAGAAUUGCUAACCGAAAUGUGGAAAUUGUUAGAAGAUGACAUUGCAAAAGUUGGUGUUAUUACAUUUGUAAGGUAAGUGUUCCUUUAUUAAAUAAUAUAGGUAUUUUUAGAUUUUUAGAUUCUGAGUGCUUCGAGGUUUUAUUAUAAUUUUUUUUUUUUUGCGUGUGUAACAACUUUUCCACCAGAAAUCUAAGUAUAAUAAAAAAAAUAAUAAGAACCUUAUGUGGUAUUUUUUUGAUGUUUCAAGCAUAUUUUAUAAUGAUUGGAAAAAAAAAACGGGAAAAAAUUAAUAAAAAUAACAAAGAAAUUCACCGCAAUAAAAAAAUAGCAUUAUUUUUGGAAUGAAAAUUGAGAAAGAUUAGGAAAGUAGUUUUUUGAUUUUACUUGUAGUUUUCUUAAUAAAUAGGCUGAACUGAGAAAAAAAGAAAAAAUAACGGGCAAGUUUACGGAAAUAACGGUUUCAUUAUUUUAAAUUUUAUUUUUCGUUACAAUUUUGUUAACAAUAAUCAUAUAAUUCUUUCACAGAAUACUUAUAUUAACCUUUUACAGAUGAUUUAUGAUUUAUUUAUAGUCAUUCGAAAUUAUCUAGCUUAAUUUUAAUUUUAAUUUUGUAGGUAUUAUUAUUUGGAUAAAACUGUUUGACUGAAUAAAUAUGUUUGACCAUUUUAUAUGACAUUCAUUAUAAAAUGUACAUAGUGGUCAAAAACAUUUAAUUUGAACGUUAUGUGUAGUUGUUUUAUAAGUGUAAAAAAAAUCAAAAAUAAAUAAAAAACUAAAUAAAAAAUUUCAAAAUGAUGUAUUUAUAAAAAUUAAAUCAUUUCAAAAAUAUAAAAACGAACUUCGCCAGGGUCGUUUUUUUAAAAAAAAAGGUUACUUAUUAACAUAAAUUAAAUAACUUUAUGUAAGUUACCUAAUCAACUACUUAACUAAAAUAGUGAAAAACCCGUCACCAAUGAUUUUUCUUUGUGAUUAAGAUAAAAAUAAACAUAGAGAUAAGAAAUUUUCAAUAAAUUGUUCAAAACUUUUUGAGCUAUUCAGGUGUUUGAUAUUUUCGAAGUUUUUAAAUAUUUAUUUGGUUUAUGAGAGUAAAAAAAAAACUAUUUCAGAUGAGCAAAAAUAUUUAACAAUUUUUCAUGAUAUUCUUUAUGAAUUGUACUUAAGUACAAUUUUUAACAUUAAUGUUAAAAAUCAAAAUUUAGCAUAAUACAAUCGUUUUUUUUUUUUUUAUUAGCGUUUUAAGUUUAAAUUUUGACGAAAACGUAAAUAUCAUAUCAUUUUAAAACAUGUUUAACCGAACUUCGCUUACAUUUGUGUAUCGUUAACGUUGAUUUAUUACUAUUUUUAGAAAUAAAUCUUUCCUUUUUAUAUAUCCUACAAACCUUUCCACCUACAACAGUGGCGCACCUAUUGGCCAUCAGCAGUAUAUUUUUUAACUGUAUUUUAGAUUUCGAGCGUACUGAGGGAUCUAUUGGUUUUGCUAUUUUUUUUUUCUGAUUGUAAUCAACUUUUCGAAAAGAAAUCUUGUUCUGGUAUAUAGAGUAUAGCAAAUUUUCUGAAAGGCAAUCUUGUAUUGUUGGUGCAUUGGAAAGAGGAAGAGAAAGAAAAAAAAGUAUUUUUUUUUUUGAUUUUCCAAAGUUUUUGAAAUAAUUGGAAAAAAACUUGAUUUGAAAUUUACGGUACCCCACGGCAUUACUGUUUUCAUUGUUUUCAAUUUGUUUUUACAAGAAAUAUUUUCCCGAUUUCCACAUAAAAUCAUAAAUUUAAAAAAUUUCGAUAUUUCAGAUUUCUCGUCUUAUUACUUUCGAUUAUUGUAAAGUAUUUUAACAUCAUUUUUUCCAAAAUAUAUAAAGUAGGGUUUUUAAAAUAAAAAUAUUUUAUUUGAAAUAUUGUUGAUUUUAUUUCGGACGAAAAUGGUAGUUAAUGUACUAAAGUAUAUUAUAUAUAUUUAAUAUAUAACCAACUUACGUAUUCAGUCAUAUUUAUGAUUUCUAUGAUUAUUUUUUUAAUGAAGUUUUUUUUUUUAUUUUCAAUUGCUAUUUAUUGAGUAUUUGAAUCACUCGAGUAAAUAAUAGAAUUUGAUCAGGUAUUAUUUGUUUGAGGUCUAUAAAUUUUAUUAUUGAUAGAAAAUGUGAUUUCCCAAGUAUAUUAUCCAGAUGAGUGUAUAAUGACAUAUAUAUAAUAAUAUAAUGGUUAAUUGUAUUUUAUUACUUGCCUUUAACGAUAUUAUGAAAUAUUUAAACAUUUCAUAUCUAUUUUUAAUUUGUUUAAAGCUCUUAAUUCGUAUAAAUAAUGAAGUACUUUAUAAUAGGUUUAAUGAUUAAUAUAAAUAUGUUAUAAUAAUUUUAAACAUUUAAAAAAAAAAAAUUAUUUCGAGAAUACAGUUUAGGUCUCACGAAGAUAAUAAUGGUAAUUAAAUUCUGGUUUGUUUUUAUAUUACUCGUAGGGAUAAGGCUACGAAUAUUCAUAUUUGAAUUUAAUGUUUAAGUAAAAAAAAAAAAAAACAAGUUUGUAUUUUAUUAUUUUCGGAAAAUUUGAAGGUGGCCAUUUUAUACAGUUUAUUUUUUUGACUAUUCUGCCGUUUCAACUUUUACUUUCAUUAAAUUCGAAAUUUCGAAUUAUCUAUUACAAAUUAGAGAAAAGUAUCUAUAACUACACAGUAAGCUGUAAUCGCAUUCGCAAAAGAUUAUUAUUAUUAUGGCUUAUUGACUGUAUACUUUUUUUCGAAACUUUAAGAAGUUAGUGAAAAUCAUGAAUUGAAAAAAAAAAAAGUUGAUAAGUCAACAUUUUCAGACGAAUAAACUUUAUAAAAUUAAAUCUUUUCAAAUUUUCCAAAAUACAUAAUAAAAUGAAAAGGUUAUUUUUUAAAUUUUUUAUCAAAAGAUAAAAAAUUAGUUGAAACAUAAAUUUAUAUAUUCCUAGUGAUUAAUAUAAAAAAAAAAAAAAAAAAUCGAAUAUAAUAAUAUUUAUUAUCUCUGUAGAUAUUACAAUGAGUAUAUCAUAAGGAGACAUUCUGUAUAAAAACAAACAAAAUUUCGGUGAAAAUGAUUUAAAAUAGGUUUCAAAAGUUGAAGAAGUCAGAUCUCGUCUCACAAUACGAUUUUUGUCUGCCUUUUUGUAAUGUUGUACUUACCCACACUGUCCCUUAAAAUUUUAGUAAAUACAAUUAUCCUGUAUAAUCUCCGAAAAACUGUCGUCAAAAUAAAAUAACAGGUCGCCAAAUAAAGAGAUACAACUAAAUUUAAUAUUGUUUAUUUAGGUGUUUAUAGCACUACCGUUGUAUUGGUACUUCAAAUAUUAUGUUAAUCUAACAUAAUAACUUUCUGUUAAAUAAUACGUCACCGGCGCAUUGCAUAUGCAAAAUAGAUGCAAUAAUGUAAACAAGAUUCAAGACGAGUAUUCAAGUUUUUAUUUUUCUUAUACAGUAUAAUAUAUUUACCUACCCAUACUUGAAAUAUUAUAUUAUAUACGAUACUUAUACUUGUGUAUUUUAAAUUCCGAGGGAAGUGAAAAAUGUAUUGGCUUUACUAUAAUGUGUGAUUUUAUUGAUUUAUUUUAUUUUUUGUAUCUGCAGUGAACAACUGUAUGAUCAGAAAUCUCGUUCCAAUCAAAAACUUUAUAGGAACUUUCUUAUAGUUUAAAUAAUGAUGGUGCAUUAGGAAUGACGUUUAUUGAUAUGCCUCAUCAUAAAAACGGAAACAAUAUACGAUAACGGAUUCUGUUAAUUUUUGUUUUAUUUAUUUAAUAUAUUUUAUAGUAUAUUUUAAAUAAGGUCAAACAAUGACCACAGGAACCUUAAACAUUCACAUAACAUUUGUACUUGCAUUUUUUAGACAUUGCACACUUGUUUAGAUAUUUUGGAAUUUUUUUGAUUUGUUUAUUUUUACUUGAAAUAUUUGAUUAUUUGACUUUUUAUUUGGUUUUAGUUAGAUACAAUUUUGCCGACUAUGUAAAUAAAAUCAACAAUUUGAUUCAAGAUUUAUCACAAAUUAUGUUUAGUGGUAGAAAAAAACUGUUGAUUUCUACACAAGCGUUUAAAGUGUAAGUUUUGAUGAAAAUCAUUUACCUUCAAUUAGUAUCGUGGGGUAAACAUAUUACAAUACAUAAAUGUUAGCUGUUCUUUGUCUGUUUUGUGAAACAAGUAGAUGAUCUUCCAUCAUCAUUUCCAUCACUAGACACAUGACUCCGAAAUUAUUUAGCUUUAUCUAAGGUUUCUGGUAGCUAACUGCUUAAUGUCAGUCCAUUCUAUCUUAUCCUUGAUAGGUAAUGUUGUGGUAGAGAGUUUUAAUAAUAUAAUUAUAAAUAAAUUAUAUUAAUAAUAGAUUAUUGGUCUUAUCUAAAUAUCGGCGUUGUAGCUGGUAAUCCCAAGAUUAUGUUUACUAAUUUACUACUAGACGCUACUAUAAUAACUAUAAUGUGUCUAAUAAUGUUUUACAUUCUAAAUCGUAUACAAAGUUAUACUUUGAAAAUGGAUCAUCAUAAUUUUAAUACUUUUAUUAAUAUUUGCUGUUGAAAACAUACGAUAUUAUUAAAAAUACAAAACAGGGUAGUUAUUUCAUUUCCAAUUAUAGGGGUCACAAAAAAUUAAUUUAGAUUAAUUUAAUUAAUUUAAUUAAAUUAAAUAAAAAGAUCUAAUUAAUUAGAUUUUAAAAUUACUUGUUUCUUAAGUUUUCAUUAAAAAAGAAAAAGAAAAACCAAAAAUUCAGAAAUAUUGAGUGCUUACGUUAUUAUUUCGGCAUAUUGUGGUAAAUGUUUAAAUUACAUAUAUAUUUAACAUUUGUACUUUUAAAUUUCACUUAACAAUAAUAAUUAGCUUUCUAAGUUUCUUAAUCCUCAAAAUAUAACAACAUUAUCAAAACUUUGUUUCCACUUUAUCUGAGAAUUAAUAUAGGUAAUUUGCCUUAUAGAAAAAUAACUAAUUUCGAUGAAAUAAUAAUGAUAAAAUAUAAGAUAUUUCAUUGAAAAAAAAAUACGACUUAAUUAACAACAAUAAAUCCGUUGAAUUAAAUAAGUACUGUACGUGAAUAAAAUUUAAGGUGGUUAUAUUAUUAUUAUAUUAUAUGAUAAUUUGUUCAUUCGUUAAAUUAAAUGUGAUGAAUGUGUGUUCUUUUCAUGUGUGCUUGAAUAAAAUGCAGAAACUUGAUAAGAUAUUUAGAUAUCUAUAUGUGUCUAACAGAAUUCUUUCAACAUUUAACAAUGACAAAACACGUAACCUCCAUUAGUAAAAACAACAGUUAAAUGCUAUCUUUGUUUGUAUUUUAACUUCCUGACGUUUGAAAAAUAACUGCAUACUUUUAUUAACGCACUAAUACGGUACAAAUAAACAACACGACUAAUGGGAAAUUCGAUGGACAUAAUGACCAAAUAGUCGUUAUGUUAUUUCGGUAUAAGGAUUUUAUUCAGUGACAGCUAAACAAACAAUAUGACGAGUAUAUUAUUUGCAUGAUUAUCUUUAAUAUACACUUUGCGCUGAUUGAAUUCUAUGUAUAUUUUUUAAUUUUUGCCCUAAAACUUAAUUUUUAAAAAAGUGAUCUGACUCCGGAGUUUAUGACUAUGGUAAGUCUCUAUUUUAUUAUUAUUUUAGAAUUUAAAGCAAUGCAAUGGUAAAUUUAAUAUUAUUUAAAUUAAAACUCAAGUUUUUAUAUCCUCUAAAAAAAUGGUUCGCCCAACCUUGGCUAUCUUUUAAUGUAAGACAUACAACUAACGAUAUACCUUUUACCAAAUUAUAAAAACGCAUAUUUUGUUUUUAAAAAAAAAAAAAAUCAAUUUUUAUAUAAAACAGUUUAUAAUUUUUGAUACAAUUUAAAAUAACGAUUUCAUUGAGUUUAUUUAUAACGUAAAUGUGGAAUAUUUUGUAAAACGUCUAUUAAAAAGUUAUAUUUUACACGAGUAGGUCCAAUCUUGGAAUAUGAAUCCAUUAUCUGGGACCCACAUAACACUGGUGACUAAAAUCACAUUUUCUUUGGACACAAUGUGUGGGUUAAGAAUGAAUCCUUGGUGUCUAAUCAUAUCAUCAGCUAGCUAGAUUGAAUGAUCAUGUGACAUGAAUAGAAUAUGGACACACAAUCGGUGAGUAAAGGCUGAAGAAAUUUCGGGAUGUUUAGUUUGAGGCUAAAAGACUCAUCCCAAGAAAAGAAUAUUUGUAGAUCAUUUUGAAGUAGAAAAUAGUGGCCCACAGAGCUGAUUUGAAUGAAGACUUUCAAGUCAUCCACACAAUUAUUAAUGGUUAAGUAAUAAGCAUGCUUGCGGCAAUGAACACGGGUGAUGAAAUUUACAAAGAAAAUGAAUAAGAUGGGAAUGAUAACAGCACCUUUAAGUAUACCGAAUAAAUAUGGAAAGUCAUCUGAGGAAAUAAUAUCAACUAUAACGUGGCGUCAAAUUUUAAAGACAAGAUCGAAAGAAUGACACGAAAGAUAACCAAUACCAGAGAAAUUUAAGGUUCUUACUAGGAAUUAGUAGUCAAUACUAUCAAAACUUUUGAUCGUAUUGGUAUAUAGUAUUUUAUAUCAUAUUUUAUUCGCAUGUUAGGAUUAAAUUUGUUAUAAAAUAUUUUCCAAUGUUAUAUUGUUUUUAUAUUAUAUUGUAAUAAAAUAAAUACGAAUAAUUCAAGAGGAUAUUUCUAAAGUUACGCAACCCAAAAUAAAGAUAAUUUUUUUUGCUGCUUAAAUAUUUGUCGAUCUUAUUUUCAUAAUGUCUACAGUUAUGGCUUGGCUUAUAUUUUCCUGACUUCUGCACAGAAUAUUUGAUAUUUACAUUAUUUAAACGUCGUUGGUGAAACGAUUAUUACUAAAGUCAAUAAACUCACUGUGCUGUUUUAUUGACUUUUUUAUAAAAGAAAAAAAAGUAGGUAGACAAUUAUUUUUAAUGACUUUAUGUGUGAUAAACCAUAUGUUUUUUAUGAUAACUUUAAACUUCAAAAUAUUAGAUAUUUAUCAAAUUUAUUCAAAUUUUAACGGAAAUCUUACAAAUCAUAGCAUUUCAAAACAUGUUUAACCAAAUAUGCUCAGAUUUGUUUUUCGUUAACAAUAAUUUAUUGUUGCCUACCGAAAUAAAUAAAUCAACUAUUUGUAUCUUACUUUUCCAACACCUCCCUUUUGACUUUGGGAACAGAUAUGUAAAAAAGCGUAAAAAGACUUGUGGAUAAGGAGAGCAGUAGGUAAAGAACUAACCUAUAUAUAUAUAUAUAUAUAUAUAUAUAUGCCAAUAAUCAUGACUCACGAAUCAUUACUACGGCUAGCAAACCGCGGUUAGAAUUGGCACGAAAUUAUACAUAUAUUAUAAUAUUUUGACGUCGUACUUACUUAAAAAUUUAUGAUGAAAUUAAAAAUUGCAUACAAAUCUAAUAUUUAUAAAAAAUAUUAUAUUUGUUGUUAUUGAUUUUAAUGUUAUUGGUUUUAUUUUUUUGUAAGUAUGUUGUAUGUUUUAUUGUUCAAUUAUGCAAAAUGAUGAGGUGGACAUUUUGCUCGUUAGAUUAUAGUUACUUACAUUUUCAUUAAAUAUCGAUUACCUAAUCAAUUUUAGAUUUAAUACUUCAGUUUAAACGCUUACAGUAGUUUAUAAUUUGGUAAAGUUUUGUUUUAUUUAUGUACAGUAGGCACCUAUCUACCUACCUACCUACCUAAUAAAUAUCUACUACAUUAUAUAUCUAUAUUUAUGCUAGAGUACCUACGUGAUUAGAUAGUUAACGAAUUAAUCAUAACUUAUUGGUUCAGAUUUAUUACUACAUAUUUUUUCUAAUGAUGAUAGGCAUGCAAUCAUAUUUUUAAUAUUUUUAUAUUUUUCAUAUUUUUUUUUAUUUAAUUCAAUAUACUAAACCCAUUUAUAUUUUUUUUUCAGAAAAUUUUAACAAUUUGUUAAUGAUAAGAUUACGAUUGCGUACGCACUUUUUGUUUGAUAUUUAUUAGACACAAAUUUUAAAAUUAUUUAGUGAUUUUAGGUACCAUUUUCAAACCCUAUCUUCAUUCUUACAAAUAUCUGCAUAUAACGUAAUCAUUGAGUAAUUUGUUUUCGUUAGUUAUUUUUUAUUAAUUCUUUGAUUCAACCUUAAUGUAUUCAAUCGUGAAACAAUGGCUUUGUGAUGACGAGGGUUCGGAAGUAUUGGUCCCAUCCAAUGAAAACCUACUAUGGAUUAAGCCAGGCAGAUAAUUUGAAUAUUAGUAAUUUGAAUUUUACCCCAGGACAAGCAUUGUCUCUGAAUUUAUGAGAUUGUUUCGAACGAUCGAUUUCGACGAUUUAUUAGGUACCUAUAUAGCCAGUUUGAGUAGCAUUUUUUAUUCGUUGAAAAUUAAUCUGAAAUCGUCAAAAAUCAGUGAAAUAUACAAGAGAUAUUUACGAGCGGAAAUGAUAAUAAAGGAAUAUAUAGUCAUAUAUUAUAUACUCGUUAAAUAUUUUCUACAUUGACUUAAUAGUGAUGUAAAUUUUCAAAAAGUUGAAAAUUUGUCAACUUAUCAAACUAAAUGGCUUUAUUAUGUUUACCUUUAUUUUUUCAUCAAAACUCUGCUAAAUACUGUGUUUUAACCAAUAAUAAAUUUAAUAAAGUUUUAGACUAGGUACUUCAGCGUAUAUAAUAUAAAGAUAGAAGUACAAUUUAUUCUACCGUGUUAUAAAUAGGACUACAGAACAAUUUUUACAGAGUAAUUAAUUUAACCCAUUUAACACUCAUUAUUAUCUCUGAAGUAGGUAUUAUCUUAAAUCGAAAAUUAUUUUUGUUGUAAAAUCUAAAAUACACGCAAUUUUAACGUUGACCUUAUUUUAUUUACCCUUAUACUCUGCUGUGUAACCAUUACGCCAAUCAAUGUUUAUAUUCUAAUUGUAAAUUAUAUUACUAAAAGUUGUAUAAUUCGUGAAAGUAUGGUUGAAUUAAAUGUUACCGUUUUUCAUUUUGUAUUAUAUCACCUAUUUGUGGUAAUAUACCACUUUGAAAUUAAGUCUUAAUUUUUGAUAAACGUACUGCAACUUAUAUUCGUUUUAGAGAUUAGUAAACGACUCUCCUUAUACUUAAGUGCAUCGAAGCCCGCUACAAUGCAUUGCACGGUCGGGCAAAUUAUAAAUGCAUAGUGUGCUUCAACUCAUUUUUGAUUUAAUAAACAAAUAUAGAUUUAUUUAUAAUAGUAUAAAAUAUAGAAAAAAAAAUUUAGAUAGUUUGUGUAUAGUCUAACUAUAAAUAUUAUUAAUUCUUAAAGGAUUUCAGAUUUAAGUGGUAUAAAAAAAACCACCUGAAUAACUGUCGAUUAAUUUUUGAAAAUAAAUAAAAUAAACAUUUACUAACACAAGUUAAAUGUAAACCACGGUUUUACAAGUACGUAAUACCCGUAUUCAUGGCCUCUGACAGUAAAGAAAAAUCGAAGAACUCUAAUUGUGCGGGCUUUAAGUUAAAACUAAAGUUUAAAAUUCUAACACUAAAUUAAAGAAGAACAUAUAUUAACAAGUUACGUACAAGUUACAGUCUAGUUGUUUUAAAUAUUGUCUAGAAAAUAAAUUACACUUUUAAACGUUUUUCGAUUUUUAUUAUUAUAAUUAUUAUUUUUUAUAUAAAUGUUAAGUAACUAUUUUAUUAAACAGAAAUAUUUUCUAAAAAUAUUACGUAUUAUACUACAGCCGUCAGCAAUAUUUUUUCUUUUUAUUCUUAAUUAUUUUGUCCCAUUUGAUAAUAAACCUGAAACAACAAUGAAUGUAAUAUAUAAUUUACAAAUUCAUUACAACAGAAAUAACGAGUUAUUUGAAUUGUUUAUGCAUUUUAAUUAUUUAUAACAUGUUUCAAACAUAUUUUCGAAUUGGUAUGUUAAAAAUAUUACUUAAGAAAUGAACUUUCCUAGUGUUACCUUAGUGAUAAUUUUUAUAUCUAAUGGAAGUAAAAUUAGGUACAUGAGAAUUAGUUCCUAUUGAAUAUUCGAUUGUAUAAAAUAUCUGACUCAAUGAACUGGCAUAAUAAAAUGUGUGACAUGCACGAAAUCAUGUUAUUUCAAAAUAAACUCCAUAGAGUAAAUUUGGAGAGUCAAUAUCGUUAUUAACAAGUUGACUAACGAAUACAGGUGCUACACCAAACAAUCAGUCCAAAUACUUGGAAUUAAGUAUUUACCCCUAACGUGACACUCACAAUACAAUUUAUGCGUAACAUAAUUUUGCUUUUUAGAUAAGUGGAUAGGUAAAGUAAAUGACGGCAUUUCACAAUAUACAUAUCCCCGUUGAUGGGAAUGUGAAUAUGUAGAAUAUGGAAUAUACAUAGAAUAUGCAGUCAAAAAUAUAAGAUACGGAUGUAAUUUGUUUUAAAUAUUGAAGCAACGAAAAUCAUGGUAUAAAUAAUAAUGGAACCAUUCUAAGUAUAGAGCUUAGAAUUAAAAUUUCAACGCUUUUCUGUCAGCUGCUGUUUGAGUGUCUUAGCCAUUAAUGUAAAUUUCCUCUCGUCUUUAUCUGCGUUCUUGAUAUCGCACAAACUUAUUUUACAGUUAUACAAUAAUACCUGCAAGUUAGUUAAAUAAAAAGAAAUAAAUGUUUGAUUUAGUGUUUUUCAUGAUAUUUGCAACAAAAUUUAAAGAUUUUCUGGACACAAAACUCGAAAAAAAUCGAUUAACGAACUUUCUAUAGUCACAAGCCAUAAUUUAUUUAGAUAAGUUAAUAAGAAGAUAAGUCAAAAUUAUUAUUUCUAGAUAAAAAAAUUACUGUAUUAUGGAAAUUUGAGGUUAUUAUUGCGUUUUCGGACAAAAAAAAAUAGCUCUUGUCAUACACAUAGAAAUAAGAUGGUUAAUUUAACUUUUUACUAUGGUCUUAAUCAUUAAAAUUGAAGUUGAACUGUAUUUGUUGGUCAAAUUAAGUAGAAUGGAGCACUAAUCUAAGUAUAUAGUAUAUUAAAUAUUUGAAGGUAUUUAAAUAACUGAAUAGAAUUGAAAUUUUGAGAAUCGAUGUUAUUCAUAAUAAAAUAAUAAAACAAAAACAAAAUUAUUAAAAUGGUUAAUACUCGUAAAUAAAUAAAGUAAAUAUAUAAAUAAAAAAAGUAUACAUACAUUUUUUAUUUAUAUAUUUAUUUACGAUGUUAUUUAGUUUAAUGUUUUCAGAAAGUUAAAUUUACUACAAGUUUAGGUCAUUAUCUGAAUUAUUUUAACAGUUAAAAUAAAUAUAAAUGAAUGUUGUUAUCACUAGUUAUGUAAUUGAUUUGGUUGUUAUAAUUUGAAGUUAUUUUUAUUACCUAUGUUAUUUUUACGUAUGAGCUAGUAAAUAUUAAAAUAGGUAUUUAUUAUUAUAAACAAUAAUAUCAAAUAUGAGAAUAUUACUGCGGUCUGCAAUUGCUUGUAAGAGCGUGUGUAUCGUUAUCAUCGCCCAACUACCACCAAUUACGAGUGUGGUUAUGUACUAAAGUCUAUAAAAGCUCAUAUAUUAUCAAGUUAUACAUUUCUACAUAUUAUCUCAAUUGACCAAUUGUGCAAUAUAGGGGAGGGUUUUGGGGGUUAGACCCCUCCCUCAUCCGAAAUGUAUGGUUAGUAAAGCACAAGUGCGUUUUUAUGAAUUUAUUAAAUGUAUGUAUUAGCUAAAACCCAAAAGCUUUUUUUUAUAAUCCCCCCCAAAUUAAUUUCUAUAUACCUAUAUAUUAUUUUAGUAACAAUAUUAUGAAAAAUAUAAUAUACCUCGACAAUACUGUAAAUAUAUUUAACUUGCAAACUAUAUACAAAUAGUAAAGAAUAGCGUUAAAUAGAAUAGGAAUAGCGUUAGGUUUUAAAUGAAAAAUGUCUGGCGAUGAAAAUGAGUAAAUGUUUUAAUACCAAAUAUUUAUAGACCAUGACAUUUGAUAUAAUGGCACUAUGGAUAGGUAGGUAGAUUAGGUUAGGUAGUAAUUAUAUUGUAGACUAGCUCGAGUUCUCAACUCCCUGACAACCGUGCUGAACGUUUGUAAUUCUUUUAUUUAUUUUUUUACACAUUUUAAUAACCGAAUCUGUAGUUAUUUUAACUCCUUAAUAUAGUUGAAUUAAUAAUAGUGAUGUAGUUGUAAAUAUAUUUUGUAUGAAGUUAAUUCGAACUAAAAUUAUUAGUUAUUUUGAUUAUCUUAGAUGGGUUCCCACACAACAAUAGAAUAUUUUCAACAUGUAUCAACAAUAUGUUUAGAUAACAUAUUUUGGUGACUGAAUAUGUUUUGGCAUAAAUAUCAGUAAUAAUAUGUUUACAAUAUUAUAUACAUAAUUUUUCUAUUACAUUAAUUAUUACAUAUUUCCAAAAAAUGAUUUUAUGGCGUUUUUAAGGCAUACAACAUAUUUUUAGACAAAUGUUUUGUUGCUUAGAAACAUUAAAACAAACAAAUUUUUAUAUAGGUGAUUAAUCUAGCAUAAGACAUUCAUUAUCUCUAAAAGAAUUAUAUUUUUGAAGAAUUUGUUUUAUAGAUGAUCAAAGAAACAAACAGCUUGACAAUUUUGCAUUACAGUUAUUUUGUUGUAUUAAGGGCUUAUAUUUAGGGGUGAAACCAUUACCCACGUUUGAUGUUCAAAUGGCAAUGUAAUUAAUUUCUUAUUUUGAAUCUCGUUGCUAUGAACAACUAUGAUAAUUAACUAUUUCACAAACUGGCAUCCAGUCAUAACACAGCUUUUAUACACCUAUAUGUAAAAACGUAGAUGUACGACUCAUGCAUGUUUUGACAUUUCAUAGAGUUCGAUGGUUAUAUUGACCCUAAUAAUUAUAUUAUAUAAUGUUGAUUGAACUAGAUAAUUAUAAUAAUAUAAGUUUGUAGUGACGACUCAGUGGCGUACGUAGAAUUUUUCAAUGGGUGGGAGAGAAGUGCUGAAAAAGAAGUACUCAAUGAUAAGAAACAAUUAAAUUUUAAAAGUAUAGUAGUUAUAGGUAAAUAUAACUUUAAUGCAUGUAUACCCAGGCGUUCAUUUAGAUAUAAUAUUAUACUUUUGUACGAACACGGACGACAACUAAAAUUGUAGGGGCAAUUUCAAGAGGGGGCAAAAUAAAAUAAACAAUAUAAUGCUCAAAAUAUAAAAUUGCUAAAAUUAUUUUAGUUCAUAUUAUAAUAUCUAUAUAAUAUGAAACGCGUUUUCCAUUUUAUUCUUUAUUUUUACUUGUGAUAACAAUAAGCAGGUAUGUAAAAAACGACGGACAUACUUCCUACGAUGAGUAUUACCACUGUAGUAGAUGAGAAGUUGGAAAAGUAGUGUAUAGAGGGGAAUUUAAUGUAUAUCUGUACGCUACAAUUAAUCAUUUUACAUAAUUAAUUCUAAGUUCGGUUAUAGAUGUUUUAAAAGUCUACAAUAAUUACGAUUAUUGUCAAAUAGGUUACCCAGGAUGAUUUUUCAAAAACAAUUUUAUGAACGUCUUCAUGCCUUCAGGCAAUUAAAUAGUGUUUAUUUUUAUUUUAGAUUUUGGAUAUAGCGAAGAAGCUAUUAAUUGGUGUGACUAUAUGUUUUUUUCUUAGGUAAUUUUUUUGGUUACAAAAAAUGGUUCGAUUUUUUCACGCAAUAACCUAAGUGAAGCGGAAUAUAUUUUUAUUCAGCGUGCGAUAGUACAUAAAUUGCAAUUUUUAAAAAUGUUUUCAAGUUCACCUGCUACAGAUGUUUUUUUUUGGGGUUUUUCUUUUUGAUUAAUAAAAUUAGUAAAAAUGGUUUUAACUGGUUACGUCGUUCCUUAAAAAAUGCAAAUUUUAUUUAAGAAAUUAAGCUUGAUUUUUUAAAAGUUUACCUGAAAAAAAAAUCACAAUAAAUACGGUCCAAUAAUACAUAUUGAUUUUAUUUGUAUUGAUUUCUAGGUUGCUUGGGUUACAUGUGAAAAAAAACAGCUUACACCUUACAAGUCUAUCAAUUUCUACUUAGAAUCGUUUUUUUUUUAUUUUAAUAGUCUUCUUUGUUUUCAGUAUAUUGAACUAUAUUACCAUUGUAUACCUCCUACAUGCCUCAUUUUUCCAAAUUUCCACUUUUACAUUUGAUCAUGGUAUGUGAAGUAUAUUCGAUUUUUCAAAUAUUAUGUACCAUAAUGUCAUUUACAUGAGUUUUUUCCUUAAUUGUAUAUUUUAAACAUAAUGACUUCAACAAUUAUUAAUGAUAAAAUCACAUAUUAAUAAGUGGUUACAUUUAAAUUCUGAAAUCCAACCACUUUUUUAUGUUUUAACAACUAAAAUUCAUAAUUUAUCAAAGAAUUACCAUUUACUGUAAAUAUCUUCCGAAUAAAAAUACAUUAUUGCGAUAACCAAUAAUUUUUUCUCGAAUUAAGAGUAUAAACUUUUUAAUUGAAUUAUAUAAACAACUUCGUGGAAACCUUUCUCCGUUUACCAAUACGUAUUUGUUUCUUUAAUUAUAAAUAUUAUUAUAAGUUAUUUCAGGCAAACGAAAAUAUUCAAUAAGCAAAGAAGUCCACAAUAGUAUAAAACAUAUUAUAAAAAAUUGAUUGUGAUAUUUAUUGUUAUUGUUGCACAAUAUUAAUUUUGUAACACCAUAGGCACCGCAGAAACCUUAGAGAAAUAUAAAGUGUGAAAUUGAAAACUACGCUUGGAUCAAUUCUCGGCCAUACAUUUUUACCCAAUUAAUAAUUAAAAAUAGUUGAAUGUAGGUAACACAAGUUUUGUUUAGUUUAACUGUUUAAUAUAGUUUAAUAUAAAUAUAAAUUAUACGUUAAGACUGUUAUUAUUAGAGAUGAGUAUUAAACAAUUCACACUAAUACACACUUUGUGCGCUAAUUUUUAAUUUAUAAUGAUUUUUCAAGCUUUAACAAUUUUAAUUUAUUCAAAUAAGCGUAUUUCAUAUGAAUAUUAUACUUAUCUAUUGUUAAUUUUCUGUAUUACUCCGAUAAAAUAGUUGCGUGCGACCUUUCAGUUAUUUAUUUUUAUGGAUUUCACGCACACUUAUAAAAUGCAUUUAUACACAUUUUUUUUUGAUUAUCUUUAUUUUUAUGUAAUAUAUGAAUUGGUGUGAGAGUGUUUAUUUGAUUUUGUAUAUUAUAUAGACUAGGAAUAUAGCUGUCCAACAUGGGUGACAAAUAAAUGCGGGUAAAUAAUAAUACAAAUAAUAUUCAUUAUUUUUUUCAUUUGUGUCAACAAUGUAUAACCUAUAAAUAAACACAAAUAGAAUGCAAUUUGUAAUAUUUGAAUGACCUUAUUCAUCUGUGAACCGGUCUUUUUACAACACAUCUAUUUACGUUGUAUGUGUAUAAAGAACCUCUGUGCAAAAUGUCAAGUUUCUAGACUCAGUUGUUCGUAAGGAGCAUGACACGUAUCGACUAUGCGUAUAGUAUAAAUUAAAAAAAUAUAUUAUACAAUCGAUGUAUUUUAAAAGAGUGAUGAAUAAUUAUAUUUGGAUUUGAGAACGAAGUUAAAUUAAUUAUGAACAAAUAACAAAAAAAAAAAGCUUAUUUCAAUAUCUAUCUAUUGAUUAUAUUUUUAAGACAAACAAUUUAAGUAGAGUAAAUUAAAUGGCAAAAAAAUGGAUUAAUUCAAGUUCAUUUAGCGUAAAUUAUUGUAAAUGGUAGUGUAGCCAGUGAGAGUUUGGUUUUUUUAAUCACCCUCCCCCUCACAACUUCUUUUUUUUUAGAUUUAGGUAAGAUUAAAAAAGUUAUAGACUUCUAAACCUCCCUAUGUUCCCAGAAAUUAACCCAUUGAUAAAUCCUGGCUACGCCACUGAUUAUAAAUAUUAUUAAUUAUUAAUUAUUAAUUGACUUAUUAGCGUGAUGGUGGAAUUUUUGUGUUGACGUAUCCUUUUUUUAUUCGAAAAAAAAAAAAUUUAAGCAUUAUUUGAACUUCUAAGGACAACUUUUUGUCUUCUUGUAAUGAGGUAAAGUUUUCUAUUUCAAAUACAUUGUUUUUUUCGUUUAUUUUGAAUUUUGUUAACAUAAAGUACAACGAAUUUUACUUUUUUACAUUUUUCUUAUAUAAAAAUGAUUAAGGAGAAGAUAAUUUAUAAGAGGAUAAAAAGAAAUAAUAAUAAAAGAAUAUCAAGCAUUCUUUUCACUAGUGUUUUUCUAUUAAUUAUUCACUUUUUAUCGAUUACCUUAAAUUUGGUCAGAAUAUCCGGAAAAUCGAUUAUUUUUAGCGUGCUUUAUCUUUGAAAAUCGUUUGAACACCGAAUAGUGUUAUUUUGUACCAACUAUUAAUAUAAUUAACAUUAAUAGUUAUUUAACUUACAAAAAUUAAUUGUAUUAUUAAUAAUAUUAUUAUUUCAUAUUAAAAUUAUUUAAGUAUUAUUGUAUGCUUUAUUUACAAUAAUAUAUUUUAUGCGCUAACCGAAAACGGGUGAUAAUAUUUGACACCAAAUUAAUUUUUCGACUAGAGCAAGUUUUCUGGUCAAAAAGUUGCUCACAGCCACAAAAAAAAAAAAAAAAAAAAAAAACACAUAAUAGUAAAACCAAUAGAUUGCUUCGCUCUGAAUCUAAAAUAUUGAAUAAAACAAAAAUAUAUUAUACUUGACAGAUAUCUGUGGUAUACAGUGUUUAUUAUUAUAUAGGUAUAUUUGAUAGUAAUGAUAGCUUAAAUAAAAUAAAACGUUUACCUAGCGUACAGUUGACUUUAAUGAUUUUUCGAUCCGGUCGUUUCGGUCGAAUAAAUAUAGGUACGGUACGUAGGUACGGUACGGUACGUACCUAUAUGGGUAAAAAAAAAAAAAAGGUUUUGUUAAAUAUAUAUGAAUGAAUUUAACCAAUACAUAGUAUUUCUUCUUUAAUUUUUAAAUAUUUGAACACCCGUAGAGUAAUAAAGGUUUCAGCAUUACGAAAACUUGUACCACGUGUAUUUUCAAUUAUAUAAUCUCCGAUUUAUUAAACAAAAUUAAUUAAAUUUACUCAUCUCAUUUUUUUUUAUUUGUUGACAAAAUAUCAAGAAAAAUAAUGAAAUCUAUGAAAAUAUAAUAAUGUUAUACAUUUUGUGUUUAUAUAAUAUUAUUAUUUAUGAACAACUGUGCCACGUUUUCUCUUAUUAUUUAGAAGUUUAAACAAUACAAUUAUUUUCAUUAAAUGUAAAUGGUAUUAUUUUUUUGGAAUAAUAUAAUCCCGAUUUCAUAGUAAAUAUUCUUCAGAAUCCUUUAUAAUAAAAGGGUUACAAUUUGUAUAGUUCGCAUUUAUUUUUGUAGCACAUUUACUUUUGUAAUCCGCAUAAAACAAAUACCUACACCCCACCCCUCUCCCUUAAGUAAAUCGGCGUAUUUUAAACUUUUGAGAUUUAUAAAAAUUCACUAAGGAUUUUUUUUUAAAAAAUGUAUUAAAAGGAAAAUAUAUAUUUUGUAUUAAACAGUCAAAACUAAAAUAUUAAGAAAGUCUCGUUUUGUUACAUAUUAGUGUAUAAUAAUAAUAUAUUCAAAAUAAUUUAAUCAAAUCGAUUCAGAUAUAAUUUUACAAUUUAUGGACAGUAAUUAGUGGACAACGAUGAAUCUAGCUUAAGACACUCGUUAUUCCAAUAAAAUAUUAACUGAUUUCAGAACUUUCUUUUUAGAAAAUAUAAGAAAUAAAUAGCUCUAUAAUAUUACAUUAGCUACUUAUUUUUUUUCGCCCUUAUGUUUUCGAGUAAAUCCACUGCCAUCUUUUGAUUUUCAACUGGUAUUAUAUUUUCAAAAACAACACUGUUAAUAAAACUGUUAACGUAAUUAUUAAUAAAACAUAAUUUUGUUGUUUCCAGUUUUAAAUUUAAACAAUCUAUUUGAAAGAUAUAGCUUUUUAAAAUACUCGAAUGCAUAAUUUAGGACUCAAUAAUGUAGGAGACGCUCUCUGGUAGUGUGCAGUAGUCAAUUAUAAGUUAUACUUAUCGUUAUUCCGAGACUAUCAGCUAAAAAAAUUAGUUUUAUUGGUAAAAUAACAAUUCCGGUGACCCAUAUGAACAUCAUACCACGCAGAUAAAAAAUACUUUUGAAAAAACUAAGUAUCUCACAAAAUGAAACAAACUUUGAUGGUGAAUAACUAACGAACGCGGGUUCGAAAAAUAAAUGUCAACGUUAAAAUAUAUACAUAAAAAAAAAAAAAAAAAAACACUAAUGAUACUAAUAUUUUAAAUAAUAUAUCAUUAAACUCUAAAGAAUUUCAAUAUAAUAAUACGACGAAACAAUAUAAUAAUGAAUAUAAUGAUAUAUAUAUAUAUAUCAAGGGAUAUUUAAUUUUUUAUAGACUUCUGAUAUGGUCAUUAGUUCAUUACGUAAUAUACAUCGUGCAUUUUUUGUAAUGACAUUGUGAUUACCAAUUUAUUAUAUUUUACGUAUUAUAUAUUUCAGUUAAAAUAUGCGCCUAACACUAAUAUUUUAUAAGAUCUGGAGCAUAUAUAAAGUUUCCAGAGAAAUAAGAUAAUGAGGUUUUAUUCGAGUCCGUUACGUUAAAUAUAAUUGACAUUAAUCUUAUAACUCUCACAAAGGUGAAGUCUGAUAUAAAUUAAUUUAAUUCUAAAAGCCUGUCAAAUCAUUUAUUAAUACGAUUCUUUGUGUAAAUGGUACUGAAAAAUAACUGACAAAAUAAUUAUAAUAAUAAUAUUACAUUAUUAUAAUAAAUAUUGUGGUAGGUAGUUAUGGGUACAUAUAUUUACUAAUACACUUUCUUUCAAAAUCUUAAGUAAACGUUUCAAACACGAAAAAUACAUUUUGUCUGAGUACUCUUUUUGUUGGUUUGACAUUCAUUCAUGAAUUUGUAUAUUUGCUUAGGUACGUUUAAAAAAUUCACACGGAGUGAAAACGUCUAAUUAUUAGUUUUACGAAGAUGUUCUAUUUAAAAUGAUUUUUUAGUUAAAACUUUUAAGGACAGUACAAUUUAUUCAUGCAAAUAUACGAAAAAACUUUUACAUGAAAACUUUUGAAAUAUAUAAUUGAAUACAUGUAUACGAAUAUUUCUUUAAGGCAGUAAUUUUUCGAAUUUUUCGCCUACCACAGAGUUUAUAAUUUUUGAAUCGAAUUAAAGUAACUUACUUCGAUCAAGUAAUUUAGAAGUGUAAAAACAAAAAGUAAUUCAGUGAAUUAUAGUUAAUAUAGUUUCAUAAACUAAUUAUAAAUUAUGUGCCCACUAUAUUUUAGUGUUUAUUUUUUUUUUUUUUUAACAUUACCUAUUAUAUAAUAUUAGAUAUAUAUUAUUAUAGGAUCAGUUGAAAAUAUCAUCAGAAAAUAAACUUCGCUUUUUGUGACUAUGUCACAUAGUAAUAUGUUUGAUUUAGUUUAUUUACCUAUGUAUACAAUAAAAAAAAUAAUGUAUAUUAUGUAAAUUAUAUCUGAAAUCUUUAGUGGUUGUAGCUAAACUUGUCUUACAUCACACAUGAUUGUCGAACAGACUUGGAUAGGAUUCGUUUAUGCACGCGCAUCGUAACUUUACGCAGAAUUAUACCAUAUACUCGUAUACGGUUUAAUGAUGCCAGUAUUGUAAGCCAAAAUUUAAUUUGCUAGUUUUUACAAAACAGGUACCUAUUAUUAUAUAUUAUACAAAUCAUUACCUAUAUUCUGUAAGUAUUAUAGGAUGAAUAUAUUAUUUAUUUUUUGCAUUUCAUUGUCACUCGCAAGCGUGGACGAAUUACGAUAUAAAUUUAUACGAUCGGAAAUAUUGACAUAGUCUUAUGAAUGAUGGAUCUACUUUUAUAUUUCAUCGGGUAUUACAGUUAUAACUUCUUCGAUCAAAUCUCCCGCCGCACCACUAUUGGUUUAAUAGUGGCUUAGACCUAUUCGGGAUAAAAAUAUAUUUGUUACUCUCUCUUCUCACUUUUCUCUUCUCGUGACCAUUUAUUAUUUUUAUUUUUUCAACAAUUUUUGAAUGAUUCGCAUUCACACUUCAAACCAACAAGACAAUCUGCGAUGUUCCUACACUGCUUUAAUAAAAGUAUCCAACUUCAAAUGCUUUUUUGGUGUUUGUCGGUUUAUAAUAAUAUUUCUUCUUCCACUGUUCUCCUAUAUUUUUUUGAUUGUUAAACUUAAAACUGCUACCCUUCAUAUUAUUGCAUCUGCAAUUUAAGGUGUUAAUUUUUUAGUUUAAACUAGCAUACGAUAAAUAUGCUACUUACAUCAUAAGCACUUGAUUAUAAUUAAUUUAUUAGGCAACACUUUUAAUAAAGCUCUUUAAAAUACUUUAUAAUUAAUGUACAGUAAGUGUGUAUUUACUCGUAACAUUUUAAAGGAUGUUUAACUAAAUAUAAUUUGAUUUUAAAAAUAUUUGAACAUCAAAUCUCACCAGCCCAUUUAAAACAUACAUUUUAAAUAUGAUCUAAGUUGGAAACGAAGAAGAAUAAUUUUGCCAGUUUCGCCAAAACAAAAAAAACUACCUACUUACCAAUACAUUUUUGAAAACUUAGUUAACAAAUAUAACAAAUUAGUUUAUACACACGCAAUUCACUUAUAAAUAUAACGUUUAGGUAAAACUUCCUAAUUCGAAAAUUCGAAAAUAAGCAAGUUAGUAAGCAAGCCAUUUUUGUUUUAAACAAUUGAUACCCACUUAAAUAUCGAUUCUUUUUUAGAUAAAACUGAAAAAUGUCUUCGUACAUAACUUGACCCCUUUUUCACAUUUAUGUUUUUGGUGAGUAAUAUUAUCUUUAAUAUUUGCCCAUCACGCUGUCACUGGUUGGCUUUUUUCAAAAUUUAUUGUAAUAAUGUCCACACUGCAGUUAACGUUGUAAAUUCAUAUCAUUCAUUUAAUAUGCCUAUAGGUAUACCUAUAUAGAAAUAAACAUUUUAACAGUACCUGCAAUCAACUUUAAACGAAAUAAAAACCAAUAGCCAGAAAACAAUUAAUGAUUUUUUUUUUUUUUACGUAGGAUACGUCGGUACAUACUUUCGCAUACGCGCAUAUAUAUAUUAUGUAUAGAUAGAUUAAAGAGAAAACGUCGUUAAUUAAAAAAAUAAUAAUAAUAAAUAAAUAACUACUUUCGAAGUGCCCGAUUCCCAAAUGGCACAGGAUAUUGAUUACUGCAGGUAUUGGUAUCUUAUAGGUGUGUACCCUGUAUGUACACAGAGGUUUAUGGAAUUAACUAGAUAUACAAACACGAACAAGAUUACCGUCGGGAUAAUGAAAAAUAAUCUGUAUUGUUUUGUUUUAUUAUUUCGCUUGAUUCGACUAUACAAAAAACACACAUACACAGUAAACGGGCGCCGGUCAUAUAAAUGGUAAAGGAUUGUAAACUAUUAGAAUGUAAAGCGAAUACAUAUUAUGUAUAAGUUAUGUUACUUAACAUGUACAUCUAUAUAAUAUGGAAAAUUAUAAUAAUGAUGAUUAUAAUGAAACAAUAUUAAACAUUUAUUUGACUGGUUUAUUUACAGCGACGAGAAAGAUUAACAAAACAAAUCCAUUGUGUAGAUUUUCGUUUCCCUGCACUUUUAUCGCCAUCAUUCUUUAAAUAAUUUAUUUCCCAUCUAUUAAUAAUAUUGAAUCCAGGAUGAGAAUAUAACGAAGAGUAUAAUGGGUAACUUCAUAAUACACUUCUUCGAAACAUUUUGGCUUAAAUAAUAAUAUUUGACUGCUAAAAAAUGUAUUUACGGCUAUACAAACCGUUAAUUUUGUAAUAAAAAUAAUUUUCAUUGUAAUGUUGGACACCCUGUGUGAUUCGGUUCCACUAAUUUCAUGUUCCAUUUUGUGUUAGUCAAUUGGCGUUUGACCUACUCUCCACCAUGUGGUGGCGAAGAAGUGUUUUUUUUGCUAACUAAUAAAGUUAUAAAGUCUGAUGAAGUGAUUUAUUUUAAAUUAUUUCUAACACAACGUGGCGCACUGGUUAUCUAUGUCAUUGCUUUUUUGGUGUGACGCAUUAUUUGGCCUCUUGAUCCGCAAACUAAGUAUGUGCAGCGGCUCCCUUGACUCCGCCUGUCAAUAUAACGGUUGGUCAUUGAACUCAUUGACACCUUGACAACGUUAGUCCAUUUGCUACUUGUAAGUCCAGUCAUGUUCGAUACCUAACGUCACUACUAUAUAUAUAACCCCUAAUAACCUUAAUAAAUCGAUCCCUUACUAAUGUAGUUCAAGUCAGGAUUUAGAUGACCUAAAAAAGAAUUGAAAAUAAAUUUAAAAAAAAAGUUAUUAAUAUUAUAAUAUUAUUCAAAUUGAUAUAUUGCAGGUAGGCCACUACUAUAUAAUUAUUAUUUAUUAGAUAGUUAGGUCAAAAUAUUUUUGGAUAUAAAAUAUCGAAUAAAUCCAUUUUCAAACAAUCUUUAUAAUAAAAUAUUAAUUUGUAGUAAAAAUUAUGGUACCUAGUGUUUAAGUAGAGCAUAUAAUAUGUAUAAAGCGUAUUCUAUAUCAACACAAUCACUUUUAAUGAAUAGAUUUUGGGUAGUUUUUUUUUUUUUUUAACACAUUUUAGGUAAUACUUAAAUGAAUGAAUAAUAAUUAUAAUGCGCUGGCUAUUAAUUUUACUAUUUACUGUACUUGACCAAUCCUGAGUUAAUCACCAAUCUUCAAAUUAAGUUUUAUUAAAUUUUAACUAAAUGAAGAAAAAUCAAUAAGUCAAAUGUGGAAUGAGAAAAAAACGAUGUCCAUUUAUUUUUAUUAAAUUCUACCCGCGAUUAUGGUGUGAUCACUUCUUAUUCAAUAGUUUGUAUAAAUGUAUAUUUACGUACAAAAAAAAAAAUAAUAAUAAUAAUAAUAAUAAUAAUAAUAAAUUCUGUUUUAAUUUAAAACAAAAGAUGUGGAUUAAUUAUCAUUUAAAACAAAUUUUUUACGUGUUAUUUAAUAAUGUUUAGCAAACAUAUUUUUAACAACAAACAUCAUUUUUAUAGCUUCAUUACAUUAUCGAAUGGGUUGAUUGAUUACAAAUGCCAAUUUACUAUUUACUUGAAUCUAAAUUAAAAUUGUAAGUAUUAAAUUCUAUCAUUUAGAAGUACGUUAUACUCGCAUUUAUUAACUAACGGCUAACGUAACUUAGUACCUAAAUUUUAGCAUUAAUGUUUAAAUUAAAGUUAAAAUACAAGUCACACAAUAUAGAAAAUAUUUUCUACGUCAUUUUUUUUCUAAAAAAAGUUGCUUACUCAAAAAAGUUAGAGAUAAUGAAAAAAAAAAAAACUAAUUUGGCUGUUAAUUUUAUACUUGAAAACGUUUAAGGAAAAAAGAAUUUUCUGGACUCAAAAAUAUUGUCCUCUUUAUGAGAUUGUGUAUUUGUUUUCAAACUCUAAUUUUAACUUAAAUUCCACAAUUAUUUGUAAUAUUUUUAACAUUUGUAACAUUUGUUGGAUUAUGUGUUAAUUAGACUGGUACAAUAAAUAUUCACUUAAGAAAUAUAAACUAGCUACACCAUAACUACGAUUUGAUUUACUUAUUUUAUUUAUUUUAACAUUUAUCAUGAAAACGAUCAACGAACCUAAAAAUUAAGUUUCGUAUUAGUUUUAAAAAAAAGAGACGAACAUAUCCUGUAUUUCCUACCUUUUUUCUCAUUUAUUAUUAAAGGUUCUGGGAAAAUAACAAAAAUGACCGCUCUGCUCAGAAUUUAAAAGUAUAUUCAAUUUUGGUGUACAUUUUAAAGUUUAAUAAAAAGUUAUAGAUUUCACGAUAUUGUAUAGUAAUAUAGGUACUUAUACAAAUGUACAAUAUUUAAAACAUCGUAUUAGAAUGCUCGAUCGGUUUUGGGUAUUUAUAUGUACAAAAUAUUUUAAGGGUGGAAUUAAUUAUUUAUCUUUCGACCCUUUCAAGUUCCGGCGAGUUGCAUAUUCUGAAGUAUUUUAUGAGUUUGAUUUAGGAUAGGUGUAUACAUGAUUCACCAUACACACAUGAUACACUUAUACCUUCCUAUAAACAUUUAAGGUAAUUUCAUUCUCCAAAAUAGUUUUCCGUGAUUUAUAAAAUAAAAUAAAAAUAUCUUAAAACCAAUACGUUAUCCGUUUUAUUUAAAAGAAAACCUAAUAUAGAACAUCUCGAAAAUUUAAAACUAAAAUAGUAAUAAAAAUGAUUCUGUAUAUCGUAUUUUAUUUUUCAUGACUUUAAACCGUAAUAUUUUUUGUUUGUCUACAAAUAAUUUUUUAAUAAUUAUUUACUUAUGCCUACAUACGAAUACCUUUUUCUAUAAUACUUUUCAUAUUUCAUGUAUUAAAUACGUACGAAAAUUCUUUCCGAUUGUGCAAAAGCAAUCGUGGUUAACAUCUAACUCUGCAACAAUUAAUAACAUUGUCAAAUUAUUGUACAACGCGCAUGGUAGGAAAAUGUAUUGUGUGUUGUGUUUUGUCAAUGGGUAUUUCUAAUAAAGUUCUAACACGUCGAUUGUGUCAUUCGCUACAGUAGUUUUGAACUAAUCCGGAAUUGCGUAUUUCACAGUACGUAAAUAAUCCACACAUGGCAAGCCGCCUCGAUCCUCAUAGUAGGCACUGUAUAUUUAAUAUAAUAUGUACCUGUCGUUGUUAGACUCACCAUUAUUCUUUUUCUUCGUUGGGUGUCGGUGAAUCGAAGAGAAUAGUAGUAAGUGAACAAAGUGUGUUUAGAGAAUACGGGACGUAAUCACGUAAUUGAAAAUAACUACGCGGCAUUUCAAAAAUAUUUUCGUAAACUACCAUUAUACCGCCUGCAAAUUGGACAUUUAUUUUUUUUAUUGUUCGUUCGUGAUUUUGAUUUCCCGAAACGUUUUCAUAAAACGCCUGGGCAACUCGUUUAAUGAGAUAUAGACGAUAAUAAAACGAAUAGAAAAUUUAAUAAUGAAAAUCGUAUUACAUAAAGUAAUAAAUAAACGACUACGGAAUGUGUUAUGAGUAGAUAUCUACUUACUACUUACUUGUCUGUAAAUUGUAUUGUCUUAUCAGCUUAUUUAUACGCUGUAAAAGGUUAACGUGAAAUGUGACAUUCGACAGUUCAUAACUCAAUAACAUAGUAGUUCCGAACACUGGUGCACUUCACAGUACCCUUCAGUGCUACCGUGGGGUAUAAUAUAAUAUUCAGAAACCCUGACUUACAUGUUAUAUAAAAAAAAAAAUAAAUAGUGGGCAUGGGUAUACUACUGUAAUAGUAGGUUAGAAGUUGAAAAGGUGGAAUACAUACAUUUAUUUUAUUUACAUCUGUACGCAACGAUAAAACACGAUUAACGAAAAACGAUUAUAAGCGAAGUUCAGGUAUAUAUAUUAUAUUAUAUAUAUUAUAUUCAGGUAUAUUUUGUAAUGUCAUAAUUUUUACGAUUUUCGUCCACAUUUGCUAUUAAAUAGCGUACUAAAAAAACUACUAGUAUCAGUAAAAAUACUUUCACGCUGAAACAAUUUAUUUCUUGCACAAAGAUGGGUUUCACUACGAAUUAAGUUCUAGACAAUAAUCUUAUUCUUUGCGCAACCAAAAUAAAAGCAUCGAAGGGGUUAGAACAUUGUGACCUGCACUUGCAAAUAUUUAAUAUGUUAAUGCAUAAAAUAUCGGACCUGCCGUAAAAAACGGCAGUUUUUGUGUAAAUUUAAUUUAAAUAUCAUCAUAGUUUGCCCUAUCGAAAGAUAUAACAAUUUUAGAUUAUCAUGUUUUAUACAUUAAUAAAUUUCUAUAGGUAUUCAUCCCUAUUUAUACUUACCCUAGUUAAACUAGUUUAAACUAAUGGUAAAAAUUACUUCUGAAAAUCCAUUUUAACUAGUUAAUUUUAGUUAUCCUCAAUUUAAUUGAGACAUAACUAAUUACAAUUAUAAAAAGUAAGUUAUAACAGAAUCGUCAAUCUUAAAAUUUUUAAGAUUAUGUUUUUUCUAAUUAUAUAUUUUCUGAAAGUAAAUUUUUUCUAGUUUGUGAGUGAGAAAGUCGUUGUUUGGUUUUUCCGUACCUCUAGCUUUCCUAAUUGUUAUGGAAACCGAGAAAAAACGUAGGAAAUACGACAAAGUGUACUAUAUUUGGUUUUUUUUAUUAUUUUCGAUUAAAAAUGAUUAUAGAGAUCUAAAUUUUUCACAAAAUACUUAUAAUUUCCUUUUGUAAACGAUGUAAAAUUUUGAAAAAUAUUCUAGCGAUUUUUAGACUAUUUAUAGAUAAUUUAUAUUUUUGUUUUUUUAUGUGUAUUUUUACUUGGUAGGUAUCCGUUAUUAAAAUUAUAUGACUUAAGAAACAUGCUUAAAAAUUUAGCACAAGGUACAUUAUAACUUAGUAGUUUUAAAACACUAAUUUAAUACAUUAAUUUUUUUUCAUAAACGUUUUAUGAUCAAAUUAUGACGAAAAUCGUAAAAAUUACGAAAUUUCAAAAUACGACUUACCGAACUUCGCUCCUAAUCAUUUUCCGUUAGUAGAUAUAAAUCAAAUACAUUUUUAUAUCCCAACUUUCCAAAUUCCCAUCUACAAUAUAUUGACUACACCUGUCCCCAGUAUCAGCACUUUUUUUUUUUAAUUUUAAAAAAAAAUUUUACCGAUCUAUGGUGUAUUGAGGCUAUUUUAACCGAAUUCUGAGUUCCAUUCGAUGACAAACGUUUUAAUUACAACUUAAUAGUUAGACGAAAUAAUGAAUAUGUUAAUUAAAAAAGAAUAUAGUAAGUACACGUAUCUAUAGAGAAGUUUUAACUGGUUUGAAACAUUUUAAAAUAUUUACUAGUAACCUUCAUAACAGUAAUAUCGUUUACCUAUGAUUUAUAAAAUUGUAUAAUUUAUACUAGAAGAAUUGAGAAUAAUAAUAAAUUGCAUAUAUAUUUUUGAGAUACUCUUUUACACUUUUACCUUAAAUUAUUACAGGUAACUCAUAUAUAAAAAAAUCUAAAUUUAAUGUUCUUCUAUUUAAAAUGUUUAGAUAAAUAUCUUCUUUUCAAAUUUAGAUUGAAGGGAGUUUGCUACACGAAAAUCGAAAAUCAAUGUGUGUUUAUUUCGUAUAGCUUAAAGUAAACUGCAUUUUUUGGAAAUUUCGUAAAUAAGAUCAUAAAACGAUUACAUAAAAGACUAAAAAAAAUCAAAAUUCAAAAUUUUACUCAAAGCUUCCGUAGACAAUUUUUGAAUAAUAGAAAAAAAAAUCACCCUUUACAGCAUUUAGGUGUAUUAUGAUUUAAUACAUAUUUGGGAAACUAUAAUUAUAAAAUUCACUUCUUCUUCUAACAAUAGUUUAAACAUAAGUAAUUGUUGCAAAUAGACACAAAUUAUACAAAUAAUUCGUUCGUCCAUAACUUCUUACCAAUUGCACAUAUUGAAUUAUUAUACCUACAUAAUAAAAUAUUAUUAUAUUGUCCCAUAAACUUCAAUGCAAAUAGUUAUUCCAAGUGUGCUUGUCAUUUGUCGUCUGUAAUAGAACUGUAUUAUUAAAAUGUUCAACUUACAAAAACGAUAAUAUAGAUAACAUUAUUAGAUACCAUUAUUAGACGUAACUUUAUAACAUUACGAGAUAUCGAGUUAAGUAAAAUUAUUAUAAUAUACUCGUAUUACGGAGGGUCAAAAAUUAUAAUAACGUUAUAUUAUGCUGUUUUUUUUAAAUAAAAUAAAUUCGUCAAGUGAACGGCAUUUGAAAGUAAAUAAUAUAAGUAAUAAUAAUAUAAAGCGGUAAACGAUUCGUCAUCAAUUUAAGUAUAAUACAUGUAUAGCAGUAUCCCAUAGGAUUUUAACCGUACUCGGAGCAGAUAAUAUUAUCCAUGACAGUUCACAUAUUAUACUUACUGAUAUCUCUAAAUGACCAUUCGGGAAUAAUUUACAGUAAUAAACGCUGUUUUAUUGACUACUGUGCCAUGUCGAUGCCUCACCACCCUGUCUAUUAUUGGCGAAAAAGUAUACUUACCUAAAAAUUAUUUUAAAAUAAUAUAAUAUUCCGUGUGUUCGCGGAAAUAGAAUGCAAUCUGGUUUAGCGGUUCCUUUACUAUUACAUCCGUGGCAAUAUUUGAAAAUAAUCUGCUUCACAGAACCCGACUACCCGAGUUUUAAACCAACUAUAAUUUUUUAGCUAUUAACCGAGAAGACAAAAAGGUACAUACUACUCAUUAGUAUAGAAUUUGUACGUUUUUACAUGUACUAAGUAUAUGAAGUUUUUUUUUGGUGAACAAUUUAGACAAUUUAUUCAGCACCGAUUUGACAAAAACAACAUUUGUUCGCAUAUUUGAGAAUAUUUCAGGGGUUACGGGUUUAUUUAGCAUAGUAAUUUAGUAUAUUAUGUACAUUUUGGGAAAAAAAUAUAUUGUUUUUUUUAAUUAAUACUUACCAUUGAUUUUAAUUUUAAGUUAUCAUUUUUUUUUAUUUUAUCAUUAUAAAAAAAAAAAAAAAAACAUACACUGAUAGUAGACUAUUUAGUCUGUAGUCGUUGUUACCAAGCCUUUAACAAGCAUAAGGUAACAGGUUGGCAGUAGUUAUAAUACUGAUAUAAAGUAUUUGUUUAUAAAGUUACAAAAUAUUUUGUUUUGUAUACAGUCAAACUACAGAAAAAUAAUUUUUUAUUUUAUGUUACUGCGAAUUUAUGUAAUAUUUUGAUAAUUACUAUUACUUUUUCAUCUUAAAAUAUUUUGAUGUUUAUUAAUUACUUUUGGAUGAAAAAAUAUAUUUUUAUAAUUUUUAAAAGAACAUUUUUAGGUUUUUUUUAGGCAAUAUAAGCAUCAUAAUUCAAAGUUUAAACACAAAUAUCCGAAUCUUAGUCGUAUGGAAAGUCAUGCAUUGUGUGUGGAACCCAUUGUAAUUGUUUUUGAAAAUUUUUAAAUUCUGUUUGCUGAACAUGAAACUAGACUACUGCAGGGACAUCACCUUACAUCACCUUGUGUAUUUUCGCAUACGAAAUACAACUUCACUUAAAAAAAAAAAACUUUGAGUGUAUUUAAAUAUUUUCAAUAUCAUAUUGUCGAAUUUGUUCAAGUUAUAAUGAUAUAUCGAAUUGUGAUCCCAAUCCGAAAUUGAUUGAACGAGAAACGUUUAAAUUUAAUUUCAGUUUAUAUUCUAAAAAUAUAAACUGUAUAUUUUUUCAAUUUGUCUAGUCUUUUAGUUAAGCAUAGCCAAGAAAUUAUUAUAGAUAUUAUUGAUGGUCCUUAGAUUUUAUUCAAUCGGUAAAUAUAUAUGCUAAUACCGUAUGCUAAUAAUAUAUGCUAAUAUAUAUAUAAUAACACCUUUUACACUUAGAUUGGUAUAAGUUCGGCACCUAUAUAACUAGGUUAAAUAUGUACCCAGUUAACUGCAAGUGCAGUAUUUCACAGUAGACUUAGGUUACAAACUUCAGCAAUAAAGAUUCGAUUACAUUUAAUUACAAUUCAUUUCAACAUAUAUAAACGGUUUACAUUCUCAUAGUAAAAUAAUAUAUCAUAUUUAUAAAAAUACAACAUAUAAUAUUGAAAUUGAAGACCCAGUGCAACAAGGCAAGUCCAAAAUAAUUUGUUUAAAGUUUCGAGAUAAGCAAUAAAUUCUAUAUAAUUUGGUGCUACAGCAAUGCAAAUCCGUCUUCUCAAUACGAAGAAAAUAGUGAUAAGGACUUUUAUAGUUCAAUCAAAUUCUAGACAAAUAGAAAAAAAUUCGCAUAAAUAGAUAAUUACCGGUGUUAAUAAUUCUUAUUCUAACAAAUUAUUUCAUCAAACGUAAAUGAUAUAUUACAAUAUGGGUAGGUAUUGAUCGAAAAUUCGAGAAGGGCUCGGAGAUUAAAGUUGAUGGUAACUUCAUUAUUUGUAUGUCGUUUGUUCGUGUUAAAGUUUACAACAAUAUAAGUAAGCAAAGCAUUGUGACCGAUGCAUACGUAUUAAUCAACGGAUCUAUAAUUAGGCACGCGAGAAAAUAUUUUAUAAACCCAUACACAAAAACUAUUAUUAAAUUACAAUACGUAUGAUUUAUUUAUAAAACUAUUUCCGUCGCUGCAAAGACCAAAGCAUAGAUGGGUACGUAAAGAAAUGCCAGCAAUUGACAUUUUUUUUCUGAUAUUCUAACCUAUCCAAGUUAAACGGUAUAACAUCACAUCACGUAUUGGCACAGAAAAAGUUAUCCGAAAGAAUGACAUGAGAGGAGAGCGGGUAAAGUUUUUAUAACGUGCUAAAAACUUUUAUAAUAUCGAAAAAUAAAUUAGUGCGGUUGUUUUUACGUCUUUCGGGAUGUUCACGUAGUUUUUUUCCCGACCGACUGCAGAUUAGGUUAGUACAAUGUUUCGAUGCCUUUUUUUCAUUCGUGGACACAUUAAUCAUUCGAAUACGACUACUAACGUUCAUUGUAAAAUUCCUACAAGAUGUGUCACGACUAUAAUUCUACCAGGUGAUAAUAUGUUUUCGAAAAAGAUUGCGAAAAGUGAUAGUCAGAAGUAUACGUCAUCGCUAUGAGCAUAAUGCUAUUAUCUACUUUCAUUUAUUAUUUAUGAGGACUGCAGCUAAAUGCUAAUGUUUGAGUUUCCGAAAUUAUUGCUAUCGCUUAUUUGAUUUCAUAAAAUUUAUUAAAUUUAUUUAUAAAAAGUAAUUCAAAUAGUAUAAAUAGUAGUCAGUAGUAAAAUAGUACUUACUUGAUUAUAGUAAAUUUGUAUAACGAUAAGGAUCCGAAUUGAUCAUUUUUCUCUCAAUUUUGGUCAUUUGACAAUAUUAAAUUUUAACGCACCGAUAAAAUAUUUAGUAUUUUAAGUAAUAUACAAUAAUUUGAUUAUUUGAAUUUCGUAAUAGUUGACAAUCACGAAUGUGAUACUCAAAUGGAAACUCGAUUGUAGGAAUGUCAAACUUUUAUCUUUGUUUCUAUUCAAAUCAUCGUUUCUCUAUUCAACUCGUUUAAUCGAAUUUAACUAGGUAAGGAAAUCAAAAUGCUUAUUCGUAAUAUUCUUGAUGUAGGUAAUGUAUUAAUAACUCACAUUAUUUUCAGUCAACAGUGAAUUAUUAUGUGGUUUUUCUUCUAAAAAAUAAACCCCCGGUAGGUCACCAGUCUAAAUGGAUUAAGUAAUAUAGUUACCUGGGUAUUUUGAAAAUAUAAAAAAGCGUUUUAUUUAUAAUUGGUUUUUUUUUUUGAGUUAGAAGCUAAAUUAUAUCACAAUAGAGAUUAUGGAAGAAAGUUUCUUUUUUUUUCUUUUAAUAUACUUUCAAAUCGGUUACUAUCUGUCUCCAAAACUUUUUAUGUGGAUUUUACAAACUAUCUCACAUUAUAAUAAUACAUAUUACACAGUGCGCUUCAUUAUAUUCUAUAAAUAUUAUAAUAGGCACCUAGUAAACAUUAUAGUGGCCGUAAAUAAAAAAACAUAGAUUUUAACUACCAUUUUGUUUGAACGUACUGGUUUUAAGCAUCAUCACGUAUUCGCGUGUAGUCUUUUCUUCCUCGAGUAUAAUACUUAAUUGUAUUAUACCGAAAACGCUGUACAUUAAACCCGAGAUCAGUUCAUCUUUCGAAUCAAUGAUGUAUCUAUCAUUAAUUUCAAAUGUAUAAUAAAAUUACAACACCUUAUAAGUCUAUAGCGGCUUUCACUAUUGUGAAUAAAAUGAGUUAAGUGCCCAACGUUCCAAAUCGUAUGCAUCAUUUUUUAAAUUUGUUUUAUUUCAAAGUAAAAUUCGUAGCUACCCAUAUCUUUUUCUGUUUAUAAUAAUAAUUUCUCUUUGGUUUUAUUGUAUUUAUUUAUUCGUAUGCUAUUUUUCUUCCGUCAUUAUACUUAGUAAUGCUAAAUGUGAUUUAUUAUAUAAAUUCUAAAAAAAAUCAGUUGCAAUAUGCUAAUGAAUUGAAAUAAAAAAAAGCGAGCUUAAAUUUAAUUCGUUCUUUUUCUCGACCCGAAAAAGUUUCCAUUUUCAAAUCAUUAAUUAAAAUAAUUUACAUUUAAUUUUUCAUUGUACGCGUAGGUAUAAUAUACGCCUUUAGGAGUAGGUACAGUGAUCCAUGCUUACAUUAAUCGAAUAAAGUAUGAAUUAAUCCACUAGGUAAUUAAAUUAUUCAGACAUUUUGAAAAUUACUUUAAAAAUUAUAGUUUAUGAAUAUAAUUAUGGAACUUAAUUACAUUUAAUACAACUUUAGGAGAAAUGCAUUCCUAUAUACAUAAUAUCUUUAAUGGUUUAUAGUAUUAAAAACUUAAGUCUUGCAAUACUAUAAUAUCUACGCAAGUGAUUUUACUAAAAGGAAUAAUAAAUAGGUAUUUUUAGUUUUCAUAAAUUAUUAACUAGGUAUAUAUAGAUUUGUAUAGCUAUUGUAGAAUAUCACCCAUCUGAGCACGGCUGCCUAUUUUUUUUACGUUAAUAUAGCAAAAGUAGAACUUUUGAGCUAAUUUUAUUUUGAAUAUUUAGUGAAAAUGAUUAUUAUCCACACUACCGGGUGGUUAAUAUAAAAAAACUAGCAGUUGUUCGAAAAUGAUAAAGAAAAAUGAUAACGUUCCGAAAACGUAAUUUCUAAAACUACAUUUAAAUUUGUCGUGGUUUGAAUAUUAAAUGUUAUUAUUUUUAAUUGUAACAUUGUUUUCGUUACAAAUCAUACACAUGUUCUAGUGUAUGCAUGAAGUCAUAUUUGCUUAAUUGUAUUACUUUUGUUGGAUAUAGUUUAUUUAUAAUAAAUGCAAUUUCAUUAGAUUAAGUGAAACGAAGUUUGUCUGUUUGUUAGCCUUAGAAUUUUAAUUUCAAUGGUCAAAUCAUUUAUUGUCAUUUGUAUGUUUAUCAAAAAUAUAAUAUGUUAUUUAUAUUAAUUGGUAUGGAAAAUUCAGCGGGCGAAGUGUAUUAAUUUUUUAAUUUGUUUUCGAUUAUAAUAAUUAUAUAGUUAUUAGAAUCCUAUCAUGACUUUAUAAGAUCAAGAAAAAUAUCACUUCAAAAUUAAAAGUUUUAUUUCUAAACUUGUCCAGUAUAAUAUCAAGUCAUACUAAUUUAUUUAUUUAUAUGUAUACGUAAUUAUUGUAGUUAUUAUCAUUAAACUCUCGAAAAUAAUUAGUAUGCUAUAUAUUCUCUUUAACGAUAAAAUACAUCAUCGUCGCCGUAAAGAAAUAUUUAAUGGUAAGUAAUUAUAACGAUUUUUAUAAAUUUAUUUUUUAGUAGUAAGCACCUAGCUAUAAUACGAUUUUUAUUUUAUAAUUAAUUAAAAAGAAAAAUAUUAAUCAAAUUGUUUAAUUAAAAUUUAUGUUACAAAGUAAUAAAUAAAUUAAAGGAGAUUUUUUUACUAAAUUUCGAUUAUUAAAAUUAUAAACAUUAUUUUUUUUUUAGUGUAAAAAAUCCCAAAUAAAACAAUUUAUUGCUCAUCCCUUAAAAAAAAAAAAAAUGAUGUCAUGUUAAAUAUUUCCUUUAAUGCAUUUGACUCCAAGUUUUUUGGAGAGUUAUUAAUUAAAUAAGUUUUUUUUAACGCCUUACCCGCCAAAUACAUAGUUUAUAACAAAUGGAAAUAAUAAACAAUUUAUAUUUUUUUAAACAAUUAUAACCUUUAACCAACUCUGCAAUGUUUCAUUAAAAUUGUAAUAAGUUUUAAUAAUAGAUUGCCUAAGUAAAAAGUAUUUUUAUUCAUUGUUUACUUUUAAGUAUAAUUAUUACAUUAAAACAAAAAAAAAAUAAUAAUUCAUCUAUACUUUAAUAUUUUACAAAGAAAAUGUAAAAAUGUUACUGAUUUUUUUUAUUUAUUAAAAAGUAAAUUAAAUUAAAUAAUGACCUCAGUGUAACUACUUUUAUCUAUACCAACUUACUAAACAAUUUUAAUCUUUUACAUAAAAGUUAAAUUUCUAAGUAUUUGUAAGUUUAUUAUAAUGGUAUAAUCUCCGAUGUUAAUUUUACGAGUACAAAUCCAAUUUUAUCCGCCCCACGAUUUUAGGUCUUACGCUGACCCAUUGAACAUGUUUCACCGGCUAUAACAACAGUCUUGAAGAUAGAACGGCCACUAUAGUAUGGUCUCCUGAAACGACUGUACCUUCUAUUAAACGAGAAAUUAGUUUUCGAGGAUAUUAUUUAUAUCACGUGUAAUAAAUUAUUAGUAAACGUAACAUGUGGAAUGUUGUAACGGAUUGGAAAAUUGAAAAACCAAAUAAAAUGAGAAAUAUUUGCAAUAUUAUCAAUGCAUUUAUAUCUAUAACGCUCAAAUAUAACAAAAUGCACGUUUGGACGGUGGGUAUAACAUACAAGUAAAAAUGAGGAGGGUGUGAAAAUAGUAAAAUAAUCAAAAACCCCUCAUCCAAUCGUUUCCGAAAUAAUUAUCAGUGACCGUUGCAAACCACAAACGAAAAAUUGUAGAUACUUAUAAUUUCCAUGUUAAAAUGGUUCUUGUAUGCAUAGUAACCUAAUCUAUAUUCGUACGACUUAUUUUACCCAUUCUAUUUUGCACUGGUAAAAAGGUAAAACAAAUUAUAUUGUAAAAGGCUACUAGCGUCUAAUAAAGAGGAAUUAAUUGAUACACAUAUCUCCCUCUACUAAUAUAUUUAACACGCCAUUGUUACAAAAAUGCGUACCAACAAUAAUAAUGAAAUAUACAACCCAGCCGUAUCCAUAACAAUACAAGUACGUCAUAAUGUACGUGUAAUGUAUUUUCGGGACCUACACUAUGGCGUGAUGUGUUUAAGGUUUUUUGGGGGAUAGGAUGCGUACCGAGAAUCACAAUUUAUGGAACCCACAUUUGCGACGAUUUCGAAUAUUGAUAGCCGCGUCGCGUGUUUUCGUCAACACGUGGUAGGUAGGUAAUUCAUUUACAAGGAAAUUGAAUGAGACAACCGCGUCUCGAGAUGUUUCAUCCCUCCGUCCAUCUUUUGAAUUGCAACUUGUAUUUUUUUAUUUUUUUCUUAUAACGUUACAUGUAAAAAAAAAAGAAAAGAAGAAGACAAUCCGAACAUAUCUUUUAACCAAACCAUUCGUUUUGUCACCUCGUUUUGUAUAGGUAUAUGGGUACGCAAUAGUAUUAUAUGUGCAGGUGCACUUUGCGGGUUAUAGGUAUAGUAGACAUAAAUUAGAAUCCACAUUUUAUAGUAAUAAUGCCACACUGUUUGUAAUAAAUGUAGGUACCUAUAGCGUUUUCCGAACGGUGAAAUUUAUUCGGCCCUCGUUUGUCAAUGACAAAAUAAAAUUCGCUAUACUUAUAAGUAUAGAUAGGUACCAUAUACUUAGUAUCUAUCUACAUUUAUAGGUAGAUAUGACGUGUUUAUCUACUAAUAAAUAAAAUAAAUAAUAAUUUUAAAAUCAUUUAAACGUACAUACUGGCCAAUAGAAGCGAUUAGUAUGACGUAUUAUUAGUAUGUGAUAAUAAUCUUUAUCAAGUAUGAAUGGGUUUAAAUAAAUAAAAAUGCAAAAUUCAACACAAACUGCUUCAGAAGCUUACAAGCCGUGUCCAGCCUGAAGCUAUCUGGUNAUACUUAUAAGUAUAGAUAGGUACCAUAUAUUUAGUAUCUAUCUACAUUUAUAGGUAGAUAUGACGAUAUAACCUAGGCUACGUCAUGAACUUGGUAAUAAUUAUUUAUAUAAUACUGUAUGAUAAUUUUAUAUGAUAUGCCAUUUUUGUGUUUAAUUAGUAGUGACAUUUCAGAUUUGGUUAGACUAGUUCAACCACUUACUGAUAUGUUGACGCCUUUUAUAGUUUACGGUGACUCGUACAGUACAUCAGGAGAGUGGGGAGGGGAGGUUAAAUAUUUAUGUAUAUGGAAAACGAUAUUUUCUUACACCUUUUAACUCUCUGUUAUAAACACAAAUUUCCUAUUAACAAAUAUUGUAAGUAUUCACAUUUUUAAUAAUAUUUUAUUAUUAUCACAAUAAAUAAAAUUAUCAAAUCAAGAUAAAAUAUGGAUGAAAGGUAGCUGCUAGUAAUAAUAUUAAAUAUAUAUGUAAUUUAUCUAUAAAAUCGUUUAUAGUGAGAUAUCCAUACAGCAGUUUACAUAAUAGAUUAAAAAAAAAAAUGAUUUUUAAAAUCUAAAAUUAGAAUUUUCAGAAUUUGACGUCUAAAAUUUGAAAUUCAAAAUCUGUAUGUUCAGAUUUUCGGAUAAUCCAGAUUUAUAUCUGUACAUAUAGUGAGUACAAAAAUUCUAUCAAAAAUCUUGCUUCAUAGUAUUAAGUAUAGAACCUUUUCUGAAAAAGAAUUUUCCUGGGGUAGUACUUUAAGGUGGUUAUUUUUUUAAUUUUUCAUGAUUUUUUCCAAUAAAUAGAAAAAACCGGAAAAAACUUAAACAAAAAUGGGAAAAUUUACAAAAAUAUUGCCAUUAUUAUUUUAAAUUUUGUUUUAUUUAUUGUAAUUCAGUGAAAGAUAUUCGUAGAAACUUGACAUGCUGACAGAAACUUGAUAUUUACCUUUUAUAGACGUGAUAACAUUUUUAAACAUUUUAGCCAUUUUUAAGCAAUUUGACAUUUUAAUUUUGCGCAUUUUCUCGUGAUAUUUAUUCGGUAGGUACUUUGGGGAUAAAAUUGUCAGACGAAACAGACAUGUUUGACAAUUUAACAGGAGGUUCACAAAAAAAGUUGAAUUUAAUGUAAUAUAUAUUUUUUUAUAAGAAUUUUAAUAUCAAAUUUUAACGAAAAUCUUAAAUAUUACGGUCUUUUAAACACUAUGAUGGGCAUAAUAGAAUCUGAUGAUGAUUUUAAUACAAAAUUUUAAAUAAAGCAUUUAAAAUAAGACUUAUCUUGUAAUUUUUAAAUGUAAUGACUUAAUAUUGAAUUUGAAGUAAUUACUAGACUGGGAAAAAUGCCCAGGUUGCCCUUUUUCCAAAUGACGGCAGUGCACUUACCCAUUGAAUAUUAAUAUAUUAACGAGUUUAAUAUUAUUAAAAGUGGAUUUCAAUUUAUUUUGUCAACGAUUUUAACUUACGGAUUUUUAAGUGAAACUAUAGUUUAUAACAUAAUCAUAUAUCAUAUUAAACGAAAAAAUAUAUAAUUUUUUAAUUUUAAUUGUUAUCUAGAUAUUUCGUUUGGCGUUGCCCAUACCAAUUUAAUUUCUUUUUCUUAUUGUUAUUUUUUUUCCAACCUUUUAAAAAUUUCAGAAACCGACAUUAAAUUAUAAAAGAAAUACAUGUCUCCACUGUACUCUUUAUUUUUAUUUCGUCCAUGUCACCAAAAUAAUCAACAGAAAUAAAAAAAUUAAAUUUUCUUAUCACAAUAUAAUAUAUAAAUAAUUGUACGCAAAUAAUCCCUAGGGAAUUGAAUUUCAGAAUUAAAGAUUCGAGGUGCAAACGGACCAGGCGUUCGUACGCUUGAAUAAAAAUUGUAUCAGACCCUUUUUUUCCAUAAAUAUUUUUAUUUACACCUACAAUUACUAAUAUAACGACGAUUGUACAUUAUUCUUGUUCGUUUUUUUUGUUUUUUCGGUAUAAUAGCAAUUAAUCUUAUAUUUUUCAAGACUAAUGUUUAUAUGUGUUACACAUGGUUAAAUUAUGGCCACUAUCCCGAAAGGGGAUGCGGUGUCUCUACUAAUCGCGCGUAUGGGUAUAUAUUAUAUGGUGGCCACUUAUCCGGGAUUCGGCCAUAAUACGUUUAGUGCGGUUUAACUCUGACGAGACGCAUCAUUAAGCGGCCCACGGUGCCGUGUCAACCAAUAAUAAUUCAACGUUCGUUACGUUAUUAUCCAACGUUCGUGACGGAUUGAUGUUUUGUACAUUUUGCAAUUUCGUAAUUAAAUUAUAAUGUAUCGUAAUAAUAAUAAUAAUAAUGAUAAUAAUAUGUAUCACAGGUUAAUAUUAUUCCAUUUUUAGUGAAAUAGUUCAAACAUCUUUAAAGUAAAAAAAAGAAAAAAGCGAAUUAAUCGAAACACCUAUGAAUUAAAAUUCUUAUGCGAAAAAAAGUAAUUAUUACUAAUAGCAAUUAAAAAAAAAAACAACUAUAUAAGAUCUGCAUGAAGCUGUUUGGUUGUUUUCAUUAAAAUGCGUUUCUUUGUUUCAAACACUUUUUCGGUUAAUACAAAAUAGUCUACAAAUUGUUCACAUACGAUUGUUCAGAUGUAAAUUUAACUAUCUGUGCAGUGGUUCUUUAUGGAAAAAAAUGUUUUAGAUUCCUAAAGGUUUUUCUGAAAAAUGUAACAACAAAAUUUACAACAAAUGAUGAAUAUAAUAUUGAUUAUAUAAUACUUAGUAUUUACUUGAUAUGGGGAAGCUUGACUGAGUUUUGUGGAAACUAAGUCUCCUUACCUCCUCAAUUAUUUGCUAUAUAUCAGUUUCGUUAUAUUUUAUUUCUAGAUUACUUUGACUGCAAUGGAAAAAAACAAUAAUCUCGAUUAAUACUAAAAACAAUAAUCAUUUCACCAGUUUACCGAGUUCUGUUAAAAAUCAUUUUUUUGACUGUGAUGAUUUAUUACCUUCCCAACUUCCCACAGACGUUCGUGGGAAAUCUAUUAAUAGUGUGAGGUAUGUUCGGGUUAUUUAAUUUAAUUUAAUUUAAUUUUUCUAUACGUUAAUUAAUUUAACUUUUCAAAAAUGUAAUAUAUUAUAGGUAGAUGAUUAAAAAGUAAUUUUUUUUUCCUAAGUUUAAGCUUUUAUUUAUAAAAUAAACACAAAACCCACAAUUUAUACAUUUAAAUUUUCAAUUCUCCAAAAUAUUGGAUGCAUUCAUAAUAUAUGAACCUUUAUUGUUAAUGUUAAUGGUAAUAACUCCCCACUCUACUACGAUUUAUAUUCGUUAGAUGAUAUAUAUUUGUUUGGCAUUUUAUGGUUUGUGAUUUAACGUUUUAAGUAUUUGGGUCGGUAACACGGCGGUAAGUACACUCAUACACGCAGAAUCGCACACCGUGUUUAAUAAUUACGCUGAUGAAAAGAGUCAUUUUAUUUACAAAAGAAGCAUAGGUAUAGCAGCUACCUAUACUUUGCAAUUUUUUUACCGUGCUAAACUAUUGUUAUUUUAAUUAUCCAUCGAGUAGUCGAGGAACAUAGGGCAAGUUGACGACCUUAAAGUUUCAACCAUUCUCAUAUUACAAUUCGUGUAAAGUCGUACAGAAAUCGUUAUAUAUAUAUAUAUAUUAUACAGCUGUUCUUUGUUCGUAUACUUAGAAUAAAUGGUAAUAAUAUCGCUAAAAAAUAUUGUAAUAUUACAUUUUUUACACUUUCUUAACACUAUAGUACAACAAUGCAAUCUUACGAUUACACUUUAUGUUAAUAUAUUCGAAAUUAACAAAAAAUUUUAAAGCGUCGAGUCAAAUUAAUAAUUUCAUCAUACUUAUGAACUUUUAUUAAACAUUUAAAUAAUUGCAUUUGAAAAAAUUAUUCUAUCAACAGUCCAAAACAUUAUACCAAUAUAAUAUUUAUGGACUUACUUACAACUUAUAAUAUGUUUUAACAUUUAUUGUUAAUACAAUUUAAAUGCAUAAUUUAGUAUUUGUUGUCAAAAAUAAACGUUAUACGUAUUAUAUUUAUUCGAGUUAAAACGUAGGUAUUGAAAUAAGUUAUAUUCAUAGAUACACCUAAUUAAUUUGUGUAUUUACUAGUUUUCCAAUUCAUAUUUAAAUUUGAAUAGUUAAGUAUACUAAAAAAACUUUUUUAAAACGAGAAUUUGAAAAAUUUGUAUUUUUUCUUCGGUAAAAUAGUAAAGCAAAUCAUUCCACAGUUUUCACAUCUUUCUAGAAAACGACCAAACAAUUUCAGAAAUUGAAAGUUUAAAGAGUUAUCCGUAUCCAAUUUCCAUUUGAUAGAGAUAUCGAGCCAAUAUUAUAUUAUGAAACUUUUGGAACUCUUCUUCUUCUUUCUACGCGGUAUAUAUUAUAGGUACACAUAAAAUAAAUAAAUGAAAAAAAAAUAAAACCAUUAUACUUUAUCUCUCAGAAUUUAUAAAAGUUUAACAUUUGAAAGUCACAUAUUAUCUUAAACAAUAAAACAAUACAAUUGGAGCAGUUGAACAACAAACCGCCUUAGUAUGAAUAAUUCUCUUUGUGGUACGAAUUUAAUUUUGUAAACCGAUAUUAUAUGAUUUACAACAGGAAGUUAAAUAACUGUCCGACCAAAACUUGAUAUUAUUAACGCCAUAGAUGAUAUCAGAAUAGUAGAGGAAGAGUAUUUUUCAGACAAGGAAUAUUAUCCAUUUUGCAUUAUUUUUAUUUUUUAACGGUCGAACAAUAUUACGAUUAUAUUGUACAAUAUAAUAUAGGGAAAACAAUUUAGUAUUUUAUGGUGUUAAAUUUAGAUUUUACCUAAUUGGAAGUCACUAUAGUUUUAAAAGACAUUUUUGUAUGGUAGUUAUGAAAAAAUGACUGAAUUUUUAAAUUUUAACAGUUUAUCGAUUAUGUAAUUCGGUAUUUUUGUAUUGUUUUUAUCAACAAAUUAAAAAAAAUACAUAGUUACAAGUUUAGUGAUUGAUUGUUGAAAUUUUGAUAAGGUUUAUAGAGUUUAUAACAAAAGAAAUUAAAAAUGCGAACACUGAUAUUUUUAAAAAUUUAAUUUUCAGGGUCUUAAAGUAUUUACAAUGUACAUAUUAUAGGUUUUAAUAGAUCGCCAUUCAUUAACAAGUUAACUUUAAAUAUGUUUAAACCAAAUAAAAAGGAAAAUAGCAAUAGGGGGACAAUGUACGAUAAAUAUGUAUCAUUUAAAAACAGGAACAAUAAUAAUUAUUUUAUACAUUUUGCUUUAUUGUUUAAAAAUUGGCCUAUCUAAUUUCUUUAUUUAAGUACAGCUCUUACAUUCUGUGUGUUGUUCGUCUUGCAAUGUAUUAUAUAUAUACUUAUAUGAGCAUUAAAGUGUCGUGUAUAUUUGAUAUAUUUAACUUACAUUCCUAUGGAUGUGUUUUAAUUUUAUACUUAGGGAAACCUGGAUUGUUGAGGAUCGUAACAGUUGUUCACAUUUUAUAACGACCGUACUUACCAGUAGUCCGUUUACUGUGGUGAUUUUUGGCACUCUAUAGAAUUUGAAAAAUAUUUUGUUUCUUAUGAUAUUUUUAUUUUUUAUAUUUGGGCAUAUUUUUUAUAUAGUAUUAUGUGUAUUAUUAGUUAUUAUUAUUAUUAUAAUUAAAUAAUAUUUUCUUACAUAUGUGACUAUGAUUGAUGCACCUUCUUUCACCGUUGUUAUCAUGUUUGGCCUCUCUAGUUCAGUCAAGUUAUUACACAAAUCAUUACAUAAUGUCAUAUUUCUUUAAUUUGCCAUGCGAUCUGAUGCUCCGGAGCGAAUGAACUAUACCAUACUAUUGUUCUUAGAGAUGUUGGUAUUUUUCUCGAAACGGUAAAAGUAAACUUACUCCAUUCACGUUACUUUGUUUUGGCUGCAGAUGCCUUUUUGUGUUUGGGUUUCUAUUUAGGAGGUUAGAAAUUGCAUUCUAAUUUUCUAUGUCCAUGUUUUUUACAUUUGUAGCAAUUGAUUUUGAAUUUUUAAUUUGUAUGUGUAUUACUUGAGAAGGCGGUUGUGACCUUGAGUUCUGGUUCUGAUUUUGUGCCCACUCUUUUCAUUUCCUCGUGCAGUACUUUACCUUUGAUAAAAUUGAUCAUUAGUUUAUAAUCAUUGAACGUUUUAAAGACAGUGAUUAGAUUAUCGUGUAAUUUCAAUAGACUUAAUAGGAAGAAACAAACACCCAAUGGUUUGGUUGAUUUGCCUACAACGAGAUCUCGUAUAAGUUUGUUAAAAGUGAGAAAAUAAGACACUAGUUUCUGCUUUUCAUUAAAUUUGAGUGACAAAAGGCAUCUAAAUGUAAAUAAUUGACUUUUUAUCCUUUAUCUUUCAAAUGUUUCAGUAAGUGCGUCCUAAAUUUUUAAUAGAGUCUCCUUACCGUUUACAUAUUCUAAAUUACUGUCAGCUAAUCUUUGUAUAAGUAAUAAAUUAUUUUUUCUCUCUUUCUUAAGUUUCUUAGCAUCAUUAGCAACAUGCGGUGUAUCUUCUUCAGUCUGCACGGUCCAUAGUAAAUCUUGUUUUUCAUGUAAGAUUUCCAUUCGGAAUUUUCAGUUACUCAAGUUGUAUUUAUUGAAUAAAGGAACUUUAUAUUUUUCUUCUUCCAUGUAACUAAAAUAUGGAUUAAAUACCGACUGGUGAAAAAAAAAAUUGAUAGCGAUACAAGUAUAAUUCAUGGUACGCAAAGCGUGGUAAAUAAUACAGAAAAAAACAAAAAAAAAUUUCGAUUAUCAAACGACGUAAAAUAAGAAAAACAACUGCGUCCGGAACAAACAUGAUACAUGUUAAUUAAAAAAUGAAAACCAAAAAUAAAUGACGAUAAUUUUGUGGACAUCUGUUGUAAACAUUUUAUAUUAUAAGACUAGAAAUGCAAAAUUUUAAAAAAAGAAGGGGUACACUAAAUCUUAUUGAAAUUAAUUUAUAAUCAUAUUAUAUUGAUUUUUUGUAUUUAAUUUUUAUUUUUAUAUAUAUCAAACAUAAUAUUAAUAUUAUUAACAUAAUUAGCAAUUGGAUAUUAAAUAUUUCAUUAUAUUAAAAUUAAAUGAUAAAAUUGCUUAUAACACAAAGUUAUUCAUAUUACUUUUAUUAUUAACAUUAUUAAUUAUUAUGUAUUAAGCCAUUAUGGUAUACUUGAUUUUGUAUAUAUUUUUUUAAUAUGAGACCUUAAAUAGAGUAAAUGAGUAAAUGUAACUAAAAAGUGAACACUUCUUGUUAAAAUGAACAAAUCUUAUGUAUUAUUUACUUUUCAUUAUAAAAGAAUACUUAGUUAUUAUAGUAAUUUUAAUUAUUUUAUUAUGUAUAAUGAAGGGUAAAAUAUAAAGUAUAAUAUUUGAAUUUAAUUAUUUAGGAAUAAUAUAAAAUUACGAUAUUUAAUAUAAUUACAUCAAACUAUGCUUGAAAUCGUUUUUUUAAAUUCAAUAAUAAUUUAUCGUUGCUUUUAAAAUAUGAGAUUUAAUAAUAUAAAGCAGGUUAUUUGUGCGCCCUGUAGUUACACUGAAACAACGACCUGCAGCCUAAGGUAUGGGCGCGGAGUGUAUACGUCUGUCAGUUAUACUUUUUCCUGCAUGUCCACCAUCAUUCUUCCUGGGUAUUUGAGGCCGACUACCAUAUAGUCCUCAAUCUCUAUUUAAAGUAUUUCUGUCAGUGUAUUACAACAAUACAAUAACAAUACUAAUAUUUUUCCUGCGAAGCGAGACGAACGUGCCCAAUACUAUUUUCGAUUUGCGAAUGGCACACAAAUAAAUACUCGUUUAAUUAAUGAAGAAGAGUAUACGUAAUUAAAUUUAUCCGAGUAUCGAUAAGUGAAUAAUAAUUGGUAGGUGCCUAAGAUAAUUAAAUGAUUAAUUGGCAGGCUCUUAUCUUUAAUUGGACAAGAUGUAAACACAAUUAACGAAACGUUUUACUUGCAGAAUUUAUACUAUUGAUAAUAAUACAAAUGACAUAAUAAUUCAUCGGCUAUCCAGUAAAAACUUUUACCAAAAUUGAUUUAAAAAAAAUUUAACAAAACUACAAGGAAAAUAAAAAAUUGAGAUCCCCAACCUUUAGUAAAAAAAAACUAUUAGUAUUUAAUGGUUAACUAUUGUAAUAAGUGGUAUUUUAGUAGUGAACUAUUUCAUUAAGUAGUUAUUUAGUAGUGAAAUAUUUAAUAACGUAUAGUAUUUUAUUAAAAGUAGUAGUUUUUUAAAUAGUAAACUACUUAUUAACCUAUAGUUAACUAUAGAAGUAGUAAGGAGUUACAUAAUAGUGAAAUUUAAACUUACCUAUGUAAGUAUACUCCACCAUCACCUGCCGCCGCCAUUUAUAAUUUACUAUUUUUUAGAACUAUUAAAAACCGAAAUAACCAAUUUAACCAGAAAUAUCGAGGAGGGGGGCCAUGAGUCCCCGGUACCUUCUGAAGUUCUGACACACUAUGGUAUCAGUUGCUAUUAAGAGGAAGUUGAGUUUGGAAUAUAAAGUUCCUUAAAAAAGUCCACAGUUCCGAGAUGUUAUACUGCAGUAUUUAUAUAAUACUUUGAAACUAACCCCGCCUCACCCCUCACUUUUUUUUGGGGGAUGGGGGUACUUAUCAUUUGUAUGUAAGCUACUAUUUUGUAAUACAAUAAAAAAUAAAUAAAAUAACGAAGAAAAAAAAAGGGGGAGUACGUGCCCCCCAACUAUACUCCACCCAUGGAACUGGUUCACUAUUCAGAGGGAAUUAAAAUUCCAUUCGAAAAAUUCUGCAAUUUAGAGAUAUCACUGUAAACAGUUAUACAAUAUUUUGAAAUAGACUUAAUAACUUACAUAGUCAUAAAAUCAUCUCUUCAACAAGUAGGAGGAUAGCUUAGUAGAUAAGGCAAUAGAUUAAGUGAGGUAGGGUAUCGUUCUCAAUUCCAGAUGGCGACAGUAAUAAGAUUCCAUUUUUUUCUCAUAUUUUAGUAUGAAACUAUUUUUGUAUAUACUAUUAAAAUCUAUUUAGUAGUAAGCUAUUUAAAUAUCUAAAAGUUUGUCCGAUAUGACUAUUGGAGAAAUAUUAAUAGUUUUCUAAUAGUUUUUUUUUACUAAGGGAAUGCACUUACUACAUUCAAGAUGUCACAAGAUAGUUCUUAUAAAGUUUUUGAUAUGAGCUAAAUUUCUGACUUGGAUAUUUUUCUGGAAAAAAUAAAUUAAAAUAUAUUUAAUCUGAGAGCGCGUCGUGCACUAAUAUCUGAAACAAAAGUACCUAAUCCCACGUUGUAAUUUUUAUGAAAGUCCUUAUAUCUUAUGAAUAUUAUGAUAAUCAUACACAUAUUAAAUAUUAUUAUAUUUACUGUAUUUUAAACUUUUUUAUAUAUUAUGUUUACAUAAUACAGGCAAACAAAUUGUAUUGUAAUGUUUUCACAAUUAUUAUUAUAACUUGUUUAUUUAAAUUUUAAUACGUCAUAAUUAUAUACAAAUUAGAAUGUGGACAUGAGAUUUAAUGCAUAAAACAAAAAUAAUACGUUAUUUUAUACUUUAAAUUUUACAAAGUUGAUGUUUUUCACAUAAAUAAAUUACACGGAACAAAAGGCAAACAGAAUGGUGUGUGUUGAAUUUUGCGACAGCGCGAUAAAUGAACGGAAACGCUUUAAAGAUACCUUAAAACGUGUGUAGAUAAUACAAUUUUCGAGGAAUACCCAUGACUGCCAAUAAGAUAAAAAUAUAAUAUAAUUAAAAUACAUAAAUAAGUACAAAACCGUUGUAUUAUUUGCAAAAUUACAUUAGACGCCCGCUCGGAUAUUACUUUAAAAUAAUUUGUCAACCAAUUUAAAAUUGGUGAUUUUAAAAGUUAAGAAAUUUGACUGCUGUUCUACGGAGAAGAAACUAUAGUUAAACAUAAACUAUGAAAUUACACAUAUUUAAAUAUAAUACAUUUAUAACAUAUAUUUUAAAUUUUUUGUAAAAUUAUAUUUUUUUAUAAGCUUUUCAUUAAAAGUGCCUCAAUGCCUCUAUUUUAGGCAAUUGUUGAGAUGGGAAACGAGUUGAAUUAAACAAUUUUGUUUUUAAAAAAAGUUUAGGUUAGAAAUUUCAGUUAUGCCGAGAUAAUUUUACCACACCUCGAUGCCAUUUUAUUAAACGUUACACUAAAAAAACAUUGUAGUGAGUAUUUAAUAAAAGCGAAUCCCAAACAUAAAAAUAUUAAACUAUUGUAUUUUGAAAAAAUAUGAUAUUGUUCUGAUAUGAUUCAUAUUAUUAUUAUUAAUUUGAAACCAUGUGUUGUACUUUUUAGUGCGAUUAUUCAUACUCAUAUUAAAAAUAAAAAUGUAUAUUAUAUAUAAAAAAAACUGGUAUUUUUUAUUAAACGAGAUCGGUUUAGGUACCUAUACUGGAAUUUCAUUUCUUUCACCGAAGUCUGAAAAUAAGAAAAUAAAUAUGACAUAUUGACAUCGUUUAUUUGAAUGGAAAGCUACUAACUGUAAAAGGAAAUAAUAAUGUAGGUAGUAGUUGGUAGGUAAGUACUAGCGAAUGAAGCUAAAGCCCAAUCGCUGCUCAACAUGAUGAAAUAUUUAGUUAUGAAAUAAAAAGGAUAUUUGCAGAUUUCAUUUGCUAUUGUAUAGUGUUCUAAGUCAUACAUUUUGUAUUAUUCGAGCAGUAUAAAAUGUGUAAGUAUUUAUCCGAGAUUUUAGAGGUAACAUUUUUUUAGCAAAACCCAAAAUUAAUAAUAACAAAUAUUUUAUUCACAGUCAUCUUAAAAUUGCUACAAGUUUCAAGAUUAAUAAGCAUAAAUGAGAAUGAAUGUAAAUGUUGUAAAUUGGUUUUUAAAAUAAGUUUUAAUAUGGGGAAGUAUUCGACUAUAUUUUCUGCGUAAUAUUAAAGUUACAACAUUUUAAAAAUAAACAGAUUUUUGACGAAAGAGCAGGUAUAAUUAUUUAAAAUUUCCAAGUUCAAUCAAACGUAGAUAUUUUUCUCAUUACACCAAUUUUUGAAUUUUUGAAUUCGAAAUACCAUACAAUUUAUUAAAAAUUUGUCAUUUAAAAAAAUAAAUCGUGUACCAUUUCAAAUACGAUUACGAAAUUUAAAUUUAAAAAUUGAUCCGAUUAAUCUCAAUUAGACUUCAUGUUGAAUCCAAAUCGGUUUUCAGAAUUCUUAUCACUCCACAACAUCAAUCGAACCGAUUGCCGAAAGGUAAAUAGUUUUUAUUGCAUAGAUUGCUUGAGUUAAACAUCAGACUAGUAGAGCAGUAGUAAAAAUAGUUGACUGGUGCAUGCCGUUGCGAGAGAGGCUACCCAGCAUCACAUGACACGCAUGUUCGAUAACAACAAUUCACACUAAUAACCAUUUACGUCUCAAACAAAAACACGACGCGCCUAUGAAAAAACCGAUAUCCAAUUUCUUUAAUAUUAUCUAUAUACUAUUUUGCAAUUAUUUGUUUCUAUUAUUCUCUAUGUUUAUUUCUUUCUCUCUCUCUCACAUCGCAUUAUACAAGUAUUUAUAUUAUUAGCUGAAUGUAGGCUUUCUAUUUUCACCACAAGCGUUGAUUGUAAUCGCUAGGGAGUAAAUAUUGACAUAUGUAGUCAACAAUUAUCUUUGUACUGUAAAUGUUUGAUGUUAAAUAAAUAAAUAUGACGUGAUUCAUAAAUAUUAUUAUUUAAUUAAUCUUUGUUAUUAGAAGCGAAAUUGAUAAACGAUAAGAGUGUGUUAUUAUGAUAACCUCCGUGUAGUAUAAUUUGAAAAUGAGUGCGCUUCAGAGUUCAGAUAUUAUUUUGUUCAACGUUUUAUCAGAUCGAAAUAGAGUAAAAUGAUCCGACUCGCCACUCCUGAACACCCGUGCAAUUACAUCACUCGGUAAACGGUGCGACCGCCACUGCAGGAUUAGGUACGCCGUACGUUCUAUAAUUUAUUUUUAUGGAUACUUUUUUUCGGCAGCGUAGGUAUAUUGGUAUAUAACUUUUAGUUUUCAACAAUUUCAUAAUUUAAUUAUAGUUUUAUUAAUAUUAUAUUUAUUUUUUUUUUAACCCUAAAAUACAUUUAUUUUUGUUUAAAAUAUAUUUAUUUGGACAUUGAAUGUCAGUCGUAUGUCACGGAACAAAAUAAUUUCAUUAAUAUUGAAAAUACCUAGUAUUUUAAUAGGUAGGUAUAGGUAUAGCUAAAAUUAAAUCAUUUAUUCACAUAAGCGGUGGGUCAAACGAAGGGGUAAUGAGGAUUAUAAUAACAGCAAAGUGAUAGCAACAAAACGUUGACAAUAUUCCUUAAAAAUGACAUAUUACACUCAAACGGUCACACGAACUAUUUCAGUCAAAUUGACUUAGAAUGGAAAUAGGGUUUUUUUUAGAAAUCUGAUAGCUAUGAUAACACACAUUUUGAAACUAUUUUCAAAAUGUUGCGCGGAAUACGACUUUAAUUUUCUUAAAUGGAUACACAUAUUUUGAACAUUAGUCUCGAUUAAGCCUAUUUUUUCCAAGCAACUAUGUUCAAUAGAAUUUGUUUAAAAAUUACCCAACCCAUACGGUUAUCUAAAAUCAAUAACAAAACAGACCGUCUAUAAUAUAAGAUAUUUACAUAGCCAAAUAUCGUUUUAAGUUAAUGCGUAUUAUUAUUUUGAAAAAUCUACUAAAAAUUAUAUUUUUUAAUAAUUAAGUGGAUAGGUCAAUUGGUUUAGUAAGGUAGGUUUUACCGUUUAAGAAAAUAUACCUUUAUUUUACAAGCGUGAUUUUUAAAACUCGUUCAGCAUGUAUAUUUUAGUACCUACCAAUGAUCUUCAUAGGGAAAAAAACCAUUUCAAUUAGAGUCCGUCCGUAUGACAUAACAUUAUAGAGUUUAUGCAUAUAUAAAAAAAUUAAAAUUUAAACGUUGGACUUUUAUCAUAUUUCCUGUAGCAGGUACGCAUAUUAUUAUAAAUUAUACAUAAUAUUACGUAGGGGGAAAAAAUAUAUUCAAAAUGUUUCCUUUUGCGAACACGGUCGUUAUACGCAAUAUUGUUUCUAGUAGGUAUCUACAUACAAACCUUUCGUCCUCAUCGGUAUUCCCGUAUGUCACGUCGGUCUAAAAAACAUACAAGUCAACGACCACAAUACAUGCAUAAUGAUCGAAAAUACUAUACCGUUUGUCAUUAUAAUAUUAUUUUUGUUAUUUGAUUUUUUUAUUUCUUAUAUCGUGUAGGUGGUGAAAUAUUAUUAUGUACCAAAUCGACAUGCAAAGUGUGUUACUAUUAUUCUCGUUGGGUCUCAAAUAGGAAUUAUACGGUUCUUUUUUACGUGUAUAUAUCGCACGCGACACAUUAUUUUAACAGUUAAUAAAAACAUUAUAAUAUUGAAGUUUACCAUAAUAAUAAUAUAGGUGUCUAAUGUUUUUUGACCGGAAUUUCCGAAUAGUAAAUUAAUCCGUUAAUGAAAACGUUUACCGGAUACGGCCAUCAUUUGGAACUUUAUCGUAUCUACAUUUUUGUAAAUUAUUUUUUUAAUUAUGAGUAAUUAUUCUGUAUGUGCAUUCAUAUCUUCAAUCUCAUAUACUUAAGUAGGAUAGUGCCAUAUCUACGAUUUUUCCACGAGGAGAUAUAUUUUUACUAUUCUAGUACUAUAGCAUAAAACCAAAUACAGGAAUCUUUACGUUUUAGAUUCUGAGCGGAUCGAAGAAUGUAUGGGUUUUACAAUGAUGUAAAUAUUUAUUUAUUUUUUUGGUGAAAACUUUUAUAUCAGCGAUUUUUCUUCAAUUUUAAGCAUAGUAGUUUUUCUUAAAGGGAAUCUGAUUGGGUGGUACUUCAAUAAAGUGAUUUUUUGAUUUCCCUAGUUGUUUUCAUAAUAAAUGGAAAAAACCGGAAAAACACGUAGAAAAAACGGGAAAAUGUACGAAAUACAUUAUUUUUUAAUCAUAAAUAUUACGGACUUUUAAAAUAUGUAUAACCGAACUUAGCUCAGAAUUGUUUUUAGUUAACAAAGAUUAAUAGUUGCGUACAGAUAUACAUUAAAUUCCUCUCUAUAUCCUACCUUCCAAACUUCUCACCUACAACUGUGGUCAACCCAUCGUGUGAAGUAUGUCAGUAUUUUUUUUGUUAUUAUUUACAAAAUACAUUAUUUUGUAAAGUUUUAUUAAGCGUAGAUGAAACUGUCAUUAUUAAUUGCGGUAGGUAUUAUUCUUUACAAUAACUUGCUCACUUUUAAAUAAUUUUUUUGGUUUUCCGCUACAGUAACUAUAGUAUCUAUCAUAUCGUUCAUAUCGCAUAUGGUUUCUUUAUGCGAUAAAUAAAGUAUACAUAUUAUUACACUUAUAGUAAUGAUGUACAUUAUACGUACAUGAAGUCUCGGAGUCAUUUAUUUUUUAUAUAAACGAAUAAAAUAUAUUUUGACACCUUAAUUCUCCGGAGGGUAGUUUACCCAUGUACGUAUAAUAUAUACAGACAAAAUAAAGAUAGAUUUAUAACGGCCGAAAGAGUAGGUAUAUAACCAUUACCGUAAAUUUUCCGAGUUGAAUUCGUCGUUUAUCCGAGAAUAUCAUUUGCGUCUACCAGACCAAAUGUAUACAAAAAAAGAAGGAAAAAAUAAAUAAACCUGAGUGAAAAUCUAUAGAAUAUUUGGUUUAUAUAUUAUUUUUUUUAUUGAAAACAGCUUUACUAUGCUGUCAUACGUAAAAAAUGAAAAAUAAUAAUAAUACUCACUCGUGUGGAAUACACUGGUUUUCUAUACCUCAAUAUAAACGUUUGAGUUUCCGCCGAUUCUUUAAAUCCUGUAUUUUCCCCAAUAUUUUAACUUUCCUUUGCAUUGUCAAUAUUAAUAUAUAGUAUUAUGGUUUUUUUUUCUGUGAUCUAAUACAAAAAUAUUGUAUCAACGAUGAUAACGCGUAGAACGAUACUCUGAAAAAGCUAUAAAAGGUGCACAAAUCUAAAAUAUCCUUUUCACUUUAUGGUCAAGAAACCGAUCUAUCAUCGCGCAGGUAGAUGCGUCACAGGAAUAGGUUAUGGCCAUAAAUCUAAAAACGCAAAAUCCUUUAAACAGUUUUACUUGACGUUUAUAUGUAUUAUUGGCACAUUCACUCGAUGUUUUAAUAAUGUAAUGUGUGUGCAUAGAAGUGAUAUAGUUCGUAUGUCAAUCAUAUUAACAUUUAAACAUUUUAUUAUUAUAACGCAUUUUAUUUUAUUUUGUUUUUUUUUUUUUUUAAAUAUAUUAAAUUAUACCCGGGGGAGUAGUUCUCCCAUUGAGAGCUUCAGUAGUAUCCAAUGGCCGUCUUAAAAUACAAAAAAUGUAUAUAAAUUAGUAAUUUAAUAAUUUUGGGUCCUAAAUAAUUAUUUGUUACACUGCAGUGUACUGAACAUAAUAUAUUAUGGAUAAUCAUCAUAAUGAUCAUAAUCGAUCAAUAAUCAACAGUGCAUAAAAUAAUUUAAUAUUUUAAUUUUAAAUCUUAAAAAAAAAAAUAUUAUUUUAAUAUUAUAAUAUAAUUUGUAAAAUUGUUUUUGUGAGUUUUUUCCAUUUGAUUAUUUUCGCGAUUCCAAUAACGCCGGUUAUUUGUGUAGUCGUAUACUUUUAAGGGACAUAAAUUAGUCAACCAUCUACACAAUCUUGGGGUCGCUAAUAAGAACGUCGUUAAAAUUGCGUAGGGCGCCCUGCAUUAUCAUAUAUACCGUCAGUAUUUGUUAGUGUCGUAGCCAGGAUUUUUUUUCAGAGGAAGCUACAAUAUAUUAUUGCAAGGGCUAUGGUAAAGAUAGUGUGACCAGUUGUUCCGAUUUAGCCGAGAGGAUAAACGUCCUAUUAUUGUCCCAAUUUCAUAAUUUCAAUGUAAUAUUUCAUAUUAAUAUAAAGAGUAUGAAAACGUCCAAUAAUAUUAAUAACAUAAAAUUAUCUACAUUUAUUUUACGACUAUUUAUCAGUUUUUAUCGUUUUCACAUUUUCAAUCAAAAACACUUAAUCUUAAAUAACUAUCUAUUUUAUUAAUAACAAUUUUGUAGAGGGAUAUAAGUUUGUCUUAAUAAAGUUAUAUAUCCUAUUUUUAUAUGAUUAUUAUUGUGAUUUAUUUUAAAUUUGUCCGAUUCUCCUCACCCGUAAUCUCACUAUCUCGUUUUCUCAUGACCUCACCACUUGAUCAGUCGAGUUUUGUGAUCAUAGCCGUAUUAUAUAGAGGUUUGAGGGUUAUGCUUCCUAUCAUUAUUAAUUUUAACCCGCCCAAGAAUGGGGCAGUUAUUAAGUUGUACAAGAAAAAAAUAAAUGAGUAAAAAAAAAGUUUUUGAUUAACGCUACGCCUGUGCUUUUUCCAAAAAAUAUCUAUUCACAUUAUGCUAGGCCGCUAAGGUACUACCGGCUUAUUAUAAUAAAAUAAGUUGGUUCAUAUAAUCAUAUAUGAUUAUAAUGAUUAAUGAUAACAAAUUUCAAAAACUACCGUAAUAUUUUUCUCGCUACGUUACCAAAAAAAUUUGAAUAUUAACUUUUUUAUUCCUCGUCAUCAAUUUAAACUUGUAUUUUUUUUUUAAAGAAAGAACAUUUCAAUGCCUAAAACUUUUUUCAUUUAUUUUCAAUUUACUCAUGUAGAUAAAAAAUAUAUAUUUAUAAAUUAAGUAAUUUAAAUAGUUGUAAAAAUAACAGAAGAUUCAGAUUUGAGUAAAUUUGUUAAUACAAAAAUUAAACAAUUAUUUUUAUUUUAAAAUCUAAGUGUAUUUUUUUUAAUUUUUUUGAAGUAAACAUAUAAAUUAUUACUUCAGGAUCAAUAUGUAUGUCUCUAUGAAUAUCUAUCAGCGCUAAACGAUGCUAGUCUUUGUCGAUAUUAUACAAGAACGUCAAAUUGUAUUAUCACUGAAUAGUCAACUGAGCAUAGGUGUAACUAGAGCUCUAUUUCUGGGUGGGCUAAAUUUUAUUAAUAUCAGCGACCCGUGGAGGCUUCACCCUCACACCAUCAAUAUUAAUUGUCAACACAAACAUUUAUAUUUAUAUGGCCUAGAAGUCCUUAAUUAUAGUCGUUAAUAGUUGCUUUCGAAGUAAAAUUUUAUCACUUACUACUUACAGACUAGCUACCUAAAUAAAUAUGAAUAAGAAGGACAUUAGUAUAUAAUUAAUAAAAUAUAUAGCUCAUAGCUAUUAUAUGUUUAUUACAAAGCCUAAUUAAAUUAAUAUUAUUUUGUUGUCCUUUUCUGCAAAUUUAUUUACAAUAUUUUUUACUUUUAAUUUGUUAGUUUAUUGUUCUCUUUCUAUAUUUAAAAUAGAUAAAAUUUUAAACCGAUCUUGUACAAUGGAGGAUCUUAGCCAAUUUUUUACUCGUCUCAUUGAAAAGAAGUAUCUUUCACAAGUGGCUGAACUUAUGGGAAUACAUAAUGCCACUUGUAAAAGUUUAAAAAGGUUUGGAUAUGUUUGUUUUUCGACAACUCCUUUGACAUGAUUUAUAUUGAAAUCUUUUUAUUUCACUUUAAAUGGGGCGAAUCAAAGAAAUCAUGGACUGCAAUACUAGCAGUAGGAAUAUUAGGAACGCUCGAGUUCAUUAUUUUAGUAUUAAAAAUGUUAAAUAUUGUAUUAAUUAGUGACUAUCGUAUAGUUUAUUACAGUUUAUUACGAUACACAAAAUACAAAUUAAAAACACUUUGUUAUUAUCAAAACUCACAACCUACUAAAUAAAUACCAUAGACUUGAAAUAAAGCAUACAUAACCGUAAAUUGUAAUAAGUACGUAUGUUUACAAAGUACGAUAAUAGUGAUAAUACAAUAAAAUUAACUGGAUAACGCUUAUAGUAAUAAGGUCAUAGGUGCUGAUAACGUCUUAUCAGCGUCUUAAAAAUUAUAACUAUUAAGUACAACACAUUAGUAAUUAUACAUUGGAUUCGGGAAUUACAUUACGUUCAAAAACUGGAUGGGCUACAGACAAAAUUGAGUGAGCUAAGCCCACUUAAGUACCCCCUAGUUACGCCUAUGUGGCUGUAGCUAUGUAUCAUCAUGAUAUAAAUAAAUACAAACCACAGAUAACUAUUUUAUACAAUAAUUAAAUAAUAUAAAUAUUUUAAAUAUUUGUGGUACAGACUAGUUAGUUUUAUCAGGAUUGUAAUAUUACUUAACAUCAUAAUUAUAUCGAGGUAACACAAUGUUAGUAGCUAUCACUUCAUUAUUAUUUAUUAAAACGGCUAUAAAAUAUUAAAUAGUGAAAACCAAUGGUGAAUAGUUAGUGGUCUGCUAUUAGUAAAUACGAGAAACGGGUGACGAUUUGUGCUUACGACAGUUGACAAUUUCUAAUUUGAUAUUUCAGGAGGGGGGGGGGGGUUAAGCCCUUAAUCCCCCUCAUAUAUAUUUAUGCAGGUUGAAAUAUUUAAAAAAAAAUGUAUGUACUUAUACUAUAUACUUAUACUUAAACUAUACAUACUUUGGGUUUUUCAAUAUAAUUAUUUAAAAAUAAAUUAAUACUAAUAAUUAGUAAUGACUAUAAUGUUUAAAAAGCUGGAUUUUGAAAAAUAAUGCAUCUUACAUAGUGCAAGAAUGUAUACAGAUAAAUGUUUUAUUUAUAUAUUUGUACUUUUUGAUACAGGAUAUUAUUGAAGUGUUUGUAAUGUUAUCGUUUAUUUUAUUUUCGAUAAAUGACAUUGGAAAUGUAGGAUGUUUUUUAAAGGUGUUUUCAAUUUUAAAUUGUUCGUAAUACACGCUACGACUACAUUUUAAAUAAUAGUUUAUGGCCAGUAACGUACCUUCUCAGUUAAAGAUGAGUCUAUCUUUUUAGUUAUUUUAUUAUAUUAUACUACUGAUCUAAUAUCUAAAUUUUAAAGGUUAAUAUCUAAGGUUUCUCGCACUUUUGAAUUUAAAUACUUUAUUUAAAACGACGAUUUGAAUUGUAUGGUGUUUUUUUAAUCGCUAACUAAAUAAGGUAGAUACUUUACAAUGAAAAAAUAAUAAAUAAAAUCGAAUGUAUGCAAGAAACAUAUUGACUUAUAUAAGAGGGGAUAUUAUUAAAUUAUUAUGGAAGGUACUAUUUUCAAAAAAUCGGUCUAGUAUAAAUAGUCUCGUCGUAUUCUGUUAGGUACUGAAAGUACAUUUUUGAUCUUAAUUUGUUAGGUACACGAUUUUUCCCUUUAAAAUGGUGACUUGUAAAACAUCGUACUCAGUGCAAAACAAACAAGAGACGGAAUUGCCCCAUUGAAAAUAGGUGAUAAUAAUAUGCCCGAACAAAGUUUAGUAUAACUGAAUGUUUCCAUUAUAUAAGUAUAAAAAAAAAAAAAAGUAUUAUUAGUUUUGCGUAUUAUAGCUGUAUAAAUUCGGGUAAACAAUUAUCCAUACAUUUAAAUUUAAAUAUUUUUGAGCAGUAGGUAGAUACCUAUAAAUGUAUAAUAAAAUAUAAUGUAUCAACAAUUGGCGUAUUCAAAAAAUGGGGUUUUUGGGUGUCCAAUCCUUUCCUCUUUCUUUUGUUGAGCUCCUAUAAUAAUCAUAUUGUAUAUUUUUCAAGCAUUUCUUGUAACAUUUUAAAGGACGACCGAACGUAGUGUAACUUUGAAAAUAUCGUAUGCACAAAAUGUAAUGAGAAUUUGAAAUUCUAAACCACAAGUAAUAAUGCCCAAACGUGUUACAUCGAUGAUAACUAAAAAAAAAAAAAAAAAAAAUCUUCGUUGGGCAUAUUUUUUUGUAUUCAAUAAACUCAUGUUUAGAACUUAAUAAUUAUAUUAUAAUUUUGUUUCUUCUCUGAAAAAUUACUUUAAUCCUCUUAUUCAGGUAUACUAAAUCCCCUCGAUUCUUUACACUCAACUAUACGAUAAACUGUUGAGCAACAUUAUAUCAAAUUCAUAUAUAAUUGUAUUAUCUAUUAUUUGUAUAGAAAUAAAUGUACAGUAGUUAUUAAUAUAUAAUUUAAAUAACCCAUAAUAUGAAAUAUGAGGUCAUUUUUUAUAGUAUAGGAGAAUGAGUACAAGGAUUUGGGAACAAUUAAGUGUUGUGUAAUUUGUUUUAUACUUUGUGUCUUAAAAAAGUAAAACCAUAUUAUCUGUUUUUCUGGUUAAGUAGCCAGCAUAUCUUAUGUAAUGUGCAUAUACAACAGAAUUUAAAUUAUGAUAAAAAAUAAAUAACAACAACUGGUGAUUGGAAUUUAUUUUAUACAAUUAUUUACAUCAAAAUAUACUUAAUAUAAUAUAAAAUAUAUAUUUACCACACAUUUAAUAAAGUUGUCUUAUAUCAUUUAUUAUUAAAUAUAAUAAUAGUUCAGUUUACUAAUUGUAUUACAACUUUCCUCUUGAUGUUCGAAGGGAUUCGGUAUUCGGAGAUAAUUAUUAUAAACUAUGUACACCUCUUUUCGUCGGAAAAAUUUAAAAACACGCUACUGGCAUGAAUAAUAUUCAACUUACAUGAAUACGGAAUACCAAUAAAAUAUUAUAAUCACGGAAAUACUUUAAUACAAUACGAAAAUAUUUUUAAGCAUCACGGUUAUUUGGGUCAUCAUUAUAGACAAUAUAUUAUAGUACCUAGUAUAUCAUGGUAUAAUAUAUUAAUAUUAUGGUAUUAUAUUACCUAAAUAAAAAUAAUACACGUAGGUAUAAAAUAAGAAUAACCUACAUCUGUCAAAUGCAUCUUAUAACAUAUUAUUUAUUUAUGUUUAACAUGUUUUCAAGUUUUUCUAAUUUUACUGUACUUUGUCACAUACAGUAGUAAUAAUAUAUAGUAACCAUUAAUUUAUAAGAAAUGUAGACGUUUAAUAUUUGGUAUAGUUGUAUACAAAAUAUUAUAAAACAGUGUCUAUUCUUUGAUUCACCCAAUUUAGUCAAAUCUUUAAUAUUAUUAUGUUUAAAUUAAGCUUCAAACCAUUCUUUCGGAACGGUUGAUUUUGAUUAUAUGAGAUUUUUUUUCUUUUUAAGUAUUCAUAGUGGCAUAUAAAUUAUUUAAAAUUAUAGCUGCAAUAAAUGUAUAAAUAAAUUAUAUAAUAUUCAAAAUUUAGAUAAUUUUUUUAACUUGUAUACAUAUAUUAUAGGUACUCUUAUAUACUUUUAUUGGUAAUCUUAUCCCUGCUUACUGUAAGAUUUUUUUUUUUUUAAUACUAUGUUCUUUUAGUUUUUAUACACAUACAAAUGCUCAGAAUAUUAAAAAAAAAAUUGUUGAGAUUUAGUUUAGUAGAAACACGCUAAUUUUGAAUAGUUACUGACUCGGAAUAUUAUUUUUUAUUUUUUAUUUUGAACCCAUAUACACAUUGCAGAUGGGGGUUCAAGGCACAAAUAAGUUUUAAGGUAAAACAUAAUUUGUAUACACUUGCUACGCAGUGAUAUAUUUGAAAUAAAUAUUAGAGGGGUUCUCUAAACUAACAACUCUUCAUACGAUGGAUAAGGUGGUUACGGUGAUAGUUCGUGUGUGAUGAAAAGGAACGUAGAAAGGAGCAAGUUAUCUGAAAAAUCGAUAAGGAAUCCUAAAAUUAACCUCUGCUGGUAGCUCAGGUGUAUCACCAUUAAUACGUUUGAUGAGAAAAUUGAUAUGUGAACCGCGUGUAUAGAAAACACAAACUAUUGAAUCAUACACUUAAUUUUAUAUUUCACAUAUUCGUCAAAGUCACCGGUUUUUUGUACAUAUUUUGUAAAAAUUAUCCUAGAUAGAUACUCAUAACUCUUAUAUCAUGCUACCAUUUAUUCUUAUUACUCGUCUUGUUCCGUCAAUCUCUUAUCCUCUUCCUCCAAACUCAUAAUCUAAAAUACUUUGUUUUAUUUCUACUUAUCCCUAAUCCCUUUCCUUUAAUGCUGUUCUCCAUUCCUCAAGCAUAUAUUAUUAACUUCUUCCAAAUUUUAUCAUAAUGUGAAUAAUAAUUAUUCCAAUUAUUUAAGGCGUGACGUGUAAAAAAAUUCGUAUUAUUUUUAGUAACCGUAAACGUGUUUUUUUUUAGGGGGGGGAAAUAAACUCGAUUUCAUAAAACUUAUAGUUUUUUCGUUACACUCACAAUCUAAACACAAUAUUUAUUCAAAUUACAUUUCGUAAUUUACACUACACUAAUUCUGCAAAACGCUACUAUAGUAUAUAAUAUGAAUAAUAGAAUUUAACAUUUCUCCAAUUGUAUUUUAAAAUAUUUUAACAUGAGCUUUACUUUUAUACGAGUGUUCAAAGAUUAUCCAACAUAAAUUAUAUAAUAUUAAAAUUAGUGAUGGGGAAAAUCCGAUUUUUUCAAAGUUCGAAUAUCCGAAUUCGUUGAAUUCUGGAUCCGAAAUCCAGAUUUUACUCUAAAUCAGGAUUUUGAAUUUUGAAACAUUGAAUUAGUAUUCUUUUAUAUAGUAAAUCGUAUGGUAUACAUUUAUAUAGUAAAUUCUUUUAAUUAGUAUUAUUAAUUACAAAAAAGUUUUCAUAAAUUUUACUUUAGAUUGUAUGUCAAAAAAAAAAAAAAAUUAAUUUUCAAUUAAAAUACGGAAAUCUUUAAUGUUAAACCAAAAUUCGGAUUUGUAAAUCCGUAAAUUAGAAAUUAAGAUUUCAUAAUCCAAAAUCCGAAUUUAGUAGCCUAACAUCUGAAAUCCGAAUUUUUCGGAUUUUCAGAUAAUCCAGAUAGAUAUCACAUUACUAAUUAAUAUUAGAUAUUACAUUAAACAGAUUUUUAAAAUUGAAACGAAAAAUGCACAUCAUAUUUGACAAGGGUUUUAGUAGCUGAGAACAUUAUUCUCCAAUAUUAAGUUACUCCCACUGACUUUAAACCUUUAAAUCAUUUGGCGCUCGAUGAGAUGUUAUAUUGUAGUUACUACUAAACAAGACAUUUUCAAGAUAAUAUCCUGCCAAUAAAUUAACGAAACCGAGAUCGGUAUAUUUUAAAUACAAGUCGGCUGUACUUCAGNUACAGGCGUUAUAUAAUAAAUACUGUCACCACAAAAUUAAGUAAACGAUUAUUUUUAAAAAAAACAUUAUUUUUCCCGUAGACAAAUUCCGUUUACAAAUCUAUAAAAAAAAGAAAUUAUUAUUUAAAUGUUUAUUGCAGCCACAAAUAAUAGAUUAUGAAUACAGAUACCUAUAUAAUAUGAAAAAAUGCGUUUUUAAUAAGAAAUCAAUAACGAACUGAACGUUUUUGGAAACUCGCCUAUCAAGUUGUCCAAUUCGUUUAUUAAGUGGACUAUGUCUUUUCUUAGAAGAUCCAUUUCAUUAGUUAACUUUAAAUCUUCAUUAGACGAAGACUCUUCGUUAUGUUUCGUAUUAUCUUUAAAACCGUCCGGAAUCAUUGGCGAUAACGUUCCCAUAAUAGACUGAAUGAUAGAUUCGGAAUAUUUUUUGCGGAGUUCUGAAUAAAGAUCAUCUAGAUUCAUACGUAUAACCUUUUCGGAUGGAUUCCCGAUACGUUUUAAUAGUAGAUAAAAGUCACGUUCAAAUUUUUCUAAAUUUUUCAUUAUAAACUGUAAUUGUUCGUGCAAAUCGUUAGAUAAAUCAGCGCUUGGAGCGGUUUCCAUUGAUUCAAAAAAAUUACCUAAUCCUUCGAAAUCAUCAGAUUUGUCUAAUUUUUUUUUAACGUGAUUUUUUUCGCUAGGAAUUUUUAAUAUUUCCAAUUUGGUUUCAUUGGACAUUUUAAAUUUAUUAAGUUCACUAACGUAUUUUGAUUGAUUACGAUAGUCGUCGGUAAUUGAUUCGUGUUGAAAACUACGUUUUUGAUCAAGCCUUUUAGACGGUCUUAUUUCGGUAAUUUCCUGAACUACGGAUUUCGGUUUUGAAUUCAUGGAUACUGGAAUAGUAAUAAUGAUUUCAUCUGUGGGUAUCGGUGAUAUCUGUAAGUCACUCGAUGACCCAGUAGUAUUACACAUUGUGUCUACUUUAGGCAUAAUUAUUGAAUGUUUUUCAAUAAUUUAUGAAGGUCAAUUUUUGUCUAAACAAUAUCCAUGUUAUAAAAAAUGUCAUAACUAAUAAAAUCAUAACUAUAUGUAUUCAAAAUAAAAAUAUCUAUACGUACUUAUUUCAAUAUGAAAAUCAAAUCCGCCGGUGAAUUUUAUAAUUGCAAUUAAUUCAUACCAAACGGGCUUGAAGAAACUCUGUAAAAAAGCAAUAAAUAUUAAUUUCAAUAAUAUUAGGUUUUAAAAUAAAUUCUAUUUAAAACGUAUAGUAUAUAUAUAUGCAUUAUACAAUUAGCUAUAGUAUUUAAAUUAUUUCGUACCUAUUUUUUAAAUUUACGUUACAAUAGUUCAGCACCUAACAUUUAAUGUUGCGUACAAUAAAUUAGGCGCCGGGGAUUGGAAAACAAAAAAAUGGAAAUUAUUAUAUCGUUUUGUAAUAAGUUGAAGGAAAAAAUUAUUUAUUAGAAACUAGCAACAAAUAAUAAGUACAGCGUAACGUUGACGACGAUCGCACAUUUUAAUGACAUGGAUACGAUCGUUUGUGAUUUAUUUAUCUGCUCUAAUAAUGAGUAGAAUAUUGUUUGCAGAUAAUAUUAUAUAGUCGAUACGCGUACAAUGUAUUUUAGUUCGGUAUGUUUGGUCACAUUAUUUAGAACCUGACCGAUAGGUACCUCAUACCUAGGUAUACCUAGAUAGCUAUUAUAACACUUUAAUCCACAUCGGUAAAAAUGUUUUAAAUAAUUAAUAUUUUCCCCACCAAAACCAUUAUUGGGCUUUAUGUAUUUGAAAACUGCCUACGAUUUAUUGAAUAAAUUACAGACAAAAAUGAUUCAUUCUGUACCAAAUUUGCCGGUCGUUAUCCCUAAAAACUAAGUAAAUUUAAAACAAAAAGAGCUGAUACUGCAGCUGAAACAACGCUUAUAAAAAAACAUUAAUUCAUUAAACCCAGAUUUGUCUUUUGUUACUCUCGUUCGACAAUUCGGACAGUCAUCACAAUCGACUAAUUUUAAAAUUGAAUAACUAAUUAUUUGAUAGUACUGUAAAUACAAGCAUGUCAGCUAUAGUGGUCUGCGGUCGAUCCGUGUGGCUAAAUAUAGCGUUUUUCUGGAUGUAAUAAUUUAUGUAGGUGCCUAAUAUAACACUUACGCACCAUAUGGGUACUUCGAUUCUCGUUAUUUUUUAGAUAGUAUGAUUAGGUUUCUUCUAGCCCCUCUUCCCCUAGUCGUUCAAAACCCCGGUCUCCUUUCCCGGCUUCGCUAAAAACAUUUAAACGAUUCUUUUUCUUUGUAUAUGAUGAUGAAUAUGUGAUGACUUUAAAUAAACAUCGUUAUUUUCACAGGUUUCGGUGAGUCGAAAUUAGAAUAAAAACGCGAGAACGAAUUUAUUCUAGCUGCUAUAAUAAUAUUAUUAUAGUUGGUAAACCGUAAUCCAGAAUAUUAGAAAUAUUGAUAACAUAUUUAAGGGAUAGUCGAAUAGUUAAGUCACGUUUGAACCACGGUUAUUAUAGUUUAAGCGUGAUUUAUAUUAAAACUGUUCGAGACAUCAUAUUAAAACUAUAUAAUCUGCAAACAUCAUGCACAUAUUUCAUAUACUAUAGUACCUACCUCGCUUUGUAUUUCUUCGUAGCUUUAUCCAUCACAACAACAAAUAUAGGUAAGAGUUCAAAGCCAAACCCUAUAAUUAUUAUAUGUGUUGAUGUUAAAUAAUUACUUCUGCAUAAAUAACCUGUGACGUUUUUACAGAUUUAUGUGAACUGCACAUCAAAACCAUAGUAUCAACAAAGCAUGGACAGAUAUAAACAAUAAAUGUUAUAAUAUGCAGUGAAGGGUUGAAGUACAUACUUCUAGCGUAUAAAGAAUACUUACCGUCAUUAGUUUACACGGAAAUGUAUACAAUAUUAUUAUACUGUUAGUACUUGUUCUGUACAAAUAGCACAAUAAAAUAACGUGUUUUUCGAAUACUUAAUUAUUUCAAUUUUAUUAUACUCGCACAAGCGCUUUUAUGUUACCAGUUACGUUAUGUUAUAGGUACGUUUAUUUAAAUUAUUAUUGCAAUAAUGUGAUCCUAUUUUGUUAACCUCACGAUACAAACUCACGUCACGGUAUAACUUUGGUAUUGUCCAUAGGCACACUCAGGGGGGGUUUGGGGCUUAACCUCCCAAAAUUUUUUUUUAUUAUAUAGUAUUAUUAUUGUUACAAUAAUAAAAUAUGUUUUUUUUUCUUAUUUAAUUAUCAUGUGUGAUACACAUUAAUAGUUCAAUAGUACGAGAUAAGGUUUGUGGCGAUCGAUUAUAUUUCGUUGAAAAUUAUUUUUAAAUUCAUACUAGCGAUUACGUCGUCAUAAAUAUAAUUAUAAAUACAAAAUUAUAUACUGUGUGGUAAAAAUAAUAAUAAUAAUAAAAAAAAUAAUUAUUUGAAAUUUAGUGAUAGUUGUUUACUUGUAUGUAAGUAUAAUAGGAAAAUUUGUAAGCCCUCCCCCAAACAAAAAUCCUGGGUGCGCGCCUGGUGGUGUCUUUAUUUUUAUUUUCGCGUUUGAACUGUACAGUAUAUUUUUAUCGUGAAUUUGUAUUGGUUUUCAUUGUGCACCGUGUGAAAUCGGCCGUAAAGCUAUGCGCAAUAACAAUAUUAUUAAACCAAAAUAUUAUUUUGGUGCUGUAAUAUUAUUAUUAUGGUUAGGGUCUGUACGGAGUCUUACGAAUUAUUUAUGUUAUAGUUCCAAGAACAUAAUGGUACCCGUACUCUCUUAUACUCUCUAAACUGUAACAAAAUAUUUUGAAGACUGUAAAUAUUCGCGGUGGUUUUCCUAUACCGCGUGUACGUACGGCUGUACGAGCCGUCGUAUACGUUGAUCGUCUGUUUUUACGGUCUUAUAUAAAAUGAGUAUUGUGGAUUUCGAGCAAUAUAAUCGCGAAUCGCGUAUUCGAGAAACUUUGUCGUAUCCAGUAAACUCAAAUGUCACCCCUUCUUCGAAUGGAAAAAAUUGGAUUCUGCAGGCGAUCGGCAUUUGCCAUUAAAUGUUAUAGUGACACGCGCUGUUCGGCUGAAUAUUUACCAUAGUGAAAAUAAUAUAAUAUGCUUUAUCCCGGGCACGUGUACCCCGUGAAACUUACCAGAACACUGUGAUAUGUACUUUUGACGAUUUUCUUGAAAAUAUUAUUCGUACGAAUUAUUUGUUUGUUUCAGUAAUUUAAUAUGUUUUAUGGGUAUUUUCAGUGGAUUAGUAUUCGUAAAUAUAAUAUACUAAUUCGUGGGUUUACGCUAAAUUAUUAACAGUAUGCCAGUUUGUGCGAUGUUGGGGAGUCUCUGUUAUCCCUCCCCUCAUGCUAAAAGAAGUUCUAAAAUUUAUUAUUUGUUUAUGAAAAAAAGUUUUUAUUUUAUAUACUGACUGUCGAUCGAUAUACAAGUAGGUACAUCGUACACUAUAUAUGCAGGCGGUCCAAUUAUUAAUAAAAUUAUGAUAUUACUAUAAUAUCAUUGUUCUAAUUAUUAGUUUUACUUUCAUUUGUACUUAAUUAUAGGAUUUGCCAUUAAUAUACUCGUAUAAUGUAAGCAAUUACAACAUAUUAUUAACACGUUUUAUUAAAUUUAACCAUGAAUCAUGAUUACCAGUUAUUACUAUAAUAAGGGACUGCUCAACAGUAUUCACUUUCAUCAAAAAAAAUUAUAAAUUUCAUUAUAACACAGCAUAAUAUUCAUACAUCCGUAAUAAACAGUAUAUCUACAUAAUAAGGAUUAAGAAGUGUUUUAAACAAGUUCCUAUGUUUGAAAGUUUCACAUAUACUUUUUUAAAAUGUUUUAAAUAUUCAUCAAUUAAAUUACAAUAACUUAUAUGUUCUGAAAAUUAAAGAUAUUUAGAUGCUUUCUAAAUUAAUUCUGAAAACUAUAAUUAAAACAACCAGAUCCUAUGAUUUUUGGUAAAAAGUUUCUUUCUUUUAUUAGAAGACAUUUUUCUGAUUUUCAUUUUGUUUUAAAUAAUUAUGAUAAAAUUAUAUUUGUAAUUAACUACCUAGUGCCUAAUAUAAUACAAUAUUUAAAAAACAAAAUAAUUAUUAAAAUGAAAAAUAACUUUUUUUUGCAUAUUUACACAAUAAAAAAAUAAAAAUAAAAUAGAAUAAUAUAAAAAUAUAUUUAGUAGUCGUAUGAUUGGUUGGUAGAUUAAUUUUUUUUUAUCUGUUAACAACUUUUCUGCCAGAAGACUUGCUUGGAUUUCUAAGUAUAGCACCUUUUAUGAAAGAAAAUCGGCGUGGGGAGGUACUUUAAUAAGGUAAAUUUUUGAUUUUCUCAAAAGUUUUCCUAGCAAAUGUAAAAAACCGGGAGAAAUCAUGUGAAAACUGGGAAAAGCUUAGGAAAAUUGGAAAAUCGAUACAACAUUAAAAUAAUAUUAUAAAAGAAACUAUAUGGAGCCUAUUUAAUUAUUUUACUAGAUUUAAUACUAAAAUUCUUAUACAAGUAUAUAAAAAAAAAAAUACUAUAUUAAACUAAAUUUUUUAUUUUUUUACUACAAAGUACCAUUUAUAAUGAACCUCCUGUUGAAUUUUCAAAUAUUUCUGUCAUUUAUCCAUAGAGUAUGUAUAAAAUUAAAAUUACAUUAGAAACCAGCAAAAAUUAAAUGUCUUUUAUUUUUAUUGGAACAAGUGUAAUAAUUUGAAAUAAUGAAAUCGUAAUGCCGUAAAUUUUCCAAAUUUUAUUUUUCGUUUUUUUUGUUUAUUGUUUUCCAAUUGUUAUGAAAUCUAUUUAAAUAAUCAAAAAAAAAUUCUUUCUUCGUGAACAACUUGAUUCCUGGUAGAAAAGAUAAGUUACGUAAAUCAGGAAAUCGUGACGCCGUAAAUAUUUGUCCGUUUGGCCUCUACGUUUUCCAACGUUUUUUUUUUUCAUUUUUCUUAAUUAUUAUGAUAUACACUUGGAAAAUCAAAAAGAGCUAAUACUGGGGAUGGGAGCGGCUACUGGUUUAGGUGAGAAGUUGGGAAGAUAGGAUACAUAAAGUUAUUUCAUUUUUAUCUAUAAGCAACGAUAAACCAUUGAUGACGAAACAUGAUUCCAAGCGCAGUUUGAUAAUAGGUACUGAUUUAUAUAAGUACCUGAUAGGUACUUAUAAAAAACAACGAAAUUGUGAAAAAAUCAUAUUUUUUUUUCCCGAUUAAUUUUUUUAUUUUAAAUACCGUUUCGAAAAUCAAAAAACGACCUAUCUAUUUACAGAAAAGUUUCUACACGUAAACAUUAGAGCAAGUUUACUAGAAAAAUCGUGUCUACAGACUAGAACAAAGAAGAAAAAUAAGAAGACAAAAUAAACAGCACUAAAAAACCAAUAGCUCCCUCACUAUGUUCGGAAUCUAGAAACAACCUUUUUUAAGUACUAAAUGUAUACAAUUUAAUUUCAGCAAGAUUUCUGGUAAAAAUGUUGUACACAGUAUAAAAAAAAAAAAAUUAUAAAAACAAUGGCCGAACUUGAUAAUAUAUUAGUUAUACUUAGUAUUAAUACUUCUAAGUUUGAAUUCAUUUAGGAUUCUCAAAAAAAACUAUUAAAAAUAGUAUCAAAAAAAUGUUUUGUCAAAUAGUUAUACAACAGGAUUCCGUGAUGAUAAUAAUAAUAAUAUAGGGGAGUAAAUUUUAUCAAAUUUUAUCGAGUAAAUCACUCGCCAGAAUUAUAAUAAUCACAAUAAUCCAUACACAAAUUCAGAGGAAUAGGUGAGGAUAGACACGAGGAGAGCAAUCAAUUUUAAGUGCAUAACUGAUAAACUUAAGGAAUUUCCGUUGACUCGCUCGAGAUGACUACCUAUAGAAAGCGCCAGAAAGCUAUUAAGAUAAUAAUAUUAUAAAGUUCGCAAUAAAAACAAAAAUUAAAACCUCAAUUAAUAUUUAUCUCGAUAUAAAUAAUUAUAGAAUCGUCUAUUUUGAGAUUGGGGAACUCACACAGAAAAAUUGCAACGAACAUUUUAAAAAUAUUAUUAUAUUUUUGUUUGUCUCUGGAAAAUAUAUCCGACUAUAUAAUAAUUAAUGAGGUCAAAUUGAGUAAUCCAUUGAGUAAUAGUUCGGAUUGAAAAUGUAUAAACUGUUAUAAAUUAUGUACAUAGGUAUUUAUCUGUUACACUUUUAUAUUAUUCAAUUUCCAAAAAUUAUACCUAAUAUUACAAAUUAUCUAUCAUUUAUUGUACCAUGCACUAUUUUAAUAUUGGGAAUUUAAAUAAACUGGCAAUGAUUUUAUGUGAAAUUAAAAAUUAAUUAUAUUUCAGUGACGCUAUGCGUUUUAUUAAUAUUUUUAAUCGAAAAAAAAUAAGAUAAAAUUAAAAUUAAACAAAAACAAAAAAAAAAAAAAAAAUAUAAAAGCACUUUAAUAAUAAUAUAAUAAGUAAAUAGAUAGGUAUACUUCGUUUUAAAAUUAUUAUAACGAAACGAGUACUGUAAGUAAACUUUUAUAUAAAAUAGGAAUCUGAUUCUGUAAAUGAUAGGUAAAUUAAUUUGUUUCUUCUUUUUUUUUCUCUUUGAAUAAUAUUUAGUUAUGUUCAAAAAAUAAAAGAAACAAUAUUAAAAACCUCAAUUAAAAUUCUACUUUAUAAAUAUUUAAUAUUUAUUUUGUAUACGACAAAGGUUAUUGUUGUGUAUGUUUAUCCCGCUAUUUAUUUUAUCUCUAAAAUACAAAAUUGCUAUUAAAUGGAAAUAAAUUGCUAAUGAUCAUAUAGUAGGUAGGUAAUAUAAUUUUGGUUGUGUUGCUUUCUAAUUUAAACAUUUUAAACUCUAUUGAAUGCAACUAAAUUAUAUUUAAUCGAAAGUUUUACACUUUGCGUGUGACCGUUCACCACCUUAAUCACUUGAUUUUAUAUUAAAUUUAAUGGUACCACAGUAAUAAUAGCGUGCUCUGUCUUAUGCAGACUAUUCUCGACAUCGCGUUUUGCUAUUUUAUCAAAUAACAAGACGUAGCAGAGAAUUUUAUUUCAAAAUUUAAUAAUAUUAUUCACUUACCUAUUGUUCCAUUUAUUUAAUUUUAAUUCACUGUAAAAAUUGUUAAUAUUUAACUAAUAUUCUGAUGUUAUUAUAUUUUAUUUUUCUCAAACCUAUCAUAACUUAAUUUUAAUAUCGUCAAAUAAGCUUUUAAAAAUUGUUUAGUAACCUGGUAUUAUGAAUUCAUUGCAUAACCAGAAAUUUAUCCGGAUAUCUCCAAUACCCUUCCACCACUUGAAUACGUCACUGAUUGGUCAACAUAUAAUUACAGUAAUAAAAAUAUGAGCAUUUUCGCGUAUUUUAAUAAUAUUUUUUUCUGUGAUCAGUUUAGUUCAAAUUUGAAUACAAACCGUAAAGAUCCUGGCAUUUUAAAACAUGUUUAAUCUAAAGUCAUCUUAGAAUCGAUUUUGUUAGCGAUGAUUUAUCGCUGUGUACAGAUAUAUAAAUAAAAUAACUCUGUGUAUAUCAUACCUUCAUAACUUUUCACCUACAAUAGUGGCACACCCAUCAGCAGUAUCAGCUAUUUUUUUUUUAUUGUUUCAUAAUACGAUAAAAUACUUAGAGCAAGUACCUGUGAAGUACGUACUACAAAUCACUAUUCUAUUUUGAAAAUUUUACAGUGUACAAUAUUUCACAUGAGUAAUAUAUGCGUACAUACUUAAUUCGAUAUUUUCGAAUAUGUUCGUCAACAUUUUAAAUAUUUUCUAAAAAAUCCACAGAUUUGACGUUCACCACAUCAAAUUAAGGGUUUUUGAAACUAUACAAAUAUCAUAGUGUCAUAAGAAGGUCCUUCAUAAUGGAGGAUCUUGUAUCAAAUUUUCAAGCGUUUUUGAGAAGCCAAAAAUUGUAUCCCCGUAAAUCCAUGUAACUAAAAAAAACUAGACAAUUUUAAUUGGCUAUAAAAAACUCAAAAAUUACCAAAUUGUUUUGAUAAUUGACCAUGUCUAGAAAUGUUUAGUUUAUAGUCGGUCAUAUUUUCAGGUCUGUACGAUUAGUUUUAAAUAAAUUACUGGAAAAAACUAAAACGUAAAUAAUGAAAAUCGUUAUUUGUAUAACUUUUCCUAAUCUUAGUCACUAGUUUCUCAUUAUUAAGAAAACUUCAAAGGAAAUCAAAAAUCAGAAAAAACUGAUUUUACUCAUGCAAAAAAGCUCUUUUUGUUUUUUGAUAGCAGCAAGAUUAUGAAAACUACUGUAUAAAUUUAAAAAAAACGACCUGCUAAAUGCACCAACUAGAUACAAUUUGCUGCUAGAAACCAUCUUAGUUGUUGAUGGUUAGAGUAAAAUUUCUGAUCGAUAAAAUAUUAACACGGACAAAGAAAAAAAUGACACACCAUACUAAAAUCAAUACAUUCCUCAAUAUGCUUAGAAUGCAAAAAAAAAAAAAUUACGAUAAUUAUUUAAACCGACAUUUAACGAUUUUUCUCGAAUCUCUUUAUUAUUAAUCAGAUCUUAGAAAUUCAUAUUAUAAAAAAAAGUAAAAUUAAAUGUCAUGGUCGAAAUUUUGUUGUACAUAUUAUAUAUGUUAUGUAACAAUGACUUUAAAGUUCAAGUGUUGAAGUGCUAAACGAGUUUUAAAAAAAAAAAAAAGGUUUUGACAUACAUAUUUUAACAGAAAAUAAUAUAGAGCUAUAAGUUAUAUAGUUAAGGUACCAACUUUUGUAUUUAUUAUUACCACUUUGUAUGAUGGUUUUUAGUCACCGUUGGUGUUGUGAUGAGCACGACCUUGUUAUUGUUUUGAGAACCAGUGGUUUAAAUAUUAUUCAAUUUCUCCGGUGCUAUUUUUACCUUCAAUUGACAUAUUUUCCAAAUAUAAUUUUGAUAAAAUUUUAAUAAAAGAUUUUUAUAAAUAUUUCUUGUUAAACUAUAGACCUAUAAAGUCAUAAUGUAAGCACGAUACACACACCUAUUGUGUAGCAAUGUAAAAAUACAUCUGACCACUGGCGACCAAGAUCAAAUCGUAUUUUGUCUAUUUAUAAGUUAAAGUUAGGAUGAAAAAAUAUAGAAGGUAAAAUUAGGGAAAUAUAAACAAUAAUAAUCAAGAAUAUGAAAACAAAUAUGUAUAUAAAAAAAGAAUUAAAUAUGAAAAAAAUGGAAUUUUAUUUUACUUUUAAAUAACUUAAAAAAAAAAAAAUAGUUUCUAAUGGACUGAUAAUUAAUCAUUAAUAAUUAAUAGGUACAUAAAAAAAAAACAUCUUUAGAUCUUAAUAUUAUUCAACAGCUAAUCGGGGAAAAUGGAAUUAACGUAAAUAUUUUACUACCAUUAAUUAACUUCGCAAAUUGUACAAAAUAAAAUAUCGCUAUGUGUAAAAAAAACCAUCAUCACCAAAUUUAUUAACGUCAAACAAGGUGUUUUCGACAUUUUUUAAACACUAUACACUAAAUAGAGCACACGAAAUGAACUUGACUUUAAUUUUGACGGUAGCGAAAGAAAUAAUAAUCGCGUUAUAUUCAGAUACGAUAAUUUAUUGAUAUAUUUACAGAAAACCAGAUACAAUAAAGUUCCCCCAUGUCUUGAUAAGUAUUAUUCUAUUCUAUUAUAAUUCUAUUUAAGUAUUAUUUUAUAAUAAACGAAUAAUACUAUGUAUACAACAAUAAUAAAGUUAUACGUUUUACAUUUCAGGGUUGAACGCUAUAUUAUUAAAACUACACGCUUUGAGUUGAAGUAUUGUUGUAUGGGAUAUAACGUAUAUAUUAUUAUUAUUUAUUAAAAAUAAAUAUAAUUUGAUUUAAAUUGCCUUUACAUGCACACAAAGUCAUUAAUAUGCAGUUAUUAAAAAAAAAUUAACAAAAUAUGUAAAAAAAUAGUAACACAAGUAUGAACACGGUAAGGUAUGAACAAAUUGUUAGCUCACCUAGCUUUAACUAUAAGACAUUGACAAAAACAUGCAAUUUCUAUGACUUCUCUUUCCUAUUUAUAAGCAAAUGAAGAUCAGAAAAGUAUAUUCUAUCAAGGUGAAAUAAUGUUAGGGUUGAAGUGGAUAUCUGCCAUAAGAAAUAUAAUAGAAUUUAGCAAACACAACAGAGAUACAUGUUUAAAAUAGUUUGCGGAGAUAAAAGAAAUAAUUACAAUUGAAAAAUGAAUCAAAGAAGUUAAAGUAGCUACUUAGAAAAAAAAUAUACUACCGUAUAUAGAAGUAUUAAUAUUAAUUAUAUUAAUCUCUUGAUUAAUAUAAUACGGGAAAUACGGGGGGAAAUAGGAGCAUUUAUACCCUCUUAUUAGGCUUUUUUUUAUCAUUUUAUUAUAGUUAUAGUGAAUAAUGCUAAAAAUAUAGUAAAUAUGUAAAUACGAUGUUAGUACGAAUAUUUUUUGUUUGCCUCUUUUGAUAUAUUUCACCGGACACAUUUGCAUAAUGUGUAUAUUGGUAACGCAUUGACCUUCCUGUAAUAUUUCAAUUCCCACAUAAAAAGAAGGAGGGAAAAUCUCACUGAAGAUAUAAUAUACACAUUAUAAGAGAUUAAAAUCCCGAUUGAAAAAAUACAAAUAUAUAAAGAGUAAUAAAAUAGGGUGUUUUUAACAAUUUUUUUUUUUUUUUACUGUAGAGCAGGUUUCAAUAGACUGUUUUAUUUUUUUCAAUGAAUAUAGAUGAGAUGGAUGCUGGUCAUGAAAUGAGUUAUACUCGCGUAUAUUAUAGCCCCGGCCGAUGUAAAGGCCGGCGGCGAACCUGUCAACCCAAGAGACCCGUGAAAGGAACUCAUUAGGGUUAUACAGCAGGGGUUUGUUUGUUUUUACACUUUUACGUGACGAUGCCGUUGAAUAAUUUAUAACGAACUAGGCUAUAUUCGCCUGUGCACCCCUGUAUUAUAAUAAUACACGUUUCCGACUCUUUUUAUUAAACGAUGUACCCGUUCGGUUGACCACCCAUAACGAAGGAAACCGGCAGCGGUGGCGGUAUAAUUACCACCGUCAUUUUGCCCAAUAAAACCCUCGUCUUGGGUACAUGACUUCCCGGGGGUCUCUAUUAUUAUUACGUAGUUACUUCGGCCGGAACCUCGCAUUAUUAGAGGCGGUAACUCAAUAUCGUCUCCCGCGCUGAAAUGCGAACUUAUUUGGCUUUAAUAUAAUAUAAUAUAUCUAUGUAUAGGUACAUUAUAAUGGCCGGCGAUUCACCCGGACCGAAUUUGCUCAUUGUAUGAGCAAUUGAAUAGUUAAAAGAAAAAACCCACUAGUGAAAAAGGACAACUCCAUCACUCGAGCAGAAUUUAUCCUCACGGUCUCAUCUAUUUUAUAUUUUAAUAUACUAAGACAACAAUAACACAAUUAAUUUCAUAUAUUACUUAACAAGAAGAAAAAAAAUUAUAUAAUUUGGUCAUGAAAUAUAAUUGUAUGCCUCACGGUCGGCUUCUACGAUAUAAAACGUUAAGUUGGUACACAGUCUUUUAGUCAUAACUGGCCAAUAUGGGUUUAUUAAUUGAUACUUGACUCAUGUUAUUAUAAUUUAUUUGUAGUUUAUUCUUUAUCGACAAACUAUACAUAAAUUACAAUCGGUAUCAUUUAUUGAUGCUACUUUGUAUUGUAUCAUUUAAUUUAUUUAACCGUCUAUACAUUUUGAAUGUAUGAUUUUGCAUUGAGAAUUUUAGCAUUUUAAAUUAUUUUAUAGGGAUUUUAAUUUUGAAAGUCCAUUUUUAAGGGAUUUUUCUAUCUCCGGUGAUUACAUUUUUUACUUAACGUAUGUUAAUCAAUGAUAAUUUCUUAUCAUCACGUCUUCAUACUUUUUAUGAUAAAAUUUAAUUUAAGCUUUUUAAUUAUUAUGAUGUCUACCUAAGUAUAUCCUUGAAAAAGAAGAUUAUAAUAUAAUACAGCAGCACUUAGUAUAAUUUAUAGAAUAUUAAGUAAAGUACUUAGCACGUUUGUUAAAACUAUUAUCGUUUAUUCUUAAAUUAAAUUUGUUUAUACCCAUUAUAGAUAAAUAAAUUAUUGUUAAAUAUAAUAUUAUGGUUGAAAAGUAAAAAAAAAAAAAAACUCAAAUUGAUUUUAAUAUUUUGAUGAUCGAAAAAUCAAUUUGCCUACCUAAUGCUUAUCAUAAAAUAAUAACUUGUAGAUAUCAUUUAAAUAUUUGUAUCAAAAAUAUGGCUUUUAUCAAAAGGUAAAUAUAAACAUGAAUACACCUAAUGUUCAACAUUAACAAUAAGUAAAAUAUUACAAACUGUAUGUUUAUAUAGGGUGAAUUAAAAUGGUUUCACUUAUUAUUUGAAACUCAAAUAUUAGGUUAGGUUAAUAUAACAUUUUAUUUUUUUUUUAUAGGCAUGUAGAUCACUCUUGAAUUUAAAAUAAUAUGAAAAAGUUUUUAGAGCUCUAUUACAUUUAUUUUAUAUAUUUAUUUAAUUUGCGUACCGGUAUUAUAGUUAUAACUUCAUUGAUCGUUUAUAAACGUCUGUUUUGUUAUGGAAAAUAUAUAGAGAAAAGGAAAUAUAAAGAAAAGAAGUUAUGUAUAGGUACGGCAGCAAAAUUUGAAUAUUAUGUCAGAAAUGGACGUAAAACCAUUUGAGCCACUUUAGUCUUUUAUUUAAAUAAAUAUUUUAUAUUUAAUAUGCAUUGGUACAUUCUUAUUUGGGUCAAUCCGUGCGUUGUAUACAACAGAGUAUAAGAGAUGGUCGUGUUAAGGCGGAACAAAAAUAUAUUUUAGCAUAUUUAAGUAAUAAAAUAAAAUUACACUUAAUUCACUUCCUUUAAAUUCGGAGCAAAAAAUUAUGUUAUUGUCAAUCAUUAUCUUUACAGCAGUACAUUUUUUUGGAUUAUAAACGUACUUUUACAUUUUAUUUUAGUAUAAAAAGCACAGUCCCUCUUAUAUCUCUAAUAUUUACUUAUACCUAGAUAAUCAGUUUAAAUAUUAUGAUGUUAUAAAUUGUGAUAUUUUAUAUUAAUUUUUAUUGUUUCGGUUUCUUUUAUUAUUGUUUUUAUAUUAUUUCGCUUGAGUUAGUAUUGAAUAGAUCUAUUUUUAUUGAAUCUAUUCUAGUCUAUACGUUUAUUAUCAAAAAAAAUCUAUUGCCGAUCUUCAUAAAUGUUUGAAUUUCAAUUUAAAAAAAAUUGCCAAUACUUCUGAUCACCCAAUGUAGUACUUAGUUAGGAAGUUGAAAAGGUAAGAUACAUAAAGUUCUUUAAUUUAUAUCUGUAAAAAACGGUAAGCCAUUGCUGAUGGAAAAUGAAUCUGAACAAAGUUCAUUUAUACAUGAUUUAAAAGUCUGUAAUAUUUACGAUUUUCAUCAAUAUUUAAUUUUAAAAUUAUUAUAAAAAAAAAAUUACUAUAUAGAACUAUUCUUUUGUUUACCACUAAUUACAACUUAUAAUGAACUUCCUGGGAAUUUUCAAGCCUUUUUGUUUAAUUAAACAAUUAUAUUUUUAUAGUACUCUCCAAAUAAAAACUAAGUAUGUAAAAAAAUCAUAAACAUAAAUUUUGUAUAAAUAGUUUAAAAAUCGUAAAAAUAUUUUAAAAGUUAUAUCACAUUUAGAAAAGGCAAGUCUCUACUAAUAUUUUUAAUUGAAUAACAAUUAUAAUAAUAACCAUAAUAUCCGUAAUCUGGUUUGGUCAAUUAUUAAAAAGACUACAUGGAAAUUAAAAAAAAAGUUACUUACUUCUUAUUAACUAGAUCCAGAUUUCAACAAAAAAGGUAUCUUGUUAUUUUUCGAUCUAAGCAAGUUUCUCGGUCAUAAAGUUGCUCACAUAAAAAAUAACACUUACUAUAAAAAAAAUCAAUAGAUUCCUCAAUAUAGUCAAAAUGUAAAAAAAUAAUAUCAGAUCUUGGAACACGCACCAUUGAUGUUAUCACUUUAUAGGCACCGUCAUUGGUGUAAAGUUUUGUGGUGUUGAUGAGCGGAAUGUUAAGAAUUAACGGGGCAAUAAAUUAAGUUUCCGGCAGUAGUAGUUACUGUAAGUGUCAGGGGAAUAUUUCUCUAAACUUUAAACUUUAUUGUUAAUAAACUACCUAUCUACAUGUUUGUUCAAUAAUGGAUAUUAUAUAUUUUAUUGACGAGAAACAAAAAUUAUAUAGUAGUCAAUUAUAAAUUAUUAUUAUAAGGUAGUGAAUUUCAGUAGGUAGGUAUACUAUAAAAAAAGUUAUUUUAUUAAUUAGUAUUGUAAUUUAGUUUAUAGUUUUAGGUACUGAGUGGAGCGAUGAAUGUAUUGGUUUUACAAUAGUUUUUAUUAUAUUCUUUUUUUUGAACAUUUUUUUUUUUUCACAAGGGUUUUAAUAAUAAAUGGGAAAAACGGAAAAAUGUAUUAAAUGGGUUACUUUGAAAUCAUAAAUAUUAUGGCAUUUCAAAACAUGUAUAACCGAAUUCCGCUCAGAAUCGUUUUAAGCUAGCAAAGAUUUAUCUUUGCAUACAUAUUAUAUAAGUUAAAUUUCUUCUCUACCUUCUCAACUUCUCAUACACAAUAGUGGUUUAUUCAUCGUGUGAAGUAUGUUUAUUUUUUUUUUUUGACUCAUCUCAAAUAGUUGGAAAAAUAAGCGAAGAAGUAGGUCCGAAAUUCCGCAUCUUCUAUAACGUAUAAAAGAACAAGUAAAAAAAAAAAAACAUAUGUUAGUAAAACUAAUAACAAAACUUAGUAUCUAAAAAGUAUAUAAUGUUAUUAAAGUGCAAAUAGGUUAUACGUCACAUAAAAUGAACACUAUAAAUUCUUACAACUUAAUAAUAGGUAUAGAUACUAGGUGGUAAAUUCUCGGGGGAAUUUCACGGAUUUUUAAUGCAUAAAAUCAAUAUAUUUCGCUGAACAGAAUAUACGACAUUGUGCUCGUAAUUUGGUUUUGAUUUAAUAUCAUUACUUUCUAUAAAAAAAAAAAAAAUUAAUGAAUGGAUGAUUGAUAUCUGAGUUAUAAACAGUUUCAUGGGAAUGAAAAUAACAAUAGUGUUGAGUAUAUAAACGUCGCCGUCAGAGGAUGCAAUCAUAAUCCAUCUUUUACCAUAUAAAUAAUUCAACUAACCAAAGUAUAUCAAAUGACAACCAUUAUUCAUAAAAAAAAAAAAAAAUAAUAAUAAUAAUAACAAUCACACGAUUUCAAAAACGUACAAGAAGAAGACAUGUAAAAUUGAUUGAACAUCAUAUAAUAUUAUCCUAUUGUUGAUUUUCUUUAUAAACCAUCACACUCAUCUCCUGCCGUCAUCGGUCGGUAAAACGCACAGUAAUUAUUAGUUCAGGAUAUGAAAAUUAAUUAUUCAUAAUAUAGCUAUCAUGUUUCAUAAAAUACGUUUAGCGUAGAGACAUGCAACCAAAACAAAAAUACUUUUAAAAAUCUUUUACUAGGAUUUUUUUAUUAUUACUUGUCAUAUAUACAUGUAGAUUAUUUUUUUGUUGAACACUCAUUAUUUCAGAAACUAUAAUUUUUUCAAUAUUUUAUCUUUUGUUAUGUGAUGGCACGGCGUGCGGCGUUCAAACAGUAAUGCACUACUCGCCCUUCACUACUUAAACUUAAAAAUGGAAUAUCUCGUCAAUGGGUUGACAGAAAUCGAAAAUUAUCAACAUCAAAACGUACUAAUAUUCCAUCUAUUUAUGGUAUUCUUAAUAUACGUGGCUAUUUGAAAAUCAGAAUUUGAUAGUGGUUUAAAUAUUAAAUGAAAGGGUACAAAAAGUACUAUUUGUAUACAAUACUGUAGAAAAGUAUACAUUCAAAAAUUUUAAAAACGUUUUUUUGAAAACUCAAAAUCAAUACUUUCUAAAUAAGUGUUCUAUGAUAACAUAUUAACUCUACAUAUUAAAUGAAAUAUUGGUACAGUAAUACUCGAAUAUUGUAUUGUCAAUUCUUUGGUCAAACUCUUAUGUUUUUAAUUUACAACCUGAAGUUUUAUCACCAUUGUAUAGUUAUUUGAACACAUAAUAAAACUAUAAUAUAUAUAUUAUUUAAUUAAUUAAUUAAUUUUUGUUGUAAAAUAUUAUUAUUAUUUUUUUUUACAAUUGAUAUAUUAUUAUACUUUCAGCCUUUUCGAAACUCAUCCGGAUGUUCAGCAAUCGUUCAUGCCAUUCAGAGGAGUCGAACUCGAGGAUCUGAAGCACAGCAGACAAUUAAGAGAUCACGCAUUAAG